ACACACACACACACUCCACACUCGUGUACUCACACACUCAGCCCUCUAAGUGAUUCAACCCUGAUUUUCUUGCGAGCGAGCAAGCAACAGACGGGAUGCCAAAAAGUGAGGACCGACAGAGAGCUUCCUUGCGCUGAGAGAAGAAGCAGCCUCGUUGAAGGGGAAGGGAGAGAGAAAGCGUGGGGAAAGCAGACGCGUCAAAACAAGACGAAAAAGGCUGCGCUCGUUCUCCGCGGCAACUUGCGCACACAGUGGCAGAGUUUUAGCGGCAGUAUUGUUCUGACUUCACUCCAGAGGGGCCACUCCGAGGAGAGAGGACGCACACAAAAGGGAAAAGGAAAGGACUAACGAGCACGCUUUGUCGUUCAAAGUAAUGGUCCUGCGGUCUUAGGUCCUAGAUUUCCUCUGUCUCUCUCUCUCCUCUCCUGUCUGUUUCUUUACAUUGUUUUUUUUUUUUUUUUAAUCUUUUCGUCCCGUCGGUCGGUUGGUGUCCCCCCUCUCUAUUUGUCGCCGCGGCAGAGUGGACGCGCCGGGGGCUCGAGGAGCAGAAGCGGGGCUGUCCACAUGGUCCAACCACUGGCGUGAAAGUUGACUUCUUCAGAACACAAGAGAACAGGUUGAUGCAUUAUCUACACUUUCUCUUCCCCCUUUUUUAUUUUAUCUCUCUCACACUCUGUCUCUUCGCUCUGUGCUUUCCAUUCAAACUCACACAUUAGUCUACCAAAAAACCUCAACUUCUCAUCGCACUUUAGCCUCAAACUUCUUCAACUUCGCUGUGAUAAAUAAGCAGAUAGGCUGUUAUUGGGGAUUGUAGUACGGGACCCACUUGUAGUUUUUGGCUCUUUCAGACUUUCCCUCCGUUCAUGUGUCGUUUUUUAACUUUGACUCUUUUCUCCUGCGUGCUGUGCGCAAAACUUCGAGCCACGUUUUAAACCUCUUUUUGAACUUUUUCAUCCUUUCCAAUCCUUCAGAAGAUCGGGAGAAGUCGUCGAAGAGAAAGUUGGAGCCCACGUUUCACACGUGUUAGCAGAGUCCAAACUGAGUUCACUUCACUCCCCGUACAUUUUUAAUGGGGUCUGAUGGCUUCAUUAUUUUAUUUUUCUGAGCUAUAUUCUUAUUUUUUUUCUCAACGUGGUGUGAGAGGACCGGUGCCCAUUGUCCGAAGUCUUCGCUCUCCACGAGACAACAAAAAGUUUAUCCUCGCAGGUUCGGACGAUCAAAAAUGUCGGAAUGGAUCCUUUCAACCCCAUUCGCGUCCCUGUUAAUAACUCUUGUUAAAAGGAUUUGAUAAUAAACACCGACGUGGGUUAUGUGGUGAUAAUUUUACGCAGCCGUGUGAGAGUGCUCUGAAUGCUUUGCCAUCGCGUUAUAAUAGCCGUCAAACUUCAAAACUUUAUGUUAAAUCAGAUUGAUUUACUUCUUUGUCUCAUUUAGAUUAAAAAAUAAAUAAAAAUGAAACUUCGACCGAAACGAUACUAUCAGAUCCCAGCGCUGACAGGAGAUAAAAGAGCCCUUGUCUUUGAGAAGAAAGGAAAAGCUUCUUAUGGAUUUGGCCAAUAGGUCAGAGGACUUUCUUUUCAGAGCAUUUUGACUUUUGAAAUUUGAACCGCGUUAUGUGACCUCUCUGAGUUUGCAUGUUGUACAUUUUCCAUAUUAUCUCAUGACUUAGUAAAUAAAUAACCACAUACAGCUGAGUGUCCAACAGCAGGGCGCGGAGGAAAAGUUUGUAAAAUGGUGUUAAAGUUUUUACAUGUGGGGGAAAAUGAAUGCGAGGACAGUUCUUAUUCAUGUUUGAUAUCAGGGAAACGUCGUGGGCUUUUUUUGUUCAUUUUGACGUGAAACUUUUUUUGCUUGAAAACUUGUUAUACUCCUGACACUAAAAUGUAAAAAUAUUCGCUUAUUUUUAUCGUUGGCAUCGACUCUCAUAAAUUUGAAAAUUUAUCGUGGGUGGAAACUGUAAGUGAACCUCAGCAUGACCCAUGUUUUUCCUCCUGCUCGCUGUCACAAACCGACCGAAAGGAAAGGCCCAAACUAAAAAAAGAGGAAAAAUAUUUCAACUGCCUUAUGAGAAAGACCAAAUCAUUUAUAAAGGGUUAUCCUAUUUUAAAUUACACUGUUUAUCAAGAUGAACAGUGGUAACAUAUCUUUAAUUUUCAUGACAGAUUAAAUUGCUCUCAGAAUUCAGUUUGUCUAUAUAGUUUUCCUUUCAAAAUAAAAUUUCCCUCAUCAAAUCUCAGUCAUCAUCCAGGACAUUCCCGCGUGUCAGCUCGCGCGUGAUGGAGGGCUGUGGACAAAACGCAGGCAGAGAUGAAAUGACAAUUAAUUGCUGUUAGUUGUCUGUCAUUGAGGGAAAAAAGCAGAGAGGCCGUGUUGGUGCUCUCUGUGACGCGGGCAUUAUUGCCCCAUGAUUGAUGGGCGCGAGGGCAUUUGGCAUAAUUAAUUUUAUUUACUGUGUCCUCUCUCUCCUGUUGUGCCCCCCCUCAACUCCACCCCCCUCCACCCCUCCUCUCCUCCUGUCCUCUGUGCUGGCAUUUUCGCGACGCGAUGACACACUUUUAAUUGCACUUUAAUCGAAGAUCCAGCGGGAAUGAAAAAGCUCUUCAUCACGUUUUAAGACCUUGUCACGUUUGUUGGUGUCAGACAGGAAAGCAGGUAUUGUGUGUUCAGGGCUCCUGUGUGUAAAAUGUGUGCAGCAUAAAAACAAAAAAACUUCAGCCCACUUGGAUAAAUUACACAUAACAUAUUGCUGCAUGCAUAACAAGAUGCACAUUUGUUAUUGUAAUGUAAAAAAUAUAUCCAAAACAGGCUCAUUAUGCAGAUAAUUUAAUUAAGCAAAACUAGAUCUAAAUUUUUAAACCUUGAAUUUUUCAAAUGCACUCUGACAUAAGUAGCUGAGCAUAUUUUAUUUGCAUACCAGCACCUGUAGCAUUUUAAUAGAGUAUAAGUUAUUUAAACAAGUGUUUGCAGGCAUUUUGCUUGGAUACAUAUUGAGUUAUUCCUCUUUAGAGAUCUGUUUAAUAUGCAAUAUUAUAUGUGUUAUGUGUUCAUUUGGCCAGUUUCACGAUUUUUAAUUCUUUUUGAAAGAGCUUUUUUUUGUUUUUGUUUGGCAUGUCCUGUCAGUGAAUAAAUAUCUCUUUUUCACUCUGGGUUUAGCAACCUGAGUCUUCAAUUUCCAUAAAAUAAAACACUCGUCAUGACUGAGCUAUAGGCCAUUAUUUCAUCCAAAAUUUCUGCAUCAGCAAACCAUCAACAACAGCUUGAUCUGAGUUGAGGGAAAAUUGUUGGACACUGCUGUAAGAAAGAAAAACAUAGUGUUGUGCUUUCUUUUUAAACCCUGCAGCACUCAUUAAAGGUGUAAAAACUCUGUAAAGUUAUCCUCUCUGCACGGUGCUGAUAGACUCUUCUUGGAAAUCUAUCAGGACCCGAUGAACAAAAGACAAUCUGAGAAGCAAAAGUAGUUAUUUGAGUAAAAAUCGAGAGUACGUGUGCAGGAAACCUGAGGUGUCAGAGACAGAUUGACUCUCUCUGCCGGCUAUUGUGCAUCCACGUCUGUGUGUUUGCCACCUUUUUUCAUCUGACUCGCCUCAACACUUUUCCUCCUUUGCUUUUUUUUCCCCUCUCCUGUCGACAGCUGUGUCUCUUCCAUGUCCUGUUUUGCUUCAUUGUUUGCUCAUGUACUGCUGAUUUUUAUCACUCUCACACUCUGUUCUCCAGCAGACGAUUGUUUCUGUUUUUCUAACUGACACAUUACUUAAAGGAUGAUUUUUCUUCUCUUUUUUUUUUUUUUUUUUGCCCCGGCACCACAUGUGCCGGUGUGAGACUUCAGACGAGUAAUAAUGGCUGUGAAUCUCAUGCGCUUUAGAAGCUCUUCAGCAGGAUUAAAAGCCACCAGUAUGAUUGUGUUAGUCCAUAAACUCACUCAGAGGGUCCUUACCUCCAGCAUGAGCACGCGUGAAGCUACGUGUGGAAGAGUGUAUAUAUCUGAGUGCUUUUUUCUCAAUUCACCUGUCCUGCUUGAGUGAAAAUGGCCAGUAUUUGAAGUUUUUAAAUGUCCUGUGCGUCGGUAGCGCUGAUGGCUCGCCUGUCCAUCUCUACAUCUGUGACGCUCUCUUCAUUAAAGCCCUCCUGCUUUCCCAAACCCACAAGUCUGAGUGGGCUUUUGGCUUCAAAGUGAUGUUGAAGAGCACCCGUAUACGACUCUGCUAUACAUGUAGGGUUUGACCUGUCAUGGAUACUCACAGCUUUACUUCAAUUGCAGCACUUUGUGUUAAAAGCUGAAAUGGUUAAAUUUUCAAUAUCCUUUAGAUGGGCUUUGAGGAAAAGCAAAAAAAAAAAAAAAUGUAUCUGUGAAGGGAGCCGAAGCACGUUUUCAAAUGGAAUCAAUUCAAGUGCUGGUCCUGAAGCUGCUGUUAUUUUAGGGUGUGAGCUCGGAAUAUUUUUUAGAGCUUUUAAAAUAUAGAAACACUGCAAAAUAGGACUUUCUACAGGUUGAUUCAACUGUAUAAUUAACUUGUAGGAUAAAAGAGAUUUAAAUGUGGUGUUUGGCUGAAUUUUAGGGAAGGUGCCGUCCCUUUUUCAGUGAAGCAAAAAGACUGAAAAUGAAAUCAGCACACCUCUGUGUGUAUUCACAGAUUACUAUUUUAUCAGCAAUCAUAGGCUUGUUCCCUCUUUUAAAGUAUGUUAAUGAAAUAUAAUCGACAAAUUAAUUGAUUAAAUCACUGUGUUAUUCUUCAUGGGCGGCGAGUAAGUGGGGGAAUGUUCUGGUUGUGUAUUGAAGUGAUUGACUGCGCAGUGAAACUGCCGCCACAGAGCUUCAGACCGAGGCCUGAUUAUACAUGUGGUUCUAAUUGAACCUGUUAUUUAGGAGAAGUUGAGGGCUGCGUGUGUGUGUGUAUAUCUGUCUGUGUAUAUAUGUGUGUGUGUUCAUAUAACAUCCCGCACAUUUUUCAAAGAUGAGAUGUGUUUUCAUGAUGGGUCAGAAGCCAGUGUCUCACAGGUUAGCGAAGAAGGAAAGUGAAGGAAGACUCCUCGUGUGUUUCUGUUUUUUUUUUUUUUUUUUUGAAAGUUGACCACCUGUGAGAAGAAGAGAGUUAACAGUUGUCGUCUUUUGCUGUCUUUCUCUUUCUCCCUUUUGUGUCUUUUGAAAGAGAUGUCACCGCGUAUGUGUUGACAGCAGCCGCGCUCAAACUCAAUUCUUUCAAAUUGACGCGCUGUUUCUUCCUCUCACUGAUAAGAUAAUCGUUUUCAGAAUGACAUGGAGGUGUAGCCUGUGGUCCAUACGAUCUGGAUGACUUUUCCAAUAUUCUUAUGUGUGUGAGGAUGACUGGGAGAUGGUCCUCAUGCUUCACGGCAGCUUCAGCCCCAUUACCAGCUGAUGGAUGUGAGAAGGAGUGACCUAACAGCUCAGAGAGGAAAAGGCUGUUUCCUUAUAGGCAGGUGGGAAAGGCAGCCAGAGGAAGAGAUAGAAUAUAUGAGUGAAAGGGUGGAGGGGGUGGAGGGGGGGCGGUUUAGGGCUCGGGUCAUUAUAGUGAAGGAGGAAGCAUUAGAUCAGCCUCUCCACAGUGGGCUUGGUACCUGAGGCCAUGGCUGGAGCUGAACGGGAGGAGUGUGGCAGCGAAGAAGAGAGUGGCUGGUGAAGAAGGGAGGAAGCAAGAGCCAUCAAGUUUGAUUUUUAUAGAAAACAGAUAAAAAAAAAAGGUCCCUCAGGAUCAUUAGGUCAGUGGCACAGGCAGGUAGAGAGCAAGAGAUGGUCAGUGGAAGCAGAAAAAUAAAAGAGAGAAAGAGAGAGAGAGAGAGUGAACGCCUGUUGUGAACAAGCAGAGCAUCUUUUCAAGAGAGCCCCGGUUGCUCGCUCGCUCGCUGCGUCCCCUGCUAACUCCGCAUUGCUCCUGACAGCUGUAUUUGUGUUAUAGAUUUUCCUUCACUCUGUCCCGUCUCCCUUUCCUUCUCCCCUUCCUCCUUUCUUCUUCUUCUCUCUCUUCUCUCCAUCGCCUCCACCCUCUGACCUUUUGUAAGCACUUCAUCAGAGAGCCGUUGGUGUUUUCUAAAGCGCCGCGACAAACUGACAGGGCAGCCGUCAAUCAGGGGAGUGGAGGGGUGGGGGGGGAGUAGAUCAGUGGUAAAGCCUCACUCGGAACAACAAUAUGACUAAACUUUCUUCAGCUCUGCUUUCAUGUGUGUUGAAAAGGAUGGCUGUGACGAGUAGGUGACAGCUGUGAGGCGCAAGACUCUACGUCUUAUGGAUACUCUCAUUUUGACGCGCACACGUAGUUUGAAUCUGACAGUCUAGAUGCGUUACACAGCUUGAGAGCAUGUUUGUCCUCAGUGAAAAUCUGCCGGGGAGGAAAAGGAGAAGCACACAGGUGAAGAUAUGCAGCUCCUUGAACUUAAAAGACUGUGCAAAGGCAGUUCGACACCUUGUUCCCUAAAGAACCGCUGACAGGAAAUUUGGCGAAAUCUUUUAAAAUAUACAUUUCUUUGCUGACAACACUGCUCUUUUCCUAGUUUCCUGAUUUUUAACUUUACUUAUCAGAUCUGCUGUUAAUCUGAUUUCUCUCUGCGUCAGACUGUUUGACUUUCAUCAAUGAGUAUGACUUUACAUUAGCAUACGAUGAAAGCAAAUUAGCAAUGCAGCAUUUCCCCUUGUAUCUCUUCCUGAACCGGCAAGGUAAUAACCAUUUAAAUGUACCUCAUUAUGGGUUCUAAUCCGUAAAGUAUUGGGAUGUUGGCUAACACAGGCGAAAGUGAGGCUGGAGCGCUGCCUUGCACUGCUCUUUUAUGGUAUUAGUAUUUAUGGUAUUAGUUCCGGGGGACAUGGGAUGCCUACUUAAGCUAUUAGCAUGUGAGGCGCCGCGGGAUGAUCCAUCCCCUGACAGGACGAGCUGUUAACCAGUGUUUAACCAAAUCACAAUGGACUGCCUGGGAUGACAGAUUGACACAGCUCGCUCUUGCCGCUCGCUCCCUCGGUCUGCGCCUUCUUCCGCUCCUCCACUAAGAUAGAGAUUUGUUGGAAAAAGACGCAGAAAAAUCCAGUUUCCCAAAACUCUGUGAGAAAGAUGAUUUAAAGAGUGGAUAUAAUGAAUACAAAUUUGCAAUGUGUCCGCCUGUCUGUCAUUGUCAACUACUGUGCCACUCCUCCUCCUCAUCCCUUUCUUCUUCUCUUCUUUCUUGUGUCGCAGCUCUGAAGGUGAAGAGACUGCUCAGGCUUUGCCCAGUGGGGUGCAGACACUAUGGCUUCUAUAGUGGCCUUUUGUGAGAGGGGAGUAAAGGAGGGAGGAGGCGAGGAAGGGGGGGGGGAUGUAAAGCCACUAUCAGGAGUCUUGGAGAUCGCUAACAGUUGAGAGAGAGAGGGAUGCUGUUUUUCAUGUGAGUGUGUGUGCGCUUAUUGUGCAUAUAUGUGUGUUCCCGUGCAACUACAAUUAACUGUCAAUCAGCGCCUGACCCCCGCACCUCUCUCCUCCUCGCGCAGAAUUCCUCAGGUUUUAGGUUCUGUUUUUCACACGGCUGUCGGAGGAGAAGAAAAGCAAACAGGUCGUCUCUUUCCGAACCUGUGUGUAUUUUUGAAGACAUUUCAUCGUUGUGGAGAAAGCGGGCCGUAUUUUUACAGAUUCUUUCACUUGAUUUUGAAAAGAAAAAAAACUUUUCCGCGUGUGUUGUUAGCUGGUUGUUUUCUGCUUCAUCAGUGGCCGUUUUUCCACUCUGAGACUCUGUUGGUGUGUGUGUGCGCACACAUACACGCUUGUGUGUGUGUGUGGUGGGCAUUGUUGACCGAGAGACAUCUGCCACUAGAUUAUACCCAGCUGUUAUCUGAAUAAUUGUGUAAUCCCCCCUCACUCCCUCCCUCUUUUCCUUCCUCCCUCCCUUCCCCUCUUCCUCCUUUGCUCCCGUCUUGCCCCUCAUCUCAUCUUCCUCACGCUGAUGAGAUGGAGAGUGAUGAGUCUCUUUUCUGGGUGGCACUUUUUUAGCUUUCUCCUCUCGUGUUGACGGCUGUUUGAGCUGGUAUGUGUGUGUAUCUGCGGUCACCGGUCAUUGUCUGACAUUUGUCGAAGGAUUUCACCCUCCCAACCCCCUCCCCACCCAGCCCCACCUUCUUCUUCUUCUUCUUCUUCGCCUCCCUCAACAUGCACUCUCCACCCCCCUUCCUCCUUCUCUCGUCCUCCCCAUGGCUCUCAGGGAAAUAAAAGUAGCCUAAUCCUGCCAGAUCAAGAUUGCUGUCCACCACAGCUUUACCAGCCUGAGAAUCAGAGCCGGCUCUCAUGUUCCUGAGGAGAGAGGAGACAGAGUGUGUGUAUUUGUGUGGGUGUGUGUUUGUGUUGUGUGCUGUUGGCCUUUGAAGAAGCGUUAGCUGUGCGCUGGCUGAAUUCUGGUCAGGGGGUGAGAGAAAAGGAAAAGUCAAAACGAGCAGUUAAAAAAGUGGGAAAAGUUGUGUGCAUCUGUCAUCCUAAAAAUGCUCUCAGUUUUUUUUUUUACAUCAAAUUGAAGCUGAGGUCAUUUUCAAAUCGCUCCAACAAGCUGCACAUGAUACCCUUCAAAUAUAUUUACUGGUAUCAGAUUCAGGUUAAUUGAAAAAUUAAAGUUACCAUUUUUCCACAGUUCUUCAUUUUCAACUUCAGUGCAUCAAUUGAAGUUUUGAAAUAAAAAACACCAUUAGUAUUUCUUUUAACAAUUAAUUAAAAUUAUUUUUCCUGGAUUAAAGGAGAAAAAAACAUCAUUCGAAUACACUGCUGUCACUGUUCACUUUUACACUGUAUCUACAAAGGCACAACACUGUGUUUCAACACACAUUUUCCCUCCUCGAGAAGAAAACUCAUAAAGAGACGUACAGAUCUAUUAAAAAACGAAAAAAAAACAUCAGUCCUUUUUACAUGAGUAAUAUAAAAAAAAAAAGUAUCAGAAAGAAGUGUUUAUGCGUCACUCAAAGGAGUACUCACAAACACACGCACAUAUGCUUUUAGAUCUGGUCUGUGGUUGGCAGGGAGGUGUGCUUUUCCCUGUCGGAGCUUCAGUACUCGCUCACUCCGAGGGACUCAACGCCGUCUCUCUCCCUUUUUUUUUUCUCUCUUCUUCUUUUAUUGCACUUUCUCCUGUCCAUCGUUCCCCUCCUCUCAACUACCUUCUUCCUCCCCUCUCUCCUCCUCUCCUUGUCAUGCCUGUUGUCUCUAAUUAUCGCAGCUCUGCGUUCCCUCAGCCUCUUCAUUACAACCAAGCUGUCAUCACAGUUUACCUCUAACAUUUGCUGCCUCUUCUCAGGCCUCAUAUCGAUAAAAAUCAUUUAUUCUUUAUGACCUAAAUGGAAAGACUUAGUUCGGGACUGAUCAAUAACCCUCUCAACACUCUUAGUUUCAUUUAGUGUUAAAAUGUCUGAAGGAAACUUUAUUCUCCCUGAAAAAUGAUCGCAUUAAAACAGAAUUUAAAUGACUAGAAGUCCAUUUAUUUUUUUGUACAGUUAGAGAACAGGGCAGUAACAGUGGAAUUUGUCAAAUUUUAAAAGACAAGACUUUUAAAAUAAAAAUAACUGCAGUCACAUAGAAACAUGAGGGGAAAACACCAUCUAAAAAUAAUACGCUUAUAAAAAAUAUUAAAAACAAAACCAACGUGAAAUGAUACAAAAAAGGUUCAUAUGCUUGUUUUUUGUCCAAAUCAGCAGGUGUUGGGAAAAUAACUUUUGCUCCAGUUUAAAGCGCUCUGUUAUCAAACUAAAAAGCAGCUUUUGGUUUGUUUUUAUAGCGGACACCACAAUGCCAGUCCCCCAGUGAAGGUCAGCACUGCCACAUGCGACCUGUAGCCCUAAUCGGUAACUUCUCCUGCUGCAGGUUUCCGUUGUCUAAAGGUCAGUCAGAAUCAGUGCGCUAGCCUGGGAAAAGAGUCAGCACAAACCAGGGAGUGAACUCGAGAGAGGAAAGAAGGACUCAAAGUGCAAAAAGUGAGGACAGAAGUGUGGAGUGUGAGUGACAAUGAAACCCUGCCAUGCUUCAUGGUGUCAGGCAGGCAGGCGUUCGGCUUCUUGGGGGCUUUGUGAAAAGUUUGCCUUCGAAACUUUUUGCUGAAGGCUGGGGCAUGGUUUGAGCGGCUACCCCUGGGGCUGGCUCGGAGAGUGGGUGGAGGCAUUGGUGGAAGGAGAGGGAGGAGGUGGGUGUGCGAGCGAGAAAGCAAAGAAGAAGAAGAAGAGGAGGAGAGGGAAGCGGAGCACAAAGAGCAGGCAUGCCGUCACGGUCGUCUGUUGUUACAGCGUUCAGGCCCUUAUAGUUGCUGAUCUAAGAAACACAACUCCUGGCUUACGCCCCCUCCUUAUCCUUCCUCCUUCUUUUCUCUCCUCUCUUUUCCCUCCAUCCUCCUUUCCUUACUCUCUGCCGAUCUCUCCCAGAGCUCUGCGCUGUGGUUUUAACAUACAGCCCGCAUCAGAGGAGCAGUGGCCAGGCCUAUUUGCUGGUAAUGAGGAUCGGGGGGAAGGGAGGGGGGCUUUUCUGUAUAGUAACUUAUUUGACCCUCAUUGGUGGGGUCAAGUUCAUCCCUAUGAGGUGCAAUUCUCCCCAGCCCAAAUGCAUGACUGCAUCUUUUUGGGGGGAGAGAGGGGGGGGGGAGGAGGACGAGUAGGCCUGAGGUGGGCCCUCUUCAUCCCCAAAUUUGAAUCUCUCAUCCCAUUUUCUUCUCUCUCUCGUCUCCUCUCUCCCCACAGGGUUAAUAGAAGAGGAAAUUGAUAGUUCUGUGUGGUAAUUGUGGCUUUGAGAAUUCUCUGUCUCCCACGGAGAAAGAUGAGGGCAGGAUGACGUUUUGUAAGAGAAAAAGAGAGAGAGAGAAAGAGAGAGAGAAAUACAUUAAGAGAGAAGCUGAUCGAAGGGGAAAAGCCCCCACACCUCUACCCCAGCACCCCUGGGUUGAUGUCUUUGAUUGGUUGAUGAGCAAGUGCGUUGAUUGGCUGAUGACGUGCUGAGAUUCGUGUAUGUAACUUUACUACUCGGGCUCUAAUAAUCAUUUAUUAUCCAAUCAGAGCAACUCACCAUCCUGCUCUGUAUCCUCACUCAUUCUCCUCUUAAUUCUCCUCCUGAACCCCCUCCCUCUUUUCAUUCCUCCUACCCUCUCUCCAAUCCUCCCAUACCUCCCCAAGGAGCCGGAGAGGAUGGACAGAUGAGUGGAGCACACUGUAUCUGUUCGGUUCUGCUCAGCUGCUCACUGAAGUAGAGAGAAAGAGACAAACUUCUAUUUCACUGAUGCUGGAGCUGAGCUGAAUGGACUCUCUGCCUCCUCUCUCACUCUCUCUCUCUCUCUUUCUCUCUCUUUCUCUCUCUCCUUCAAGAGGGGCUUUUCUCUCCCAGGGGGCACAGCUUUAUAAUUAGUCUUCUUCCAGAAAUAGAAAACUAGUUUUCUGAGGUGAAGUCACUCUCUGAUGAGUAGGCUGCAAAGCUGCACAUUUGAAUUGAUACAGAGCGUAGUAAAAUCUAUUAUAUGACAAGAAAAAUCAAUUCUCACCUGCCUUAUAGUUUUCUGUGUUUAUUGUUUUUCACAAUGAAAAAGCAAAGAAAGUGUUGAGAAGUGGUCAGAGGAUAGUUUCUGUAGAGACGGCAGGUUUUGUUUUAGCUUCUGGCUUAGUUGUUUAGUCUGAGCUCAGGCCACCCCAAGGCCGUCACCCAGGCAACACUGUAUGUGUGCGCCUGUGUUGUCUUUAUAUUAUUUGGUUUUCUCAUUGUGUGGUAAAAAUUUGUCAGUGUAUUCAUUUCUCCCGUUGACUUUAUCUCUUCCACUGGUUCUGUUUUUUUUCCUGCCCUGUUUUUUCCCACCUCUUGCCCCCCCCCCCACCUCCCCCUUUAUCCCUUCCUCUGCCCCCCCCCUCCCUUUCUGCUUUCUCUGUCCGUUAAUGAGAAUGUGUUAACGAGAAAGAAAGAUCUAUUGGGUGUAGCACAAUUUAUCAGAAAGGCAGAGGUUUGGAAGGGAGAGAGAGAGAAAAAAAGGCGGCGGGCCCUUCAAAGAAGUCCUAUUCUUGUGGUUGUGAAUGUUUGAUGAGACAGUGAAAAGUUCCCCCUCUAACGUCAUGGUGUCUGAACAGAAGAGAACAGAACCGUUCUAAUCAUGCCGCGCGGAAAAAAAUGACUUCCAACCCGAUUUAAUUAACUGAUAAGAAACGGCUUCAAAUUAAUUUUUCAAGGAUGUAAGAUUUUGAUUAAGAAACUCCUAAAAGAAAUAGACGAAUAAUCAAUUUUUUAAUCAACUUACUCAAAUGGUAACUGGUUAAUAUGAUAAUUCUGGCAAUUAGGGCAAAUAUUGUCGAGCAGCAGUUUCUAUGCAUCCUGUUAAAGGAAUUAUAAUAUCUUUACAUCUAAUUAUCAUGGUUAUUUAAUUUUUUUGUAUGGCUACUUCUCAAUUUUUACCACUGGUUUUUUUUCAUUUGCCAUUAUAUGGAUAAUGAAACGAGAAGUUGGAAAGCGUAAUAAGAUGAAACUUUUUAUAAGGGCCUACCUGAAUGGGGCUUUUCACGCUGCCUGAUUGGAUAGAUAUUUAGGAAGAAGGGAAAGGGGAGUUGUUCAGAAUGACAUUAUUUCUGCUGGUUUUACAUGCAAAGCUGAGAUGGAUCUCUUAGAUGUGUGAUUCUUUUAUUUCGUCAGCAGAUUAAAGUAGCUAAUAGCUCCUGGCUGCUCGCUGUGUCUCCUCUCUUAUUCAUAAGCAGGAGAAUGAAUAUGCUCACCAUUUCCAAUCCGCAAAGUUUCAAAUCAUCUAUUCAGUUAGAAAUAGGAGCAAAAAAAAAAAAUCUGUUUCAGCUCUGAUUGAGGGAAAGGUAAGAUAGCUCACCUAGUAGUGGCUGCAAAAUCUCUAUGAGUGUAUGCGGAUGUGUGUGCGUGUGUGUGUGUUGCUCUAAUUGGACAGGUAUUGUGGCGGAGGUGAUGAGGGUCCAGUUAAAGAGAUAGAAAGGGGUGUGGAGAAAAAAAAAACGAGCAGGGGGUCCAGGGCUUUAGGGGGGCAGCAGAGAGACAGAGUUCCUUACUUCAAAGAGAGCUGGACAAACACCAACAACCUCACACACAUACACACACAGACACACACACACACACUCCACAUUCAGAUGCUGCCUCUCAUGAGAUGAAUAUCCAUCCCCUCUCAUACUCAGCUGUAUCCCUUGCUCCCCGCGCGCUGAACAUCAGUGGAGUCGUGCCUUCAGAGGGAAAUAUUGACAAAGCGUUUGGAGAGAUGGAAUAGUUCCUUUAAUUAUACGCUGCUCUUAUGAUGCGUGCUGUUUCAGUCUGCCUGCCUACACACACGCACACAAACACAUAGCACAAAUACACACACGCGUAUACACAUACAUCAGUGAGCUGAUCAGCUGAAUAGGUAUUCCUGGCACAAACCCAGUGUAUUGAGCGUACAUAUUCAAUUAGCAAAACGCAUUAGCAAAACUUGGCAUUUGUUGUUGUUUUCCCCCCCUCCUUGCUCAGAAUUAAUGGUUUUGAUAUGCUAAUUAGCGGGUAAUUUAAUUUCAAAAGGCCUCAAUUAACAGCAGCGUUGUGGACACGAGGAAGUUAAGCAGCGUAAUCUAAUUUGCAUUAGUAACGAGCAGGGAGUAAUUAGUCCCUAAUUAGCCACUUCAGACAGCACUUGUGUUUACUUUCCUAAUGAAGUGGAGGGGCUUUUUUUUUUUUGUACAGAGGAGCCUGUGUGUGCGUGCGUACAUGUGUAUAUGUGUGUGUGUGUGUGCGUGCUCGCAGUAAGGGUGUUCUUGAGUGCAUGUGUGCGUGCGAUUGUUUGUGUAUGUAUAUGCGAGGGGGUGAGUGGCGGUGGUGGGGGCAUUAAAGUGUCAUAUGGCUUACAGUUUGGCUCCAGUUACACACACGAGCACACCCUACACCAAACACCGCCGUACACACAAUUACACACACACUAACACUCACACACGGAGGUCAGGCCCUGCUGUCUGAUGUGAUGUGAUUGGGCGUGCGCUCGCUGUAAUUUUUAAUGCAUUGAAACAUCUCUGUGAGCUCACUUACACACGCCGAGAGGGAUUGAUUGUGUGUUUAAAGGGUUUUUUGUCUGAGUCGAGUUUUUCCUGGUGUUAUUUUUUUGUGUUGCAAUAGCUUGCAAUAUUUUCAUUUUUUCCUUUUUUUGUAGGUGUUUCCCGUCUUGAGCUCUCCGGUUUUUGCAUUAUUGGGCGUACAGACUGUUGUGUUUGUGAGUGAUGACGUUACAAACCAUGGCUGCUGGCUGGCCUAAUGCUGGGUUUAUUUCUAGGAUACAGUUGCCUGUGUUGACAACGCAGAAAAAAACAGAGAAGCGAAGACGGAGAGUGGAGUAAAUGGAUAGAUGGAUAAACAGACAGCCUUUUGGUACAUUUAGUUUUCCCCCAUUAUCGCUAUCUUUUCAAUCAUCUGGGAAAAUAUAUCCCAUGCAACACUCAAGGAAAAACACAGCAGACAAAUUAAAAACAACUUUUUUCUUGGAUGAGCUUUCCAACAGUUGGAACUUUUCCACUUGCAGCCGUGUCAAAAACAAGUUGAAAACAACAGGCUUCCUCCUGGGCUUUUUUUGGGAAGGGUUGCAGGGGGAGCAGCAUAGCCGGGUUUGAGGGAAGGGUGGAGAUGAGGGAGGGUGGGGGGGGGGGACAAGCAGCUGCCCUAUUAGCCCAAAUCUGUUGUUCAGAGAAGGAGGCGGGUGGGAGGGUGGAGCAACACGACUGAACCUCCACAAACGAGAGCGCACUCAGUUUUCUUUACUCUGUGUUGCUGUAUUCUGGGAUUAUGGUGUACAUUUACACACUUUAAAACCCCCAACACCGCUGUGGACAUUGAUUUUGUCUUUUCAUUUACCCAUAAUCCAAUGCACAAGAACAGACGCUGUUAACUGUCAGCCACUCUAGUGGUGAGGCUUUUUUUUUCGCAAGGCUUUUCCACAACCUUCUUGGGAAUAAUAGCGGGGGUCAGAAAGUUUGGUGACUUCCUUAAGCGGAGAGCAGGGUCAGAACGCCAGGGUUGGCAGGAUUAGUCAGCAGUCAAUGAACAUGACUAAACACACACUGCACACACACACACACACACACACACACACACACACACACACACACACACACACACACACACACACACACACACACACACACACAGAAACAGAUACCAACUCCUAGUGUAGGACUUGUCUGAUUUAUAAUCCCUGAGACCAUAAGCUGCAGAGAAUUCAAUAAAUAUAAUGAAUGGAGCUGCUAAAGUGAUUAUGAGCCUGUUUCCAUCACUGACCUCUACCCAUACACUCUAAUUUUUUGGCACAAACAUCCACACACACACAAACACUCACACAUACGCAUCCAUAAAUAGGCAACUGAUUUACAAAUGAGCUGACCUGUGUGUUGGCCUUGCUCUCAGAUAGGCUCACACCCCCGCCAGGAUGCAUAAAUCACAAUGGACAUGCAUAUGCAUGAGCAUCUGAGGAGGCAGGAUAAGUGUGUAUUUGUGUGUGUGCGUGUACCAUUGUGUGUGUGUGUGUGUGUGAGCAGCAGCAGCAGUGGUGUUUGUAUCGAUCAUUGAGGCUUAGUUAAGUGCCUUUUAUUUCAUUGAGGUAAAGUUAAGCACCGUGGACAGGCCUCUCUCUCUCUCUCUCUUUCUGUUGCUUUUGAAUGGAAAGAGAGCAAAAGAGAAAAGAAAAAUGGAGAAGAUGGAACUCUUAACUGUUCCUUUUCCCUUUUUUUUAGUGGCAUCCGGGGAUAUCACGUCAUAUUAAUGGAACUGAGAUGACGCUUGAAGUCCUUUCUAGUUGUGGGAGAGGUGUUCUCCUUUUUGGUGUUGGACCUUUGCCUGAUGUGUGUAUGUCUGAUGUGAGCUGCUUUAACCUCCUCUUGUUUUAUGGACUUAAACAUGACUCUGGAUCACACUGCUGCUGGAUUAAUUUACACACCACUCACACAUGCUUGCCAAAUCUCCCUCUCUCUCACUCUCCUUUUCUCCCUCUCCUCCUCUCUGAAGACAGAGCAGAAAUUGCCUGGUGAGGUAAAUAAAUUACUUCCAUCGAUUGCUGGAGUUGAAGAGUGACUUUAUCACAGUUUGACUUGUCCAGAUACAGAUCAGUGUGUGACAGCAUGUGUUUUUUAUUAUGUGCCACUGUGUCUUUUGUGUGUGUGUGACUGAGAAUGUGUGUGUUCGAGGGGGGCGGUGCUGCCUUUAAAAAAAUCAGUGUAAAAUCUACCUGAUGGGUAUCUCAGUAUAUUAAAAGCUAUUGCUGAAGCAGCCAUAUUGUCACCGGGCUGCCAUGUGUAUAUUGAAAAGCAGAUGAAUUAUGCUGGUUUUAUUAAAAUGCGAUCUUACAGCCCACCUUAUGGCCAGGUGGGAUGUUUGCUGGGUUUAUCUCAGCCUUGUUACCCAUCAGCACCUUUCACUGAUGGUAGUUCAAGAUAUAUAACAUCUUAAUGCAGCUCACAUUGAUAGCUUCCACUGACUGUAUUUGUUUUAUCCACAUAUCUGAUGUAUAUGUGGACCUUUUAUAGCACACCUUAACCAAGAUGCCCCAGCAGAGAGGUUAAAAGUUCACCAGCGAAUGUCAAAGUGCUAAGAGAGUGUGUGUGUGUGUGUUUCUGAGGGUGUGUGUGUGUGUGUGUGUGUGCUGCAGACUGGGACACAUGCUGUUUUAAUAGACGCUUUGCUGACGCUACAGCAGAGGCCAAGAAGCCACCGUUUUCCAAAGAAAAAAGCUUUGGAAAAAGAACAAGAAAAGGCCUCAUCUGUUUGCAUAAAACAGUGGAAGAACUGACCAGUGAGUUAAAGGAGCAAAUGAGCAGCAGGCGGCUUAAAGAUAUCUGCCUCUCUGGUCCUGCACUUCAACUUUUUGUAAUCUUUUAUUCUUGAAUUUUUUUUUUUUUUUACCUCGAUCUCUCUCAGAAAUCUUUUAUCUUUAAACUUUCCUUUUUUGUCUGAGUUUUAUGCCUCAUUGAGGUACAUGGUAUAAGCUUUUCCUCGCUAUCGAUUAGCCCUACUGUAGUUCUUUUACUGCAAGCUUUCUUUUUCAAUAGAUCGCAGUUACAAGUCCAAAAGUGAAACCGAAAAGUAGCAUAAGGGAUUAUAACAAACGGGAAGGCCGAAUUUUUUCUUCUUUCUGAAUUAAGAACUGGAAGAACGCGUCUAUUUUUCUGGCUUAUUUUGACCAGCUGGUCUGUCAUUGACACUCACGUUCUCCUCUGGAUCAGAUGCUCCUGAUUUCAGAUUUAAUUAGGAAACACGGUGGCGUCAGGGUUGGGAUUUUGGGUUUGUUCGUUAGCUAUUUUAGUAGCUAAUUACUGAGGGGGAGAGUGUUAAUUGGAAUUCUCUUAGAUAAUGUGAACUCCUCUUCCCCUUUUCUCCCCCGCCUCAUUGAGAGUUUAAUAGAAAACCACCAAAGCACUUUACAGACCUCUCCCUACAAGUGUCUCCGUAUGUUUAUAAGUCUUUUUCUGUUGAGUUUUUAAAGAUGUCUGACAGCAGCUCAGCUGAUGAUGCCUCCAGAGACUUGAGGAGAUGUGUGGGUCAUGUCAGCGUUAUUUGGUGUGAAAUGUAGUCAAAUAAGAAUAGGACAGGAGAGUGCAUUUUUAAAUAAAAGCGAGCUGAAGUAGCAAAGAUCCAAUGAUACAUGAUUCAUGUUCAUUGCAUUUUAAUUCUUUGGAAAAAACAGUAAUGAAAAACAAUUUUGAUCAAGCUCAUCUAAAGGUCUUUAAUACAUUUAUUUUCUUCUUAACUUUUGUUGCACUGAUAAUGAACAAAAACUGGCCCAACCUGCAUUUUGCCUCGCACUUUCUCCAUAGCCUGAGGCGCUGAAAUGCUAAUCCAGUGGAUGCGCAACAAGGGCAUAAAAACACAAAAAAAAGUGAUUUUAAUUUUAAAGAAUGUUUGAAAUGAAACAAUAGUUGCAUUUGGAUGUUGUUAUAAUUGGAAGGAAUGGCUGACUAGAUAAACAGACUUCGCUCGCUGGAGCCGGAGCACACACUUGGGGGUCUUUUCAUAUCUGUGCACUGUUUAAAAAUUAAACUCCUAACCAGCAUUAAGCAGAGAGGAAACCAAAUUAAUAUACAGCGAGAGACGACUAAUCAGAGAUCUGUGGUUUCAUUGUAAUUCCUCAGCCGUCUUAAAGUGUGACAAAAACAGUAUUUAACAUCUUUACCUCCGCUUCAGCCACUCAGAAAGGCUGGGCACACACACAAUAAGACCUUACAGUAUUUUAAUAUCACUGCUUGUAUAUUCUAAUCCUGACACCACUUGAAAUAUAAUUCCUUUCCCUAUUUUAAAUCACUGAUGUGAAAUUGCAUUAAGAAGAGAGUGUGCGAGCAUGAAAGCAGGGAUGUUAAAUGGACAUAUGAAUGCAGGGGUGAAUCCGAACCUAUUAAGUACUUUCCUUAUUAUUUCUGAAAGUGGAGCGUGAUAAUUAGUUUGGUAGAAAUCCUAUAGCAGGGUGGAGGUAUGGGUCUCAAUAGUUAAGCCAAAUUAAUUUCUUCUGUCACCUUGAGCAUAUGUUCCUCUUAAUAGGUUUAAUUUAUUUCACGCUGAUUAUCUUUUUUCUUCUUCCUCUACUUGACUCUGAUGCACACAUUCAUGUCAGAAACCACUUCAACCUUCUGCACACGUGGACGGUAUGUAUUCAUACGUAAAUAUGAUAAAGCGGCACAGAGUCAUUAUGGCUCAGCUCCCGUGUCCGUGUGAUCGGAGAGAUGGCACCGCACAGUUUUUCCCAGGGGCCCUUGCUGCUGCUGUUGCUGCUGCUGCUGCGGCCUCGCUGUCAUGUGAUCCGUGUGCCUGGCUAAGAGCUCGGUUUUUCUCAGGAGUCACUCCAAGUCCUUUUUAGUCCUAAAAGUUAACAAUCAUCCCUGAUGUUAAAUCCAUCAGGAACCUCUGUGUGCCACGAGGUUGCUUUAAUAAUCUCCCCUGUGUGUGUGUGUAUGUGUGUGUAUGUGUGUGUGCACGAGUGUGUAUGUGCGGGGGUUAGGUUGGACCAUGGGAAAGUGGCAUACCUGAGAGGAUUAGAGUGAUCCCAAGGACACUCUGCGUGGGAUAAUAUUCAAAAACUCAUCACAGAUUGCCAUUUUGUAACACCUCAAGCAACCUAUCUGAACCUAUGUUUCCACACAAAAGCACACAAAUGAGCGCUGUUAAUACCCCUGCGAGUGUGUGUGCCAGACUUUGUGUACCUCCACCAAUCCUCUACGUGAAUGAUUUGUUUUUGAUCUAGCAGGGAUCCCUCCAGUUGCCCUGUCUGGUUUCAACUUACGCUAGUAAAUUACACCCAAUCACUGAAAUAACAUCCUCCAGAGUGUGUGUGUGUGUGUGUGUUUGCAAGCUGUGCAUGUGUGUGUUUGUGUCACUGUUGACGUCAUGUUACAGAUGUACACGAUGUCAGCUUUGAUUAGGCUGAAUGAAGUCCAACUGUUUUUGUGUUUUCGUCAUUUAGGGAAAGUUGAAUGAAAACGCAGCUGUUUUGUGACUCUGAGUGUGAGUGUGUGUGUGUCUGGAGUCCUGCAUCUGUAUGUCUGCGUGUGCGUCAGGAAAAACUCCUGUGUUGUGUGUGCGGGGUUGUCAGCUGAUUAGCGCGUAGGGAAGCCAAUGUGAAAAAAUCUCUGAUUUUAUCCUCGCAGCUUCAGUAUGGGAAGCUUGAAGGGACAAACUCAGACAGAGAAGCUGUAGUCUGCCAAUUAGUGCACCAGAUGUCAGUUAUUGUUGGACCAGGAUUAUGGCAAUAACUGAAAUUGGCCAAUGGUUAUGAGCCUGUGUGUGUGGUUGCGAUAGAGUUGAAACAAUCUUCUUUUGAGACUCACUCCUUGGUUUAUUACUCUUCUGGCACCUGCAGUGUUUUUCAGAAUCCUGUCUCUGUCUCUUAUUCUCUUUCUGUGUAGUUUUUCAGCAUUUUGGAAAUGUAAACACUGCUAAAAUACAUCCAGAUGUUACCAGCUGUGCUCCGCCACCACAAACACUGGGCAGGGAGUGUAUGUGUGCGUGUAUGUGUGUGCGCCACAAAGGCUCCUUUUCCUGACUAACUAUUCACUCAUACGGAAAAAAAUGAUUGCCUGAUUUUGUCGUAUAUCUUUUGGUUGAGCGUUAGCAGGAUUUCAAAUAAUGUGAGUAUGUGCGAGAGAGAGUGUGUGUGUAUGUGUGUGUGUGUGUGUGCUGAAUACGACUAUUGUAGUUGUUGAAAGCUGCUGCAGGCUAACACUGGAUGAAUUAAAAGCUCUAUUAAACCCAGAAAAGUCAGAACUGAUGCAGUGUGACAAAGACUGCAAAUUCAUAAAAACACUGACCUUAUGUGCGAUGCAUUAUCUCUCACUCUGUCUGUCUGUCUCCUUCUUUCUUGCUCUGACACAAACACACACCCAGACACACACUCUCAAAUAAAACAGGGCUCAUAUUUUGAUGUCAAAGCUCCAUUCAGAUUUGUGGAUACUAGAGAUCAGACUAAGAUCAACCACUGUGUGUGGGUGGAGAUGAAAAGAGUCUAAUUGUGAGGUGAAUAGUGUUAAUGUUGUUUAUGAAAUGCCCUUUUCUACUCACACACACACACACACACAUUACCUGUUGGGCAGAGCUCUAAUUAGCACAUGUCCUUACCUUCUGUCAUUAAAUGAUAUUUUCACCGGUAUUAUUCUCACAUUCACUUUCACACAGUCUGUGACACACACACACACACUUUUCAACAGGUGAGCGCAUUAAAAUGUCAGCCUCGUGCCGUUACUGUACGUGUAAGUGUGUGUGGGCACAUAAGUGUGGGUGUGUGAAUGUGUAUUUGUUUAUGCACCAUGGCGGUGCUGAAACCUUGCUCCUCAGGGAGUAAUUACAGAAGAGGUUUUCUGGCCGUUUUCUCUCAUUAGUAUGAAUAUGGAGAGAAAUCCCUUAGACCCACUUUCACAGAGCUGCUGUGUGCAAGGCAGAAGGCCAGACAUGUGCGCAGAAGUCCUGACUCCGGUCUUGGAGAUACACUAGUGGUGUGCACGUCUUUUUGCCACAAGUCUAUUUCAGCCCCAGCUCCUCUGUAUACAUACACGCUGUGUGUUUGUGUGUGUUUCUCCUGUUGGACAGCAUCUGGUCUGAGCUUCACUCGGUCCUACAGUUCAAACUACAGGUUGUUUGUUUGGGUUCGCCCUUACAAACACACCAUUAGGGCCCGAGGACUAUUUUUGGCUCCGGCCUUGGUUUAGCUCAGACCUGCUGCCGGGCUCACUGGAGGUCCUGCAGGCAAACCUCAGCCCUACCAAAACCCAGGAAGAUCUGAACCACAGCGCACCGCCCUGCCACCACAGAGAAACUCUAUCCUGCUUCAAGCAGGCUCACCCCACAGAAAGCCUUAAAUGUCAGCUGAACUGUUUCAAUAUAUGUGCUUCCUACAAGCACGCCUUUUCUGUUUUAUUGUCGUGAUGCAACAAGUCCACCUCUUCAGCAAACAAGCAGGUUUGGACAAGAAAAAAGAAAGGCCGCUCACACUUGCAGAGAGGAUUAAGGGAGUGAGAGAUGAAAAGAGAAGAAAAGAAAAGAGAGAGUGAGAGGCGGCAGAGAGAGGGAGAGAGAAAGAAAACAACAAAGGUGGUUAGGACAAAAGCAGUAUUGUAUCAUUGAAAUGACUUGUGAGUUGAAAGCCUUAAAAGUCCUCCCCUGAGCCAGGUCAUAAAGCCUGUGCAGAGACGGGGCUUGGCAGCCGAGGCCAGAGCCAGACAGGCCUGGCAGCUGAGCCUAGAGAGCUUCCAGUAACAGGAGAUGUAAAAAUCAAUUUGCCGUGAAAAACGUAAACAAUCGGAAAUGACAAAUAUGCAGGUUCUUUUCCAUUGCCCACCUUUUUUUCCUCUUUUCUUGCUAUUUUCACUGUUAUUAAAGUAGACAAAUGCAGAGGCGAGGAGAAUGACUGGUCUGGAUUCAUGUGGUGAGGGAUCCCAGUUACAAAGUUCACAGGAUGUGUGUGUUGGGAGGGGUUCUUUCUGCCUUUCUCGCUACCUGAAUUAGUCAAAGUGGACUUUUUACAGACAGUAGUUGAAACAUAAUACACUCCAUAUCAGCUUAAAUGUUGUAGACACACACAAACAUGCAGACAAGGCGGUAUCCUGAUUAAAGAAGAAGGCGUUGAUGGUGAAACUAUUCAAGGAUAGAGAGCAGAGUGUUUGAAUCCUCAGGGGCCUGUUUGGUGGUUAGGAGGCCUUCAGGGGCCCCAGCAGAGACCUCCAUUAGGCGAACGAUCUGAGCCUAGGGGAGCCGGUGUGGCGGUGGGCUUUUUAGGGCAGGAGCUGGUCUGUUUAGCAGCAGUUUGUCUGCAUUGCCCAUAACAUUGAUCGGAUGUUGAGCUGCAGCCGUAGGAGAUCUUUUUGCCGCUGAAUAGGUUGAGCAGCGGUGUAUCAAUAAAGCAGAAUGGACCAACAGAGGGCCCUGCACCCUGAUGGUCAGUUGGUGAAGACAGACAGAUCUUGUUCGAUACACACACACACACACACACACACACACACACACAAGCCUCAGCUGCCUUGUGGCAUGCUAAAUCUAUCCAUGUGAGUACACAUCUAUACGUGCAUGUUCGUGCAACGAUUUGUGUCCUACAGAACCUAAUCCUCUUUGCUGGCCCAGCUCUUCCUCUGCAGAUGAACAGAUCUGCUGUGACUGGGUGGGAAAAAAUGAAAAAGAGGGAAGAAACAAACAUGUUUCCCAGGCCCCAAUUAGUCCUCGUUUAUUACCCCUAGAUAUGCUCCUGAGUAACCCUCCUCACUCCCUUCUUUUCUCUCUCUGAAGUCUGCUUGACAUCAGAGAGGGUGCUUAAACAUCAGAAAGAAUGAAGGUGUGCAGGAGGACAUGGUGACAGAAGAGGGGGGUAGAUAUGGGAAUGUAGAUGUGCCACCUUUUCCCAUCACUGUAUCUUCAUGGUGUUUGAAUGUGCUUUAAAGCAACACGAACUUUACCUCCUUUCUGUCUGCCACAGCUGCGCUGUAGGACUUGUGUGCUUUGCGGUUGUUGUGUUUGUACAACAUCAGUCGCCGAAACGCUCACAUACAAAACAGCUUGAACCCUCUGCGCAGAAGCCAUCAAUUCUUAAUGAGAUAAUGACAUGUUAACAUACUCGCAGCAGCAGCUCUGUUUACAGAUGACGACAAACCACAAACAAGACACAGACAUACUAAACGCUGGAGUUUUCCCCUCUCGCCGAUGUUUCUCCUCCUCACGCUGUGACUUUGUGCGUUCGCCAAAUCAUGGCGAGAAUAACAGGUGGAGAACAUAUUGAUGCUGUGUGUGUCUGCGUGAUAGACACACACAUAAACGCAGUAAUGAGUCAAGUGCUAUAAUGUGGCCGCAGCCCAGAUUCCCUAAUAAGAGAGGAAUGUUGUCCGUGGCAUCCAGAGUUUUCCACACAUUCAUCCUGCCUGUUUCCUGCCCCUGGGUCUUCCUCCCGAGGAGAGGGAACCCUCUGUCUCGCUCUCCCCGUGUUCUCCUCCCUCUAAACUUGCUUCCCGUCAUCCUUUGCACUUUUUUUUUUUUGCCUUUUCUCUCCCUUUUCAUCUCCCCACCAAACACACACACACACACACUCACACCCCACCAGUUGGGGUCAAUUACCGUGGGCUUUUGCAGCUCUGUCUUUUCGUUCUCUUUGUUGGACCUAGUCUGGUUCUGGAGUGACACAAGCACAUGACUCACAUAAAAGUGAGUCAGAGCGAUUCAGGCUUAUUGCUGAGGAAAUGGUGGUGGAUUAGGAGAGGAGGUGUCUUUCUCGGACUGGUACAGGAACACACACAUAUACAGCUGAGUAAGAAAAAAAAAAAUCUGUGGCUCACUGAAUCUCCAAAUUAAUGCAACUCUUGGUCUCACAGUGGUGCAACUUUAAACAAACCAAGACAGAAGUUUAAAAAUUCACAUUCAAAUACUUUAACCUUGAAAUCUCCCCUUGCCAAGGCACCAGCUACCUCUUUUUUUUUUCAUCUGUUAAAUGUUUGAGUGUUUGAUAGUUUGAGGUCUAUAGCAGAACCCGCCCGGGAAUUAAUGUCAUUCAUAUGCCCUGCGGAAAUUACUUUUGAAAUGCAUAUAAUCUAAAACAUGCAAAUGAGGCUGACUUUGUGCACCCUGUUUAAUAUGAAUUAUCAUUUUCUGAAUACCUAUUAUUACUGCGUACAUUUCUCCAAUUAUAUUGUUCUUUUUUUGUCACUUUUGCAUAAGGACGCACAUGUGCGCGACAGGAACUCCAGAAAACGUGCGUGUGCGCUCGGUCACAUGCAUAUGCGCACACACACACACACAUUCACACACACACACAGCAGCAGCAGCAUGUCUUUGUGAUGGGUGUAUUUUAAUGAGGAGUAAUAAGGAUGGUAAUGACCCAGUCCACUUCUCUCUCCGUCUCACUCUUCGCCUUUGUUACACUCUCUCUCUCUCUCCAUCUCUUUCCCUGUGUCUCUCAUCCCCUACCAAACACGCUCAGCUGUUAGUUUACAUGAAACCAGUUCAGUUUAGUUUACCAAAAGAGUUAGAGGCCUCUCUUUUUUACUUAAUAAGGGGUAAUAAUGUUCAGCCUUUCGCUAAUUCUGCACACAUUUCCCUGUAAGAGAGUCCUUAAAUAGCAAAUGAAAAUAGCAAGGCAGGAAAAUACAAGUGUUGCUCAUCCAAAUUUCAUUAGCAGACUGAAAUAUUGAUGUGUUUUAAAAGUGAACAGUGCAUGUUUAGUUUGUCUCUUCCUUUUCUCUUCUAGUGAUAAAGCACUGUUAUUAAUGUCCUUGUCCAAGAGGCAGACUUUUUUUUUUUGCUCAUUUCUCCUAAAUUGAAUUGAAGGCAUCCCUUUUUCAAACGAAAUACUCUAUUAAUUUAUUUAUACUGUGCCAUAAAUUAUUCUAUUAAUAUUAGCACGCUCCAAAUUAGUAUGACUUCUCUCAAUGUGCCUUCUCCUUCUAUUAAUUAGCAUGCUUGUCACUAUAACAAAGAUUUUUCUUUCUCUGAUAAAUUAUAAAGGAGACAUUUUUUAAUACAAUGAGAACUGCCUUAGAAAUUAUUAAUAUUUUAGUAUUGGCCUGUAAGACAAAAGUACAGAGAAAAGAGCAAGAAGAACUGAAAACUAACAAUUACAUGGAAUACAUUAGAGACUGUCACUGGAGUGCAACAGUGUGGGUUUUUAUUUGGCUUUUUUAAAGGCAAAAUGUAAGUGUGCAUGUGUGUGUGUGUGUGUGUGUGUGUGUGUGUGCAUCCAUACUGAAUGCUCAAGGAUAAUAUCAUCUUGUUUUAGCACUUUUGGAAAUGAUGUGAAUUAAUUACCUCUGUAACAGCUUGGACCAAGUUCAGAAGUACCAAAAUUCAAUUAAUUUGGAAAGUGGACAUGCUAUCAUUUUCCCUGCAUGUCUCCUUUAAAGUCUGGCCUGUUUUUUUUUUUUUCUUUUUCUUUUUACUAUGGACUUAUUCAAUUAUAUUUGAUUAAACUCGCUCUGAUCCAAUCUAUUAAUUAACUUGGAAAUGCAAAGUGCCCAACUUGAAAGCCGAUGUAUAAAAUUAUAUCAUGUCCACUUUGAUAUUUAUUUAUUUAUAUUUUUAAUCAGCAUUUUUUCAUCCAUCCGUUGUAACCCUUCUAUACUAUAUUAAGGCGUUGUUGCCUAUUCUCAGGUAAAAUUAAAUCUUUGACUUCUAUCAGUCUUGUAAUGUUAAUUUUUAAUUGUACAUAAAAUGAUGUCCCACCUGGAGGCAAAUACAACAAAUCCAAUGUCCCUUCAAUCAAAGUUGAAUAGGUAGUAAUUAAUUUGGUGAAGGUAAAAAUAGUCAGAGUCAAGGAUGCAGGGGAAUUUUAGAAAAGAAAGGGUCCUCUAAAAAUGGCUUGAAUGGCAAUCCACAUUUUUUAAGAUUAAUUGAUGUUCACAUUUAUUCUUCACAGGUCAGACCUGAGAAGACUCAAAAUGGUGUUUGCUUGCGCGUGUUUCAGAAUUCUCGCCGCCCCAUGUCAGCCUGGUUUUGGUAUGGGUUGGCCUGAGGGUCAAACAGAUCAAAUUCACCAACACACCGUCUGCUUGACACAUCUGUUGCGCAAACACGAAAAUUAAAUCUCAAUGUACUUAAGACUCGGUUUACUCAUCUGUUCCACCUUCAUGUCAUUUGUCCAUUUCCCCACUGACACCUUUUUAUCUGCCCCUUUCAAAUUUCUUUCUUCUUCUCCAAUCCACUCCCUCUCCCUCCUUUCCACUCCACCUCCCCCUCCUCUCUCCAUCCCCUCUCACACUGAAGGUCAUUCUAAUAAAGAGCUCUCAUAGGACAGAGCUGCUAAUUGCUCCGCGGCGCUCUAGCUGGUUUCAGAUCCAAAUAAAGGCACGUUGCCUUUUCUUUUUUUUUUCACCAGGCUCCUCUCCCCUCUUGCCCUCCAUUCCAGCGCCUCCCCUCUUCACCUCUGUUCCACCAUGUUAAAUACAAUCUGAGUAUUAGCUGUGUGGACUGUCAUAACCUGACCCGGGCCUCCAUUACCUCUCAGGACAGAGGGUGUAGGGUGCUGGUGGGGAUGAAGGAGCAGAGUGGGGAUUUUUCAUCCUCAUGAUCACAGGAUGAUUUCCAACUGGCACAGUGGAGCGCGCACAUGCACACGCGCUCCGGCCUUACCUCUUUAGGAAUGUACAACCCGUGAUUUUAGGCUCAGAUAAAUGAGGUGUGCAUGAAGUCUGCUCCCUCUACAAAUAUUUGUGUGUGUGUGUGUGUAUGUGUGUCUUUGUGUCUGCGUCUCCAGUAUUUUCGAACAGACACCAGGUCUGCGAGCUGGUAAAUCACUUACUGCACUCUAAAAGGAAGGGUCGAGGUGAAGGCAGGAGUGUAUGUUUGCCCCGGUCAUACACACAUACGGAGCGAUCUCAUCGGUGCGGAAUGUGCUGUGUGUUUACCUAUGGCUCCAGAACCCACCUGACCGAGGGAGGCUAAUCUUUAUGGGCUCUGUAAACAGGGACUUUGUCUUCACAGGCGGGCAAGCAGACACACAAUUCACACAUGGACGCGCGCACACAUGGACCGAGAAGAGGGGGAAAGAACAUAUAUGGCAGGUUACAAACUGUACGGUCGAUACAUGCACGUGCGGAGGCUGUGUGCGCACACGAAACUCAGUUAAAUUGUCAGACAGACUGAUGGCCAUAUGGCAGACACUCCUGCAGAUGUAUAGAAGAAUUCCUCAUGUUUAUAUAGCAGGGGUUUGUCUUAUCAUCUGCACUCUGAGUCUGUUUCUCUUCUCUCUCUGCUCCCCAACAACAGCACUGGCUUCUCCAUUAGCCAGCUGCACAGCACGCUGCAGGUCAGACUGCAGGCCAGUGCUGCUAGCUUUUCUCUCGGGUUCACGAUGCUCUUUGAAGCCAGCCAGCCAGCCUGUAGUAGAUAUUGGCCCACAUCUGACUGACUAUCUGUCUGUGGGAUAAUGGAGUUCACCUGUUAGCUCUGGAGCAGGGCCAGGGCAGCCGCAGACAUCUAGCAUUAGCCCUUUCGCUGUUAGCCAACCUGUUAGCGCUGGCUGCCAGCCAGAGUAGCCUGGAGCAGUGCAGUUUUAGCUGCUAGCUUUAGCGCUGCGUGGAAGACCAUACCUGGUUGAUUUACUCUAGUAUCCUGAUACAAAAUCUGGCCGGCAUGCAGAAACUGCCAGCUGCUGAGGAAACAACCAAACUUGGACAGAGGGAGAGGUGGAAAAAGAGUUUGUGCCGUUUGUUUUUGAAGUGUGUGCUCGCCUGUGGAAGGAGUGUGUGUGUGUGUGUGUGUGUGUGUGUGUGUGUGUGUGUGUGUGUGUGUGUGUGUGUGUGUGAUUUUUUCUUAGCUUUCCUGUGACCUCAUUCUCUUUUAUUGAAGCUAACAGGGCUACACGUCAGCUCAGAAAUGCCACGCAGAUAUCCCUCCUAUACUCUCUUCUCCUUCCCAUAUUUGUCAUUCCUCUGGAGCCAGGAGAGAUGAGUGUAGUUGUUAGCAAUACUUUGUGUGUAUUCCUUUUUUAACCUGGAUUACUAAAUUUUGAACUCAUUGGUGUCUGACAGAAGCACCAAAACUUACUGAAAUUCUUGCAGUACUCGAAGUGUGGUCAUGCAGAUGCAAUUCAAACAUAUAAAAAUGAUAAACUGUUGGUUAUUUGUUGAAUUGCAUACAAGAUAGUGUCGUUUUAGCUUGUCUCUACAUGCCUCUUUGGUUUAAUGUUGAAAUAUUUGCAGGGAAAGUUCAAAAGGACGUUGCUUCAGUCUCAGGAUAAAUGAGAGGAGUGAAAUCUGCCCUGAAACUCUCCCAUCUCCUGCAGUUUGCUGUACAACUAGAUUCCAUCAUUUCUAUUUUGUACCUGAGCUGACAGUGCCAUUAGGCGCUUGGUUGUAGCAGAUAAUUUAUGUUUUGUUUUGCUUUUGGUUGCAUCUUUCACACACCUAAGGAAUGAUUAAUGAAGACAUUAGAGGCCAGACCUGAUAGUUUGGUUUGUUCUGGGGUUUGGGGUUAAAGAAGAUUUCCUACGGGCAAGGUUCAUGGUUUAUGUAGAAGAGCUUGCAGGGUGAGAUUGAGACAAAUACGUGCGUGGGUGUUAACUAAGUUAUGAUAAUCAGUGUUCUUGUAACCCUUGAAAUUAAGAAAUUGAACAUUUUGUCAGACUUUUAAGAGAUGAUUCCUUUAGCUGCUCCACUGUCAGAAAAUAGAUUCUUUUGUGGACAUCGUGACAGCAACCCAGGGUAAUUUUUCUCAUGUGUGUUUUCAAGCUACUGACAGUCAGUUGUAAUAAAAUAAAGCCCCUUUGGGUGUCAAAGCUAAAACAAAUAUUUUAUGAAUCCACACACAGCGGCUCAUUGUCAACAGUCGCUCCUACAAAUUCAGUUUCCUGAUUACAAAACAGGUUACAGCUUCCAACCCCUCAGAUAUCUGUCUUCGGGAGGAGUGUUUCUCUAACUCACAAAUAUUGAUUGAACUAUGAAGGAUCACAGAAACAAACUGAUGCUGGAUUCUAUUUCAGGGAGCAAACUUUAAUGUUUUCCAGGGUUGAACCUGCCACUAGUUACCAGGCAUAACCAGAGGGAGAAAGACAGCAUAGAGAGAGUGGGAGAAAGACAGAUAAUUCAAGAGUCAGAUGAAAGCAGAUAGAUGAUGGAGUGUAGAUACUGGUACAGACAUUUUUUUUUUUUCCUCAUCCACUCCCUCCCGCUCACUCCCUCCUCCUCCUCCUCCUCCCCCUCCCACUCUUAUUCCCUCAGUUCUUUGCCUAAUAAGCAGCGUUCCUGCGAGCUGAUGCAAGGCGGAGGAAACAGAACAGGCGUUCUGGGACCGCUGCAAAUAUUCCCACAUGAGGCAUAACAUGAUAAAGACUUAUUAUCUCACUAAGCUGCUGUAAACACAGAUGCACACAUAAAUACACACUGUACACAACUCCCUCACUCACAAACACACACACACACACAUUCGCAGAAAAAAAGGGGGAACAAGGUCCAGCUUUACGGCCCUGACGAGCUGUGACCAGGAGGAAUCUGACAGAGCCAAUCCCCCGGACAAAGCUUGAGAGUCAGCAGUUGCGAGCCAGCUCACUGGGCAUUUGGCUCGGCUCGUUUGAACUCCACACACCCAGAAAAAAAGGGGGAAGGAACCAAAGGAGGGAGGGUUUUGAUUGUUAUUAGUGCUAAACUUUUCGGGAACAUCUGAGUAAAGCUACGUGUCGAAACAAGACUCAUCCCGGGCUCCUCUCUUCUCAUCAAUCACAACCGACACACACAUAAACACAUGCAGCCAACGAUUGCUGUGAGCUAAUCCAUUACAGUACAAAGGUAGGUGUCAGCCUCUUAGACAAACACACACACACACACACACACACUUGUACACUAGAGUCAUCAGGAACAUGUUGAGUCCCAUUUCCCCUCCUCUCUCCUCCAUCCCAAUUAAAAGGCAAAGCAGGCCUUUUAUUUCCCUCUACUGCAAACGCAUUCUUUAUCUCUCUGAUCUACGCUUCUCUCUCCCUCCCUCCCUUGCUCCCUCGUCCCCUCGGGGUAGUGGGAAUGUCUCUCCCAACACACUCUCAGGUCAGGGGUUCAGCUGGAGGGGGUCUGAGCAUGUAGAGCGAUGGAGGAGACUCACAUAGAGAAGUAAGUGGCGGGUUGAGGCAGGCCUCUGCACGGGCAGAUCCUCUUCACUGCCAGAAACACUUAAACUUAAAGCAGUGUGUGUGUGAGAGAGAGAGAGAAUUUAAAGCUGUGUGUGUGUAUGAGUGUGUAUGUGUAUCAGAGCCCUAAUCAGAGACUUCAGGGUAGAUUUAUGCUCGUGCCUUUUUCCCGACCUCCAUUACACUCGCUUAUAUACACCCAUUACAGGAUAUGACAGAGUACACACCCUUUAGACGAGCAUACCACACUGCUUGUGUGUGUGUGUAGAAGAGAGGGCAUGCGCUUACGUCUUUUACAAACUCCACACUUUCCCAUUAGGUCCUUGUCCACCUGCGAGCUCCAUCUCCCCGUCUGUCUUUAUCUCUCCUCCUCCCCUCAUUGCUAAUAAGGUCAAUGAGGAAAAGUUAGAAGCAGAUGGGUGUACAGUACAGUACAUUACUGCAUAGCUCAGUAUAGUGUCGGCCGGAUAGUAGACCGGUGAUUCAUGCUUAGUGGGACGUGUGAUGAUGUGAGGAGUUUCUACCGCAGCGCAAAGUCAGUGGAGUGUGGGGCCCGGAUCUGUUGAUCACUCUGCACAUUGCCUGGCUUCAUAAUGCUACCUCAGGGAGCAGUUUGACCCAGCAAGGGGUCUGGAAGGAGAUAGAAGGGAAUGGGGAAUGGAGGAAGGGAGAAAGGAAGAGGGUUGGAGAUUAAGUGACUAGCUUUAAAUGUCAUAACAACGCUCUGCUUCUCAGUCGUAACUACAUAAGAGGACAGCUGCCAGAAUGGAAAGGAGAGAAAGUCAUAUGGGAGAUUUGUAGAUUUGUAAAGGUUUAGUUCAUACAAAAGCCUGUUUUAUAAUGUCUUUUUCAUGUGAACACAUCUUUGCUAUAGGUUUUCAUGAAAAUAAAUAGGAUAUAUUUGGCAGCAGUAGCAAAUGCCCAUACCAGUCUUGGUGUAUCUUUUCAACACCAUCCUAAAAGUGUAACGACUAAAAAAUGUAGAGGCAGUGUUGUUAAAACUUGGGAAAACAAAACCAAACUCGCCACUUAGCUAGACAGCACUUGUGUAAGAAUGAUACUUUUGUGAGGUUUUGGUGAAUCUGUCCUUUAACAAGCGCACCCAGCAGCAGCCCAUCCACCUGCACACACUCGUACAUGCUCUGGUCCCCAUCCCUCUGCAAGCAUCUGGCAGCAUUCCAUUAACAAAGCCACCAGCACUCUCUCACACCCUCACCUGCUGCCAGAGGGAAAAAAAAAUACCCCCCACCCCCAAAACACACACACACACGCAUAUCUAGUGCACACACAUACACACGGAGGUUCACCUGCUCUUGCCUCGGAGGAAAAGAAAAGUUAGAUUCUCUCAUGAAAUGCCUUUUAUAGUUUCCCCAGAAGGCAUGGGUUGUAAGCUUCAGAAAAACGCACACAUACACGCACGCAGCUGCACACAGACAGCGGGUGCACGAUGCCUCGAUGGCGUUUUGUGUACCCACUCCGGCUUGCUGAAAUAAAAAGCAUCAGAACUUUCCCCUUAAAAACUAGGCGCUUGUGUGUGUUAAUUUCUAAAACUGGAUGAGGCAGAAAGACGAGAUUGAGCUUGUCAUUAGGAGUUCACAGCCUUGCGUGCUUGUCUGAAGGUUUGUUUUGUUUUGUAUUAGCUUGCCUUGUGUGUGUUCUGCGCGCCAGUGUGUGUGUCUGCGUCUCCUCUCUCUCUCUCCCACGCUCGGGCUCCUAACGAUGGCAAAUGCGCCUGUGUGUUUGCGAGGCGUUGUUUCUCAAAAAACAACAACACAUCCAGGAACGGCUCGUUUUGUCGGGGUUUUGUGGAGGGAACACGCUCUAAUUAGAGAGGCCCUAUGAAGGUGCAUCAAACAGAUCUUUCUCAAAGCGCAACCUGCUCAGGGCUCUCACACGGCGCACACAUGCCACCUCUGAUUAUUGGUGAAAUGUCUGUGUUAUUUAACUAUAUAGCCGAGUAUUAACAGCCUUGUCAGUUUAGAUUUGCUGCACGUCUGAUCCUAAGCCAUGCGUACGCUCGCAGACACACAUCUACAUGCAGACAAAAAAGUGUCUGCUUCAGGUGUUGCUUUGUGGCCACUUGUGCAUGUUUGUGUGUGGGCGGUUCAUGGCCAAAAAAGCCCUUUUUUUUUCUCAAAGUACACGUGCACACACACACACACACAUGCACCACACAUAAGCCCACACAAUUCACUUCUGUAUCUCUGCGUGUGUUUACUUUGGUUUCUUGCCUUGUUUGUUCACUCAGAUGGGAGCUGGCUUUCUGCUCCAACUGCCCAGGUCACUUUUGUUCACUCUGUGUGUUUUGUCUCUCUCCCCCCCUACACACCUCCUCCUCCUCCUCCCUCCUCUACUCUCCCCCUCUCAGGUGCCAGUGAUGAUGGUGGAAUCAGCCUCGGAGACCAUUCGAACAACGCCGUCCAACCAGAACGGAGUCAGCAGCCUCAGCAGCCAAUCGGACGGAGGGGGAGGUAGAGAGGGCGGGUCUAACGGAGACGCCAAUGGAGAGAUCAGCCCGGUGGACUUACUGCACCUGCAACAGCAACAGGUGUGUGUGUGUGUGUGUGUGUGUUUACAGACCUACCUGUAUAUGUGUGCUUGUGAAACUAGUUUUGCAACACUUGCCACUUGUGCAACUGGUGCAUAUGUACAGUACAUCGUCAAGAACAGCAUGUACACACAGGGACAUUACAUAACGUACAGAUGUGACAGAACGUAGUUGGACAGACUCUGGUAAUUGUCAGGUUUACAUGUGUGAGCUGUGAAAAGUUUGACAGGUUGACUUGUCGGUGCUUUAAUUAUCCGCCGUUCAUAAUGUGCCAACUAAAUCCACUGGGACAAAGUUCAUCAUAACAACUUCUUCUCACGAGGUUCCCUCUGAUUGUUAAUAUUUCUCAGUUACUUGGAGGAGAACGCCAAAACAAAAAUACCUGCUUGUUAAAGAGAAGCCAUUUUUUUUUGGCAGUCGUACGUGCACUUUUAAUGGCAAAGGGAACAUAUGUUUUCGUAUAGGACUUGAACGCUCAAAGAGUGUGUGUGUGUGGGUGUAGGUUAUAUUUUUUCACUGAUCCAUGGAGAGCUGUUUAUGUGUGUUUGACACGUCAGCGUGUAGCGUCUCCAGUUAUUCUAUUUAUCUUGCCUCUUGUGCGUCACUCCCCCAUACACACACACACACACACACACACACACACGUACACACACUCACACUCACACUGGCCACUGUCUCAAAUGGAAUUUCCAAACUUCCCGGAACUCCUUGGAUGAAAUUCGACAUUUUUAUUUCUCAUUCCCUCAGAAAUGCACAUGACUAUUUUCUGAUUGCUCCCCAGCCUUCACACAUAAUACACCAACUCUUUUUAAAAGGCUUUUUUUAAACCAAAAGCCCCUAAAUGAGUCAUUUGACCAGAAAUGAAGUUUAAUGUCCACUGAGUGUUGUCGCCUAAUGAAGGAGACUCAUGUUUGAUUUCUCUUUCGCUUUAAAUGGAAAAAAAACACAAUGAUUAUAUUGUGUGAGCUACUUAUCUUGAGCGUGUAUGUUUGCAUGCAUGUGCUGUAUUGUGUCUGCCUGUCACAAAGGGUCAGUGUGGGUUCGAGCAGCUGAGUUUGUAGUUGAGGAAACCCAGAAGAGAGAAAAAAAAUCAGGGUUUCCUCCCUGCUGCUAAAAUUAUUCCCACUAAUUAUCAUGAUGGAGCCUUAGGUGAAUGAAGAACACUCAAGGCCCUUCAUUUCUGCCCUGCUCUCUCCCUCCUCCUUCUCCUGACUGCAUCCUCACCCUGCUUCCUCAGCAACCUUCAUCGGAGGACACACACUCACACACACACACACACACACACAUAAACACCAAACCUGCAGCUCACACAAAGCAGCUCUUUAUUCUCUCGGACGCGUCUCUGCUCUCGAUGUUUUUGCACCUGUGUGUGUGGAUAUAUGCGUGUGUGUGCAUAUGUGUAUGUGUGUGUGCACGCUGGUAUUUCCUCUCUUGAGCGGGUUACCAACCACAAACAUACCUCCCUCUCACUUUCCAUCUUUCUCUCUUCCCCUCUCUCACUGUACUUCUUUUUUUUCCUUCUAUCCGCCAUGGACCAUGAAAGACAAGCACAACCUUUCCUCCAGAUCCCAGCCCUCACCUCUGCAGAAAAAUGUCGGACCCACAUAUGAAGCAGAAAAUACACAGGCAGUUAUAGUAGCUACUUUUUAUUCAGGGCCCGAUUUGCACGGAUUGAACAGAUUGGAGUUGUCAUGAGUCAGAGGUGUGUCCUUCUUGAACCGGAGAUAUCUUUUUAUAACUCUGACACUGUUGCACUCUCUGCUCUGUGCCAGUUUAUGGCUGUUUUACUGUACAGUGAAGUCAGUAAGUAAGUGUAUGAUAAGUAAAUGAUUGAUUUCUGUGUACAUUGAGCUCAUUGGUGUCCUUCCUCUGCAGUGACAAGAAGAAUACAGGCAAAAUUUGUCAGUGUCAGUUUUUAUUUUCUUCUUCUCUAUUAUUGAGUAUUGUAAAGUAAAGUAGUUAUCUGUGCGUGUGUGAGAUUGUGUAUCUUGCUCAUCUAAUUUCAGUAUUACUUCCUAGUUAUGGUCAUCAUACAUCUCUCUCACCACAUAUUCCCCCUCACUCAGUUAAGACAUGAGUUUGGAGUUAUUGAAAACUAUUAUUUGACUGCUUUUUACACAGUUAACCAACUUUCCUUCACUCAUCUCUUUUUAUUGUCCCUGUUUCCAUAUUUCAAAAAUACAAAAAAAUCCAAAUUUCCCAAAGAAAAGCAAAAAACGAAACAGAAACAUUCAAAAGAUCUUUUUUCCCUCUUGUCCUCUAAAUUCAAGGCCCAGGAAAUAGACCAAGCCUGAAAAAGAAUAUUUAUUCACCACGCCCACCUCUUCAGCACAACACAUCCCUGAACACUGUUAUUCUCAUUUUCCACAAAAAUUAUUUAUCCUUUCAGAAUUUCUAUCAGCCAAGUUCAAUCAUACAAAACUACAUUCUCAGCUUUUAUGGGAAAAUGGAUUUGAACUGAAAAAAAAAAAAAAAACUCUUAAAAUUAAGUUUGAAAAUUUGUAAAGUUUGCUGCAUCAGACUUGGAUUCAUUGACUUUUUAUCUGUUUCAAAUAAAAAAAGGAACUUAAUGGACUGAAUAGAGAGUAAAAACAAUCACUAAACAAACAAGUGUUAAAAAGUAAGUAAGAAUGACUUCAGGAGCAUGUCAAUUUGAUUCAAGAUAUAUUUAAUAAUUUACUCUGCAUCAGCCCAUUCAACAUUCAAACAUAAACACAGGUUGUUAAAUUUAGGGUUCCUGACCUGUUAUCUCCCAUUGAGCAUUUAUUGGUCUAAAAAAAGUCUAAUAGAUGUCUAAAUGUAGCCUAGAAGACUGGUCUAAAAUCAGGCUACCACAGGUCUAAAUUUAGACCAAGUUUAGACUAGACUAAAUCUGGGCUAUGUCUAUACUACACUGUAUAUUGCUCAACAACUCUCAUAAUUAUUGUGGUUAAGAACUCGGAGAUCAGUUAUGCAACUCACAGUUACUUUUUUAAAUAAAUAGUUAUCAAAUAAUGAUUUAAAGUGCAACGUCUAAAUUCCGACUAAAAUAUAGAGAAUCUAGACGGUUGAAAUUAGGUCUAAAAAAAAAACCCUACAUAUCUAAUAAUCGUCUAUUGCUCAGGGGGCUAUAAUCUGCAUGUGCACAAACACACACAAGACAAAAUAAACACGUUUUUUUAAGAGUGCUUUUACAACAACACACAGAUUCAAUCACCAAUAUUGACUUGAUAAAGUUUUGGUGUAAGAGUGUUAUCUGACAACAGAAGCUGCUUUACAGCUAUAAUCCACUGCUCCUUAUAUCACUAUGACGUGAUCCAGACAGCCUCUGGACUGACACAGGUCUCUUGAUAGGGCCGUAUGUGAACCUGCUUUUACUCUACGUCUUGAAAGUCUUGGAUUGGAUUUCUCUGUUCCUCUCCUUUUCAUGCUUGAGUCCCUCACCUGAAGGUGUGGUGAAGACCAGUGCUGGUACUUAAACACCAGUGCCAGUGCGCAGUGGAGCAGAAAAGACACUCUUACACACAGAGGAAGAGUGCCGUGUUGUCAGAAGACAAAACCGUCCUUUUUUCUCGUCGCCCCUUGGGAAUCUAUGAGAAACCAAAGCCAUCUCCAGCCGUCAGACCUCUCCACUGGCUUUCCACUGUCAUCUGCCUGUCCAGUGUCUCUGUUUUUUUUCUGUCUUUUUUAUUAGUUCUCGUUAAAGAUAGAUUGAUAUGAAGAGGAGGGACACAGGUAUGUAGUCAAUCAGAGAAAUGAGCAAGUGGUUGAGACAGCUUGAGAGACCGAACAUCCAGCCAGUAAAGUGAGGUGAAAGGAGGGGCAAAGAGGCAGUACAUUGGGGUAGGUGGGAGACAGGGGUGCACUGGUGGGCCAGAGAGGAGGAAUAGAGGGAUGAGAGGGAGGGGUGUAAUGCUGAGACGUGUCAGAAAAGGGCGCCUGGGCCUCCCUGUGGAAUGUGGCCUGUCUGCCUCCCCAGAAAGAACAGCAAGAGAGAGAGAGAGAGAGAGAGAGAAAGAGAAGAACGGAGAAAAAGAAGAGGGGGUGACCAGUUCUGCCCCAUCAUCCAGAGGAGAAAAAGAGAGAAAGAGAGAGAGAGAGAGAGAGAGAACAAAGAGAGGAGUUAUAGGGCCAGAGGACAGAGAGGUGGAAAAGUGAGAGUGCGGUGGAGAGUGUGUGGCACUUUGUUGAGGUGCAGGGCACGGGUGUAGACAUGAAAUGAUGCAUAGCAGAGGAGAAAUGUAAGCAGGAUAAAUCCUAACAAACCUCAAAGUGUGUGUGUGUGUGUGUGUGUGUGUAGGGGUGUGUGUGUGUGUGGCUGGGUGGAGGGUGCUCUGACGAGAACCAGGUGUCUCCAAUUCUUUCCUUUUCUUUACGUCUCUCAUCCCUCUUCCUUUUUUUAAAGCAGAUGUGAGUCUGCACUUUAAGCGCCGUCACACCCCUCCUUUUCCCACCAAUUGCUGUCUCCUCCUCUUCUCUCUCACCGUCAAUUAAUCGCUUCUGGUUUUCCUGCAGCUACAGAAGUCGUGGAUGGUGAUGACGGGGGAAGAGAGGAGGUGAAAGUAGGAGGGAGAGGAAAAAGAGAGGGGAAAGUGACAAAAAGGUGCAGUUUCCUCUUAGGAGUGCCACUCAUCGGCCAGCUAAAUCUGCCAGGGAGGGUUUUCCCUCUUUUUCUUCCUGCCUUUCUCUCUUCCUUGCCCUCUCAAAUAGAAAGUGAGAAGCAGACUGUAGCGGCCAUUCUUCCCUGAGGGUUAAGAAAGGAACAUUGGUGGAGAAAAAAGGCAGUUUCAAAAAUUGGCUUGGAGCUCGGAUCCUCACUUCCAUUUGUCUUAAUCUGAUUUUUCCCCCUAUUUGCUCUCUCACACAUUCUGACAAUCUUUAUUUUCCUCUUUCUCACACAUAUUCGUACUCGUGCACAUGCAGUUACACACACGCACUGAGCCAAUGUGAGUUAAUGAAGGGUGUAAUUAAGGAGCCACAGUGAUGACUGGAGAUCAGGGGGAACCGAUACAGAUCUCAGAUACACACAAACACUGAUGAAAGAUAGCUGGUUAGUGUGCGCACACAUGUGCAAGAGCGUGCAUCGGGGUUUGAUGCUGGGAGUGCUGUGUGGACAGAUGUAUGAGAUCAGUGUGUGUGUGUGUGUGUGUGUGUGUGUGUGUUAACAGAUGAUGCAGGAUGAUUUAGAUAACGUAUGGCUUCCUGACUCUAUAAUUACGGCUCGUAUGGAUGGAGGUGGGGAGGUUUUUUAGGCAAGUGUUGGCCAUCAGUUCAGCCUUUUGCUAAGUUAUGGGAGGUGAAUGUUGGUCACUGGGACAUUUAUGUCGUGUUUGACCCCCAACUCUCCAAAUCGAGUUCACUUUCAGGUCAGAGGUGUAGAGGAGACGGAGGUGAAGGGGUGAGUAAAGAAGAAGAGGAGGAGGAGGAGGUGAAAAAAAAGACAUUUUCAGACACAUUUUCCAGUCGGUUAGAGCAGCGGGACUUAAUUUAAUUACAUCAGGGUGGAGUUUUGUGCCUCUCUCUGACAGGCUAUUUCCCAUGAGUGUUUGCAUGUGUCACUUCCUGUCUGUAUGUCCGUCUUCAUGUGCGUGCAUGCAUGUGUCCAUGUGUCUGUCAGUGCGUCGUGUGUGCGGGCCAGUAAAUCAGCCCAGGACCUCUCUCUGAGUGCUGUCACCUCCUAAAAGCCUUCUGCUGGUCUGGGUCGGGGCCUUCCUCUUUAUGUCUGAGGUCAGUGUAGUUCACAGGUCACCGAGGGUCGUGCUGAGACAGAGGAGGGGUGAGUAGGGUUGCCUAGCGUCACAGAACACCCACUGCUGUUACCAGGGCGAUACAAAGAAACCUAUAGAAGAGGGACUUCCUCCAGGAGUCUCAAAAGCACCAGCAGCUCCCUUUAUAUGUGCCAUCUUUGACUUUCACUUCCCCUUUCCUGCACUGUCGAUGUCUUUACACCAAAGCCCGCGUGUUUCAAUUAAUGAAAGCUAUUACAUGCUGAUACUCAAAUGAUGCACUUUGAUUUCUUUUCUAAACUUCAAAUAUGGAUUUCGGGUUAUAAAAAGUUUGCGACUUGCUCACGCUUUAUUUCGUCCACAUUUAACUCAAACAGAACCCUAGAAACACACCUGCUAAUCUCAUAACCUGUGAUGUAUUUCACACGACGCCUAAUUCUCAUUCAGGGAUUAUUUUUUCACACAUUAAGACUUUAAUUCUGAGAUGCAGAGAUGUCGUAUUUAUGAGCGUCCAUAAAAUAUUUUUACUGCUUUUUCCAGCCAGGGAUAUGAAAGUUGGAGAAUCCACAAAGGGAGAUUUUAGGAUCUGAAUUCUGUUCUCAUUAUUGACAUCAUUUCAUUAUUUUUCUUUGUACACAUCUGCUUUAUGGGGCCACACAUAUUCUUAAACUUUUGAUUUAACUGCAUGUUCCAUAACAUUCAGAAAUCCUGGCUGAUAAAUCAUGGCAUUUACUCUGACUUCCCUGUUAAAAUCUCAUUGAGACAUUUUUUUUUCUCGUAUGUGCUGCCAAAAAAGGCUCCAAGUGUUGUGGAUAAAGCGUACAUGGACAGUAGACAUGGUCCAGCAGGCCGGAUCAGCCAGCAUGGAUGCAGUCAUGCUUGGGUGACCUGACCAGCCGAGAGGCUCUGAGACAAGAAUAGACAGAUACCAGCAGAAGAAAGGAAGUGUGUGUGUGUGUGUAUGUGUGUGUUUGUCCUGUCUCUGUUGUGGAGACUGACUUAUACACACAUCCUUUGGGCACCUGAAGGGGUUAGGUUGGGCUUGGUUGCCAUGGGAGUGUUUGGAAGCACUUUACAAUGAGUAGGCCUAGCUGUGCUGACAGGUAAAUACACACAUGUAUGCACACACACACAGAAACACGCACGCACACACACACAGGCACACGAGAGCUUAGGUGGUCAGAAACCAUUCAUGAAGAAGUUUUUUUUUCUAUCCAAGGGUGAAAAAGUCAGUUGUUGACUCUUGCACUUCAGAAGGUAUCACCAUGGUGACAGAGGCCUUUUGAAGAGUUCAUAGGUCAGCUGCAUGACCUCAUUUCUACUACUGGUCAGUGACACAGGGGUGUGACUGUGUGUGUGUGUAUGUGAGGGGGGGUUGAUUGUUCACACUGGUCAGUGUCCACUAAGAACAUUUGUUUCUAUGGUAAUAGCAGAUUAGGAUACGCUGUGAGGAAAUAAACUAUUUAAAAAAAACUUGUGGUAACAAUUAUGUUAUUAUAACGCAUUAUAAAUAUAUGUAUAAUGCGUUAUAAUCACGUUAUUACACUUUAUAACCGUUAUAAACACUCAUAAAUGAUCACAAUGCUUUAUAGCAAUAAUAACACAUUAGAAAGCAUUUUAUCAUGACUUACAAGGUCAGGUAUUGUAAUGUGUUAUAACUGUUAACAACAGUUGCAUUGCAUUAUCUAUGUGGGUAUUGUCAGUGAGUUGUUAACAGUUAUAACACAUUAUAAUACCUGACCUUGUAAGCCAUGAUAAAAUGCUUUAUAAAGUGUUAUGAUUAUUGUUAUAAAGCAUUAUGAUCCUUUAUGAGUGUUAAUAACUAUAGUUAUACAGUGCUAUAACACGAUUAUAACGCAUUAUAAAUAUAUUUCUUUCUGGUUGGUGCUUUCUAAUCAAGAAGCACCAGCCAUAGCUGUUUAGACCAAGAAGUACUCGCAGAUGUAACAUUUUAAGGUUUGUUAAGGCAUUCAAAAAAGAACAUUGGAUACAGCCAACAUCCAGCCAAACAAGUUAGAAAAUCUUCUACUCUUAGUUGUAAAAGUCCUCCCUCUUUUAUUUUCCUGCUCAGGACAUGUAGAAAGAUGGACACAGAGAGGUGGACCAGAGAGAAAGUGAAGAGUAAAGACAAAAUGUGCAAUGCUAACAAGGCUGCUGGGCAAAGUAGUUACCCUGGAAACAGUUGAGAGCCCAGAGUGCACACAAUGUACACACAUAUGCGCGCACACACACACACACACACACACACACACACACAGCGUACACACAAUAGCUGCAGAGGCCUAAAGUGUUGCUAAUUAGCUAGUCUGCGCUGCCUCUUUGUGUGAGCCAUUUUAAAGGAGAGAUUAGAGUCAACAGGGAGGAGGAGAGGAAUGUAGCUCUUCUCUCUUCUUUUCUCUCUCUGUCUGUCUUUCCCUCACACUCUUAUUUGGUUUCUGCUUCUAUAAUUCUACAGCUGGUGUGUGACAGCCUUUAUUUAUUUAUUUUAUUUCACUUGACAUGUAUUUGUUGCUUUGUCAAUGAAGUUUUUAACACUUAAAAAGAAAAAGAAAACAUGUGACAGACAACUUAAAGUGUAACUACAUGUGAAAUGAAGCCAGGUAGCACCUUGAGGAUAUCAUAAAUCUUCAAAAAAGUGACACCAGCAAAUGACAAACUCCUACAACCUGAUUUUCUUCUCUGUGCUUCAGCCACUAACCCUUAUAAAAGUCAAGUUUACUGUACUGUCACAGAAGUUUUAGAAAUUAAAUUAAAGUUGAAUUCUCUUUAAAGUCGCUCAAGGAUAGAAUUGUCAGAUGAAAUCUUCAGAUUUUGCUCACUGUAGCCACUCGAUGUAUUAAUAUUUGACAAGUUAAAGCCUACUUUAACUCUAAGACAUGUUUUUAAAUUAACAUUAAAGGAAGGAAACCUUGACAGAACAAAGAGCUGACAUUUUUCUCUACAUCCAAAAAGUUAAGGUGUUGAGGUUUUGCUUACUUUUUCAUUUGAGACAGUUUUUUUGUCAUCAUAAUAAAUGAACUAUGAAUACAUUUGUUUACAAGUAUGUUUGAUAUAUAAAGAUUAAGAGAUGCCCGAAUAUUUAAAAUCAUGACCUUUUCUUUAGAGAAUAUAAAACUGUAGUGGUUUGUCUUUCAAAUCGAAAAAAUGUGCCAGUGCACAUCUGGUUGGACUGACCCUCUCACUAAAUCACACAGCCUAACGCACACACACAGACACACACACACACACACACACAGUUCCCAUUUCCUCUUUUUUAAAACACACCCCACCCCUUUUUCUCAUUUUGGGAAGUAAAAUAUUUUGUGCUUGUUUAGAAGUUGAACUUCUAGCACAGCAGCCAGCCUUUGUUAUGCCUACCCACUUCCGGUGUUUGUAUGAAUGUGUGUGUGUGCAUGUGUGUGUAUGUAUGUGUAUGUGUAUGUGUGUGGUAAGGGUGGGUGUGAGGGUGUGUCCACCUCCAGCUCCACACACAGCCACAACCAGGUGUAAAAACCCUCUGAACCAGAGACAUGAAAGGGUUUUAUUUCCAUCAAAGCAGGCAGGUUGGCUAAUACUUUUACAGGCCACUGACUUAGAUAAUGUUUUUCUGUUUAACCAACAGGCGUCUGUGUGUGUGUCUUUCUCUGUGUGUCCCUGCUCAUGUGUAUAUGCAUGUGCACAUGGCAGACAGUCCCUGUUUGUGUAUGUAUGUGUUUUCCCUCUGUCUCCUGAGCUGAGUCUUGGCGGUGUCUUGCAUGUGUUAUUAGUUUGAUUUUUUUUUUUUUUUUGGAUAUUAAUAAUAACAGUUAAACAGUUUCCAUAUGUGAGGCCUGGUUGCCAGGCUAGUGCUAUCCUCAUCAUGUGCUGUGGACUCGCACAGUUGCACUCCUCCUGGGCAGGAGGAGCAGCUUAAACUCUGGAGGUCACCCAGCUAAGACCUGACACCUAAGUGGCCUUGUCUUCCCAGGAGCAUGACCCAGCCACUAAACUGUCCUACCUUAUACAAGUUGAAGGGCUAAAUAUUACAAAGUAUACUGUCUGUGUGUGUCUGUGCGUCUGUGUGUGUGUGUGUUUUCCGCUGUGGGCUGGGUCUGUCUGGAGCGAAACCUUCCUCUCUUGCCAAAAGAGCUGUGUUGAAAACCGCAGGGCAACUGCAUAUGUGUAUAUAAUGUAUGACGUGUGCUUGUGUGCGUGUCUGUGUGUGCGUCUGUGUGUGUGUGUGUUUAAGGAAACUGCUGUAGAGCUAUUUGCCAUCAAUUAGCAGCCUGGGCUGAGAUGAGGCCAACAAUAAAGAGGGAACUGCUUUUAUAUUCUCAGGAAAGGGAGUUCCUCUCUUUUCGGUCCCUGCUCACCUCAUCAUUAUCCUUAAUUGUCUAUCUCUCCAUGCCCUUUUCCCUUCACUUAACAGAGAAAAGCUGACAACAUCUCCUUAGGAAGCUCUCGUCUUUUUUUUCUUCCCUCUCUGUAUGUGUGUUAAAGAUGUGUGUAUAUGAUGAUGGAUUGUGUCAUGAUAUAAAGCAGUCCUGGGUAUUCAGUCAGCUCCUUUUUACGACUCUGCGUAUACCCCUGUGAAUCAAUAGAAACAUUAGAUGAGUGCAGGGACGUAGUUGAAGGGGAGAGGUUUUCUCGUUUCGCCAAACAGUUCUGAACUGAAGAGAACCAUCUGGAAAACGGCAGGGUCCCCAGAGUUUCGAACAGGUCCCUUUUGUGAAAAAUAGGAUGUAAAAAAAACUCUAAACUAAAUCGGCCUGGGUUUUCAAACAUUACGGCAUAUUCUGCCGUUCUUUUGGAGUUUGUGAGUUUUUAUUACGUUGGCUCUUGAACGCGGUCUUUCCUCCCUUUUAAUGGUCAGUCUGGGCCCGGAGAAGCUUGCUUCAGCCAUUUUAAAAACCUCAGCCCUCGAACGGUGCCUUUAUAUUGCGGAAACAUUACAUUAAAUAGCUGAACAGGAUUGCGGCUGGCUGGCAUUUCUGAAGGUGUCCCGGAUAGUUCCAGCUCAGCGGCAGCCUGAGCAGAUUGAGGUACUCAGUGCCGUUAAAGGCUCAGUUAUAUUGGUGGACAGGCUGGUUUGAAGUCCACGUUGCUAUGAGUGAAAACAAAUGUCAAGGAAAGCUGGUGAAGGGGAGGCCGGAAAGACCUGAUUAAUACCAGAAAUAGAGAAGGAGUACGUGAGGAAGACUUGGAGAAAAGGGGUGAAGUCCUGGUUGAGCAUAGUUCAUUUUUUAACCCACCAUGAAAUUGGGGGGCUUUAGCCGGCUUUAGCACAGACUGCCCAUUACCCCUAUAUGUUUACCUCUUGAAAACCCCUGAUCUGCCCCCAAUAGAUACCCUCCUCUUCUCCUUUCUCCACAAUUGGGAAGAUGAGUAAACCUUUUAUUACAAAGGCUUUCUUUGUGAUGUUUUUUUCUCUCGCUACUAUAAGACUUUACAUUCAGUCAUUACAUUAUUUAAAAAAAAUACUUCUACCUACUUCUCCCCCUUUUUUGUGCUACGCUGAAACUUAACUUUUUACCCCAACAUAAUCCUGCAAAUUUCCCAUUAAGUUUAACGUCUGGUGGAAAACAUGAGCGCCGGUGAAACCCGCAUGCUGUAAUGUUUGGUCGGGAUAAAAACUUCCAGACUUUGGCCUUGGUGACGGAUGAUUAACAACUACAAGAAGCUUUGAAUCGAGGCAACUGAAAGUAAUACACAAAACUAUCUCAGGUAUUUCUCGUUCAGUUCACUAAAUUUACAACUGCCACAUCUUGAAUGUUGAUGUGGUAAUCUCUACCUUGAACUUUGACAGCUGCCAUCACAGUAGUGACUCUUUGUCUGACAGUCGAGGGAAGUUGAGGGUCCCCCCCAUAAGGCCAACAGCUGCAUUCUCAAGCCUCAGUUUCCAUUGGUCUGGACGAUCUAUUUUAGGCUUCUGUCUAACCCAUAUCUGCUCUCAGAAUUUACUGUGGCAAGUUAGGGUAUGGGUAACAGAUUUCUAAAGAGAGGAGAGAGGAGGGGCAGGAGCAGAAAGAGAGGGAGAGAAGAGGAGGAGGAGGGGGGGAAUUACUUGGAGAAAUGCCAGCAAACUUUUUGUGAGUUAUACAUUAUAUGGAGGGGCAAGAGACAGAUCGGGUGAUAUAGACUGAGAGAGCGAAAGAAAGAAAGCACGAGUGAUCUGGGAAAGCAAUCUGGGUUUUGUGGUGAGUGACAGUGAUUCAUUUGAUACGUGAGAUUCCACAGCCGCUGUAACCAAGCCUUCAGUCAUCUCUGCCUCAAAGUUAUACAGCAAUCCCACUAACUGUCACCUCUUCAGUAAUCCCAUUUUAUGUGAUUUAAAUACAGGGUCAGAUUCUGAACUCAGGUGAGCUGCCCGUACGGUGGUAGCAUCAACAAAUUAACAUGCUUUGUAGGUUUGUGUUACAUCUGUUCCCUCUUGUUUCAUCUUCUUCCCUGAUCAUGAUUCCCUUUGAGUAUCCGGAGAAAAAGAGAGAAUCUGAGAUAAGAGAGAUUUAGAGGGGAAAAGAAAAAAAAACUGGUAGAGAGAGUAGCAAAGACAGAGCCAGAAAGAGUGAGUAAAUUAAAGUGGGAGGUGGGUUUUACUGGAGUUUGGAGGUGUUUCCUGGUGCUAAAGUGAAGAAACGGAUACCGGGGAUCACAGGGGGGUGACCCAGGAGGAUGGUAGCUUCGGUGCAGCUUUAGCUUGGCUUUCAGCUUCAAUGACAGCAGCCCGAGAAAGAAGAUAGAGCAUAAGAGAGGUAGAAAGAGAGAAUCCACUGCUCGUCCCUGAACCUGGUGUCUCUCACUGAUCCAAAAUCAGAAGGCGUGCAGGCCUGUAGAGAAGCAGCUGGGUGUGACGAGCUCUUUUCUACGUCUUCACCCUGUAUCUAUCCACUACUUCGCCAUCUCUUGCUUUCUCCUGGGGAAGAAAAAAGGGGGGUUAGGAGUGGAGGAUUGGUGCAUCAGAAGCCUCUCCUCUCAGGUCUUUGAGCUGAUGAGAUUCUUGUUUGGUGCUGAUGUGUCCAACUUCUUGCCUGUUUUACUUUUGUCGUGGAAAGAUGAAACAAUGAGCUCCCCACUCGCUCUCUGCUCCUUCAUUUUAAUUUUUUUUUUUUUUUUUGACUUGGUCUAAGAGCUAAGAAAUCUGAUACCACCUGCCUCUCCCCUUGCCCUCCUCCUCCUCCUCCUCCACCUCCUCUUUUUCCCUCAAGGACAGCCCACUGUCUGCCCCGUGGGCUGUUUAUCUACGGGGGGAGACGAGGCAGAGGGCAGGGUAAAGGGAGGGCGGGGGGGUCGGUUUGUUUCGUUUUGGCCGUCAACAAUGGACCUCAGUUUGUGCUGACGGACUACUCUAACAUAUGGUACCCACCUGUCUUUCUCUCUCUCUCUCUCUCUCUUUUUCUCCCCCUCUUUGCCUCUCUGCCUCCCGUCUUCCUUCCCUACGUCUCUGUUUAGAUUUCUUUGCUUAUUCCUGCGUUCCCCUCUCCCCGUCUCACCCAAACACACUGGGCGGAUUAGAGGCCAGAUUCAUCACACACACAGACCUGUUUGCUUUAGCAACCUGAGCCAGGAUCAGGCAUAGCCACAAACACACACACAAACACACACACACACACACACACACACACACACACACACACACACACACAUGCAGUCAAAAAUCUAGCCUAAGAAGCCUGGACUUGCUCUGUAUCGAUUGUUACUUUUUGCCCUCAUCAGAUAAUCUGUAUAUAUCAAAGCUAUGAUAGUUGAAGGACUAGAGUUUAGACAUGCAAAAAACACACACCCACACUUACACACACACACGCACACUUACACAAAGACCAUCAUACACACCAUAAAAAAUUGAAGUUCUCUCCUAUUCUCGUACAGGUACCUCUCAUCAACCCCACCUCCUAAAAUAUAAACAUUGUUGUCGGCCAUUUUCGGGAAUCUUGUGAAGGAGAGUAACCAGUCUUCGUGUGUGUGUGUGUGUGUGUGUGUGUGUGUGUGUGUGUGUGUGUGUGUGUGUGUGUGUGUGUGUGUGUGUGUGUGUGUGUGUGUGUGUGUGUGUGACCCUACUGAAUUAAAAAAUGCACUGUUAUUAAAGACUGUGUCAGAGGCGAUGAUUUACAGAGGGUAGCGAUGACAAGUCAGAAGAACUCACACACUGAGCUGACACACACACACACUGCGCUCUCAGGCCUCCAAGCUGAGCAGUGACCUCCUCACCCCUCCUUCCCCUUCCUUCUCCCUCCCUCCCUCCCGCUCUCACUCUAAUAAAACCUGUCUGACACCACUGAUGUGUGUGUAUGCAUGUGUGUGUGUGUUUGUGUGUGUGUGUAUGUGCUCUGCGGCAGCACAAAGACUCUGUUGUUGGGCCUCCCUCUCAGGCCUCCCUCAUAUUUUCUUUAAAGGUGCAGUGCGCCCCCAAGAAUGCCACAGGGGGAGCAGGGAGUUGGGGUUGGAGGAGCUGGUGCAUGUGCGUGUGCGUGUGUGUGCGUGUGUGUGUGUGUGUGGCUUGGUGUCGAGGGGGGCGUGCUUUACAAUGCUACAGCUCACCCAGGUCACAGACAGAAAAAGGCAAGAAGUAAGUGUGAAGAGAUAAAUGAAAGAGAAGGGUCAAAGUUGUGGAGUGCGUCUUGACAAUGUAGAUAUGAGACUUCGCCUCUGGCUGUGUGUGUGUGUGUGUGUGUGAGUGUGUGUGAGUGUGAGUGUGUACAACAAAAACCAGUGAUCAUCCUUCUGACUACUAAUUCUCCCAGUUUCAAUAGGUUAAGCAAUUAAGCCUAGAAAAUUCAAAUCCUACCAAUCAACCCGUGCUGGUUAAAGAGGUCCAGACAUAAUAAUAAAGCCGUAGAUUCAGUGAAAAUAAGGCUCUUAAUAGAGGAAAGUGAACAUCAACAAACCAAACAGGAAAAGGGAUUAGUUUUUGUAAAUAUGUUACAAAUGCAUCAAAUUAUAUCAAGCGCAGAAGUCAGCCCAAGAUGUUUUUGUACAAGAAAAUGAUGAAAAAUUGGUUUCUGUCUGUUAUUCUUGAUUUAGCAGCCCAUUAUAAUCUCUAUUUAGAUUUUUUACUUUGUUAAACACAGGACUGGCAAAAGCCCAUUAUUGGUUAACUUUUAGUUUGUUUCACCUCUGAGUUAACUGGUGUUGUAAAGUUGAGUAGAAGCACCACAAAUGGACUUUUAUUAGGAUACAAGGAAGAUGCAUACUUGUGGGACCAUUUAAUGCAUUUAACUCGAAUUCUUUUAAAAUGGCUUAUUCGGUUUUUUUUUCUACUCUAUAUUGGUUUCAGAAAAAUACUUGAUUUAUUCAUGAGAUUUAAACGACCCGUUUACAAACAUUGACUUAAAAUCUAGCUUUCACAUGAUCUUGCCCUCAGCUGUGACACUUUUAAUUGAAUCAGGAUUGAGACAGACUACCUCCAUAUUAGCAUACUAGUCGCUGACAUACACCCACAUGUAUGACUACAGGCGUUGGAGAGGAGACAGGCAUCACCUCUGCUUGCUUGUAGCGUUUAUGAAAGCCAUAAAUGGCUCUUUAAUAUAGUGGUAAUCAGGGUGGUAAUUUGGGUGGAAUUGUCCCUUAUUGUUGCCAGACCUGCCUCUCCGACUCCUGCCAACACACACAUAUUCACACACGCACAAACACACACGCACACAAACUCACUCUUGGGCAGACAGGGUGUUCAACGAGUAAUUCACACCACAUGCCAACAAACUGGGCGGUUGUGUUUUUUUUGGGAUUUUCUUUUUUUUUGUGUGUGUGUGUGUGUGUGUGUGUUUCCAUAUGUGUGUAUGCGUGUCUGCCUGCUUCUUUGCUGAGGUCAAACCAGUAAAUUGGAGGGGGUUCCCAAAAUUUUUGUUAUAAGUGUUAAAGUCAAUGUGUGUGUGUGUGAGCGAGUGUGUGUCCACAGCCUCGUGUAUGUGUGUGUUUUAAUUGCGGUCUCAGCAAAAGUAGCAAGUGUGCACCAUGCAGAUGGUUUUCAUCAAUCCGGCUGCACAGAGAACUCUUCUCUCUUUCUGUCUCCUUCUAAUCUCCCCUCUCUGUUUUUGUAAUUAAACAUUACUUAAUGUACCCGCGCUUUUAAUUUGACAAGUCAUUAAAUAUGUGACCGUAUAUACAGUGAGUGUGCGCUGCUCUGUGUCACGGCUUCACACUGAUCCGCAGUUGUGAAAUCCUGCAGUAGAACCGAUUUUUUUUUUUUUAGCUGCAUGGUUGAGUAAGAACUUCCAUGGUAAAGAACAUCCCUCAUUGUGGCCGUUAAUUUGCGGUGUCCAAACACACGCACGCACACACACACUUGCAUACACACACACACAGACUUUCAUAAAUCAAUAUUUACUAAGGAACCUUUCCCCUUUGAGUCAGAGGAAGCAAAUGUGCAUCCUGCUGUCUCCCCUCUCUAACCCUCUGUCAUGAGUUUGUGCUUGAGUGUGCUUUUGUGUGUGCGUGUGUGUGUGUGUGUGUGUGUGUGCUUACAGUAAAAGCAAGGCGGCUCUUGUGUUUUCAGAUGGGUGUUUUCUUGUUUUGUUUUAGGGGCAGUUCAGACAUUCCAACAAUUAUUUCUGUUCCUCAGGGACUGAUUUGUCUUGAUGAUAGAGAGUGUGAGUCUUUAACACAACACAACACCACAACAGGCGGAAAGCGGCUAAAUUAAUCACACAAAAGAUACACAUUUGUACAGCUUUUAACAUCAUAAAAGGGUGAGAACAAAUCAGAGAAAUCCGGAAAGACAGUGGGAGAGGAAAGCUGAGGUUGCAGUGUUGGUAAGAUGAAUCGGCAAACACUCGAGGGCAGACUGAAGGAAUGAAGAAAAAGAGAGAGAGAGAGAGAGAGAGGGAGCAAUGGUGUCACUGGUUUGAAUGGACAGCACUGGAGGGCAGAAAUGGGAGCAGCAGGAGGUGGGUGGGUGGGUGGGUGAAGUGGUGGGUGGUGGUUAGUCACAGCUCUCCAGGGUGCAGCCGGGGCAAACGGUUCCUUACAUCACAGUGACACACGCGCGCGCACACACACACACAACACACACACACACACACACACACACGCACACACACACACAGAUUUGCUGACACACUUCUGCCUCAAAGGAUGUGGAAAACCCACAUUGCACCUUCCUCAGAAGAGAGGGGAGUAGGGGAGAGGUGCAGAAGGGAAGGGGUGUGGAGGAGAGGGUGGACCAGAGGGGAGGUCAGAGGAACAAAGAAUGGAAAGAGGAGCUGGUGAUAGUUUGAGGUUUAAAAGUUUAUGAAUCAAUUAAGACUUUCCUUUUUAACUGUCUUCACUCGAAAAUGUCUACGGUGUUUGGGUUGUCGUAGAAAACUGCAGAUCUUUCACACUGGGAUUGUGAUCGUGUGUGUAUGUGAACAUCUAAUCAUCUCUUUCUCUCUUGUAGGCGCUCCAGGCAGCCAGACAGUUCCUCCUCCAGCAGGCUACUGGACUCAACUCCCCAGGCAGCAACGAGGUCAAACAGAGCCCUGUGCAGGUCGGAGCACUGACACAAAUACACAAAAACACAUACAAAUGCACACACCCUAGAGUUGCUUUGUCAGAAUCCGUACAUUAUAGAGCCUGAAGCUUUCUCUUUAUCAAUCUGCCACAUCAACUACACAGAGGAGUGAUAUGGACACAUACUUUUCUUCCAUGUGUCGGCGUCUCUCUCGCUCUCUCUCUCUCCCUCUCUCUUACUCUCUUUCUUUCUUCCUCUUUCUGUGAGUGCGUCUAGCGUAAUUGUUGGUGUGUAUGUGUGUGUGUGCGCGGGUGAAUAAGGCCUUUGUAGUGAUUGGGCAGCGAGCUGUUUUCAGAGCUGAAUUCCACAGUAAGCAGAGAGAGUGGGGUUAGCUGGAGUGCAGGUUCCCCCCUGAAAAACACUCGAAGAAGACACACACACACACCAACACACACACCAUACACAUUAUUAUGGCUGUAUGCUGAUAAAACCUCUGGCAAUUCUGUACCAUUAUGGGAUGUACAGAGAGCAGGCAGAGGUGCGAUUUGUCACUGUGGUUCGAUUGGCUCUGAUGAUGACAAACAUAAAAACAGGAAUCUGAGCGAGGACAAAAUAAAAUACUGCUUAAAGUCAAAAUCAAGAAUCAGGUCACAUUUCUUCUUAAAUUGUUUGAAUUGAAAUGAACAACAAGUAACAAUGAAUCCUUAAAUUCAUUUUUUAUUGAAUUGUUUUGAUUUCAUUUGAUUUGCGUCUUUUGUGAAAAGAAACUGCUGCUUUUUUGGCAGAGAAGAGGAAGAAAAACCCACACAGAAGGACGGGUUGUGUUAGAGACCUAGGAAAAAAAAAAAAAAUGGUGGUGUUGACCACACUGUGUAAUUGCAGAGCGACCUCUGGUAAGGCAAAACUGCCACAGAAUUAAUGAGUGCUUAUUACUUCAGAUGACACAAAUGGAGGAACAGUUAAAAAUGAAGGGGAUCUAAUGGAUUACACUUUCAUCAAAACCUGAAUUGAAACCAGAAUCACUUUAUUUACCUUGGAUAGAGCGUGUCAGUCGGGGAAAUUACACAGUUACCGUAAGAGGUGGAGGAGUAAAAUAAAUACUUUUCUGUAUUAAAUGUGAAUUAUUAAAAUACCAUUGAGCUUCAAUUUGCAUUUAUACUGCUAAUCACACAAAACUAUGCACUUUUGGCUUUUUUAACUUGUUUGUGUUAGAUGAUGGGAAUUUAAAGUACAGAUGUUACACAAAGAAACUGAAUAAAGAGGAAGUAAGAGAGGCAAUAAAGGGAACUAAAAGUGAAAGUUAAAAUGAUUAUGGAUCUGUUUUGUGAAUGUAGAGAAAGAAUUUCAGGUCUCUGUAGAUGCUGACCAGAGAUUAACCUGUGACGGUCUUUACACCCUGCUUUUUACUUCAUCUCCUCUGUGAAAGAAGUAUAACCUUCCUCCGUCAUCCUUCUAGCUCUGCCCAGAACACACACAUACACAUUUCUUCUAUUUCUUCACACACACGGCACUCUACCCAGCGUCUAGUCUCUCCAUCUCUGUCUUGUUUGUCUUGUUUGUUGGUGCCUGGCCUGCGUAGCCUCUCUGUACUCUCCAGGGCAUCCACGCGACAUCUCUGUUGUCUGAGCUGUCAACUCACACGGCCCCACAUACCCUGGAUUUACAUUUGUGUGUGUGUGUGUGUGAGUUUGUACUUGUACCUCACUGUCAGAAACAAAGAGGCACAAAGCGUUGUUUGUGUACCUGUGUGUGCGAGUAUCCUCAAACUUGUUUAUAAGACCUCACAACAACCUGACAACAAGGUGAUGCAUAGAAAUGUCUUAAUUACUAUAAUUCCCAGCUUCAUGAUCACUCUUUAGAAGUUUCAGUGCCUGCACCCGGCUUUGUGUAAUUGAAGCAAUCAUGUGUCGACCACAUAGAAGGCGAAUGAGCGAUGAAGUGAGCGAGGCUAGACAUUUAAUCUGGUCAUUUACAAAGGUGGCAUUAAGCAACUGUAUGGUGACACAGUGGCUCACAUCAGGCACAAAAUGGCCGUCCUCAGGUUGGCUCCUGCUGCGCUUCUCUCACACAUGCAAAUGAGUCGGAGCCAAUAAUGAGAUCUUUAGGAGCUUGAUAAUUAGAUUUUUCCCUUCUCUCUGAGGGAGAACGACAGAGGCAGACAGGGAGAGCGGGAAGACUUUCUAUUCGUGUCUUGACUUCUCUGGAGAAGCCUUGGUCUGCACUGACAAGCCCCCCUCCCCUCCUGUACCCCCCUCCUCCUGUGCUCCUUCCCCAUCAUAUUUCUCUUCUUCUUUAUUUAUAAUAGAGGGGAGGAUCUGAGCGAAGAGCGAAAGAAACUCUGAGAUUAUAUCAGCGUUUUGAUUGGUUGUUCAGAGAUGGUCUCUGUGUUUGGCUGGCUGUGUGAGAUGGUAUCAAUCUACUGCGUGUGUGUGUGUGUGUGUGUGUGUGUGUGUGUGUGUGUGUGUGUGUGUGUGUGUGUGUGUGUGUGUCUCGCAUUGCCAAGUGUCACAUUCAGGAGAAACUCAACAAAAGCUUGGGUCUCCAGACAGGCAACUGCAGGGGAAAAAAUGGUUAUGUGCCAAAAAUUGUAAGCACGGUUGCUGUGAAGACCGAUAAUCAGAAAACUGUGAGUGAUUUAUCAAGAGUUUUAUUAUUCAGAACAUGGAAGGAAUUUCAAUUCUACAACUUAGUAGACUAAUUUACAAUAGAUGGAAAUCACGUCUGAUAAAUACGAUAAAUACAACUUUAAAUGAUGGUCUAGAAAUGUCUGAGAGCAGAUCCUGACUGUUAGACCAAGAACAGGGCUUUUACUGGGGUCAAACAUUAAAGGUGGGGUAGGCAGGAAUUCGUUAAAGAAGCAUCUUUUUUGUGGUGUAUAUACAAAAAAGCUUUUAAUAUCAGUCAAUAGCUAUUAGUCAUUGAUGACAUUUGGUAACAACAAUAUCGCUGUUUUGUUACGUCUGUGUUGUCAACAUUUUAAAAUUUUUGUUCUCUACCUCCCCCAACCUGAUUGGUUGUGAGGCAGACGCUGCUCCCCCAGUGUCGUUCAGGAACCCAAACAAAGUUAGCGUGCUACAAUAUUGGACAGUAGAAACCAACCAGAAAGUAUGGAAAAAUGUCUGAAUCCUCCUUUAGCCACGACUGCUAACACAAGCAAGAAAAUAAAGUAAAUACCGGAGACUCUGGGAUUUUACGGACCCUGUAAUCUUUCUGCUGGACAGGUAAACUGCUUUAACAACGUAAGCCAAGUGUCUGUAACAGAAGUGUUUCUUGACAAACGGGACCUACCGCGUGUCGUAGCGCCGCUAAACUGUUUACCUCGGGUCCUGGAGUAUGUCACUUCAUCCUAGUUGUGGAAGUCCUGCAAACAUUGUGUUUGCUGGUAGACUGUUGGCAUCUGCAGUAGCACCAAUGCUGUUUACUUUCACGUUGACUGGGCCCCAUUUGUAAUUAUCUGAAGUAUUUAUCUGCAUUAUAUCUGAAUUUAAUUGAAACGAUGCAAGCAUGCAGGAGCGUCUGUUUGUGGGCGGGGCUUGUUGGAGCAGAAAGGAAGGGGAGAGGAGGAGCUGAGGGGAAAACUGGUUGGGAAGAUUUCUCCCCGAAUUAGCAAGUUCUGGGCAGCAAGAGUAAAGAAAAUCUCCCCUUGAAUAAGCAGAAACCUUCAGCAGAACCAGAGGUCAUGGACGAACAGCCAUCUGCCAGAGUGGAUUGGGCCAAGACAAUCAGAUAGAUAAAGAGGAAUAAAGAAAAAACAGACAAAAACCCACCCAUAGAAUGAUGAUAGAAAAAGAUGUGUAGUCUCACCAGCUACAAGGGUGAUGUGCAGUAUGACCAAUCAUAAGAAAUGUAGCAGUCAGAGUCGAACAGGUUUUCUUCUACGUCUAUUCAAAACUGCACACAAUCAGGGAAAGUGGACAUUUUCAGUGAAUAGAAACAGUUCUACAUACAUCUUUCACAUUCUUUAUUUUUGAACCUCUUUUCUAAAGUUGUCUUCUCCAUUGCUUUAACAGUGUUAACCUUUCAAAGCCAGUUAAAGAAACUGCGCUCUUGUUCCCUUAAGCAAGGCAUGCUAAAUGGAUGUGUGAAAGAGCAGACCUCUGAACGAGUCCAUUCCUUUGUAUGAAAUAACUCUUGAAUGAUGCGCCUACUCGCUGUGGCGUUUGGAUAAUGUCUCACUAUGUGCGUGUGUGUGUUUGUUGAAGGUAACGGACAUUAAUUGGCCACAGUUACCUUAAUUGGUUGUGGCAUGCGUGCGGCAGGGUGAAUCAAUGGGCACACAGUUGGCAGACAGAAUGGCGAGAGGCAGAUUACCCAGCAUGCAUGCAUGACCCCGCCACGCGUUCCCUACAAUGGCCACACUUGGCAUGCGCUCACACCCAGGGUGGGCACAGGCAGACACAUGUACGCCCACUUGGCAGACGCACGCCUGGCACACUUAACACACUGCCACUUGGCAUGCACACAUACAGAUUAAGGCACGUGCUUGGCUGCGGCCCAUACGUAUGUAAUUGAAUAGCGUGGUGUCCUGUUUUCAUGUAUUAUUGAGGAGCUCGUUUAAUUAGGAAAAAAAUGAAAAGACUCAUUAGAGAUAUGUUAAUUAGCUUGGCUCUGUGCUCUCUGGAGAGGGCUGGCACCAGCAUCAGGGCAGAGGAAGAGAGAGGAAGCCUUGCAGGAAAUACGGGAAGAAGAAACUGAGUCAUGUCAGUCUUAAAGCAGAGAUUUCCUCUCAGCGAAAACACUUUUAAUCAAUAUUACAGCUUCACUUCACCAGUUUUCUAUAUGUUGCUAGAUUGUUUUCAGGCCUUUCUGAGCUGCCGUAAAGAAACCACUACAGAUUUAUGAAAAACCACCGAACAUAAAGACUCGGAGGCAGAGUUGAAAGUCUUUUAACUAAUCAACAAAAGUAUGUUGAAGGAUGAGUGUUUAGCCCCCUAGAGGUACUGAAGCGACUCCUUCUUUCCAGUUCUCUUUUAAUUCCUUUCAAAGUGUUUUUCCCAAAGCACUCCUUUUGUCCACUCAAUGAAAGUGCUUAGUUGGCAGUUUCUCUUAUUUGAUGUUGGGGGAAUUGGGGGCUGUGUGCAUUUGGGGGGGUAGUUUGAGGUCCUGACAGUUUGUGAAGGGUGUAUGGGAGAGGGUUGAGUAGCCAGUGGAAAGGGUCUGGCUGCGGGCAGAGGGCUGGACAGACAGAGGGGUAGAUGGAGAGGAGAGGUUUGGGAUCUGCCCGCUGGAGUGUGAAACUCUUAUUUUGUGAUUUGAAACAUGAGUGAAAUCAGUAAUGAAAUAUGGUCGAUAACGGCCUCUCACACUUCCCAAUGAAAUGCCCUGAGUGUGUGUGUGUGUCUGUGUGUGUGUGUGUGUGCGUGUGUGUGUUUCUGAAAAUGUGUUGUCAUUUUUAUUCUGAAGCACUGGGGCGUUAGAUGGAGGGAGGGGGUGGACGAGGGGAGAAGAAAGGAGGGGAGAGAGGGAGGAGAGGAGGAGGAUUUUCCACUUGAACUUACUGGUCUUUCACUGUCCUCUCAAGUCUUUUUUUUUUUUUUUUUUUUUUUCAUUUGUCUGGCCUCUGUCAGGGAAAGAGCUGAGUGCUAUGUGCUUCCAAAUGGAUAGUGUAUGUAUGUGUAUGAGUAUGUGCGUGCAUGUGUUGCUGUCUGAGAGGCCCAGCUCAGUGAUUGGCCUGUUGGGAUCCCAGCUCAGUCCUCUGUAGACAGAGUUUCUCUGUGGGCCUAAGACUUACUACUAUCUUCACAUUUCUAACACAUUUCCCCUCUUUUAUGUCACUCUGUCAUCUGUUCCCCCAUCCACAACUUAAAUUAAUCAGAAAUCUUAUAAUUAUAAUCACUGUGUUAACUUUUGCUUGGCACACCAGUUUCAAUCUUUGUUCCCCAGGAAUAGAGAUAUCACUGCAAAACUGGAUGGUGAAAAUACACAUUUCAAGAGUUGCAUGCACUCAUGUGUACGGCAAAUAACCCCAACCUUGCAACAAACAAUGGAAAGAAAUUUCAAGGACUUUGCAGGAUAUCCAAAUAGAACAGGUCAGACGCAUAGUCCGCAGAUAUCUGUACCCUACUUACUGCUAUUUGCUCGGUGCCGUUAGAUCAAUUUCACAUCCAGAUUAGUUUUUAAGCUAGCAUCGCUUGCAUAUUUUUUGAUAUAUAUUUACAGAAAAGAACCUGUCACUCGCUGCAGUUCUGCAACAGCACUGGAGUGGAGUUUGCCAUCAUAACCCCUUUGUACCACCCAAGAGGGCGUAAAAUAUUUGUGUCCUGAUGUCUGAUUGCACAAUAUAUAAUGUUGCUGCAAAACAGAUCACUGAUAUGACACAGAAAAAGUCAGACAUGCACAAACACAUACACUGUCCUUGUUGCCACCUUAUUAACCCCAUUACACCUCUGUUACUACCUCUGAGGGGGAAUCAAAGGUGGAACAACUUUGGGGUAUAAAUAUCCUGACUUGAAGUAUCUGUACGUCCCUUUGGUUGAACUCUGCAUUGUUGCUGAGAAAUCAAAAAGUCUAACAUCAUAUUUGUCACAUAUUUUAUGCUUUGACUAAUAAAACAACAUAAAUGUUUUUGUAAAAUAAACACAGGUAUGUCUGUCAGUGCUGUUCAAAAAUGUCUCCAUCUGAGAUAAAAUGAAUGAAAAAGUUGGACUGGGGGAUCGUGACACAAGCAUCAGAUUUUAGAGGACAUUGACUGCAGUGACAACAUUUUAUAUCUUAAGGAAUCAGGUGAUAUUGACUAAACCCCUUUAAAAAUCAAUACUUUAUUAAGAUAUGGAUGGUGUUUUUAAGGUGCCUUUACAAUUGUUCAAUCCCUUUCAAAAACAGUUUUGUAAGAAGCAGUCAGAGAAUAAAUGUGUCUCAGUUUAGACAAUCUGAAGUCCCUUUUUCGUGAAGACUUGGAUGUGACUCGUCAAGAUGAUGACUCAGACAGAGGCAUUACUCAGCAAAAAGUUCGAGGCAGUAAGGUGCCUCUAUCUUCCACCCACCCCACCUGGCUUCGCUCAUCACCCCCCACCCCCUUGAAUAAUGUGGACCCUGGCCCUGCUGCAGAUUAGCUGGAGGAGGGGUACUCACAGCAUACAAUGGGCCCCUUUUUACUUCCACUGGAGGUCUAGCCCUGAGCUCCAAACAACGCUCUCAGCACAGUGGGUGCCUCUACUAUUUCUCUUUCUCACUCCAGUGCUUCUCUCCUUCACUCCUCUGAUUAUCUCUUUUUUCCCCCUUUGCUCCCCCCCCCACUCCUCCUUCCCUCCCUCCUCUCCAUGCUGUCCUCUCAUUACUCGGCAUGAUGAGCACAGACAGGCUGUUUACCUGGAGAGACCGAAGGAGAAAAGGAGCGAUAGUGAUGAUAGCUGGUGAAUAAACAACUGAAGGAACACAGGGAGUUCACCGCAAAGCAUUAAGACAUUUGCACACUGAGAAACAGCGCACUGAGGCCCUGGUUUACUCCCUCAGCCUGCUGGAGGCUGCUGUAUGGUGACAGAGGAAAGUCAUAAAGUUAAGAUGUACAUGCAUGAGCACAGAUUUCUCCUUUUUCAGGCAUUGCUACUUAAAUUUGGUUUUUUUUAACCAGAGAUAAACUUUCUUUUUAAGUAUCAAAUUCUCUUUCAAAUAUUAGAAAGAUUUAACACUUACAGACGCUGAUCUUUUUGAGGAUCUAGAUCUGUGUGUGUUCAGAUGUGUCUGUGUGUGUGAGACAGGCUGAGACACAGAGUGGUAGACGUCCCUUCAAGGGGUUGAGGUGGUAAUGCUCAGUGACAAGGAUAAACAGCGCUGGGGUUUGCUCUUACCAGGAGGGGGGGUGGGGGGGAGGUGGUCUGUGUCAGCCUCCCUUCCUCCUACUUUCUCCUCUGUCAUUUUUUCAAUUAUCCCUCUUUCCUGCAUGUCCCCAAAGACCCGGAGGCAGGGCCCGCAUCAUUUAGACUGAGAGCCUGUUUAGAUUCUGAUUAUAGGCUCCUUUCUUCUCGACACUCUCUGCCAUCACACAAACACUCUCACACACACUCGUACAACACACUCACACACACACAAGCAGGUAUCGGCUGCAUAUAUUUAAGCCAGCAUGAAGUAGAUAAUGGUGGCAGUGGAUUUAGCUGGUUAUAAAGUCACGUUUUUCAGCUGGGGAUCUCGUGUAAAUGAUUUAAAAUGUUAUCUAUGAAGAGUUUGGACCAACGUUUCUGAGAUCUUCUUUUUUACCAUCAGGUUUUUGCGUCCAUAAAGCAUGCAUUAAGUGCUUUUGUAGUCAGAGUGAAGGUGUGAAAAAACUAAAUUUCAUUCCUAAAUUAAAGAAGAUGCAGCUUGUCUCUAUACAAACAUGGCAAAGAGGCGUGCAGGGACAAAUCCCCCGGCUCCAUGCUGGUUUAAUAUCAGAUAGCCAUCCUUUCCUUCCGAGCAUCCCUGAGUUUUCAUCUGAAAUGGAAAGUGGGGCUUUCCUUCUCGUUAGAAUGAAAAGUCAUCAAGGGAGAGAGAGAGAGGGAUGGAGCCUCAUUGAAAUGCAAGUUACGUCCCCCCUGUCUUUCUCUCUCUCCCCUCCUCUGGGACUCCCUGCCUUUCUCCUCCUUUCUCCUUCCCAUCUUUAGGGCGCUCCCUCGCUCCCUCUCUUCCUUUGUUAAUCAGUUAAACUCCCUCUUCAAACAACCCCUCUAAUUACUCCUCCACUCUCUGUAAACGACAAGGCUGUCUCUCGCUUUUCUCUCUCUCUCUCUCUCCUGCCUCCCCUUCCUCCCCCCUCCGCACCCUCUUUUUCCAAGACAGGGGUUGACCUCUGUCAGGCAACGACCCCUUGACAGUGUGUGCCUCUGCCUGUGCGUGUGCAUGUGCAUGCUUUGUGAGUACACGUAUGACUGGUUCUUGCAUGCUAAUGAAUGAAGCGACAUCUAAGGACUAAAAAUGUUGCUAUCACUAUAGGGGUUCAACUUUCACAUUUGUUAAACACCCACAGGAAGCAGAGGAUUGUGGGAUUUGUGUGCAUCUUCAUUCUAGGCCAUAAUUUCUUCUGCUGGCUGGAUUUCCUUUCCCCUCACAUACAUCUCAUCAUUUUUCAUUAUUUCCUUUUACCUCUCUCUCUCUCUCUUUUUCUUUUCUUGGAUGCUAUCCUUGGUACUCCCCUCUCCCCUGCCAGCCCCUCCAGUCCCCCCACCACACGGAGCUUCACCUCUCUCCCGCUAAUCUACCACACAUCUCCCUCUUUUAAAUUAACAUGCAACACUGGAAAAAAAAAUAGGACGACAGCGGAAAAAAAAAUUAAAUGCAUUUAAUAAAUGGCUGACUUCAAAUCGCCCAGCUUUUCAGACUCUCCCUAUUCAGAGUCCAAUGAAAGGGGAGAAAUCAUUCACCGGGAGAGACAAAGCCGAAUGAAAAUAUAAUUCUGCAUUGUGAGGCGCUUUUGUCCUGGCCCGUCAAAUCUCUAAUGGCGAGGCUUUUGUUUUGUGGCGGCGCUCUCAGGCUGGCGGUGUCGUAUGGCGGUGGCAACGCAUGCCCCAUAAUCACCACGCUUUGUGAUAUUAGAUUAUAGGGGCAAUUAAUGGCGUCAAACCUUAACUACUCAGCAUUCAGCCUGCCACACACACACACACACACACACACACACACACACAGCUCAGUAUAUCUGCACUUGCACACACGGGUGCGCACUCGUUUCUGGCAUCAGAGCAUCAGCCAACACACAGAAAGGUGCUAUAACUCCAGUAAUUAUUACGCCUGUGACUGGGAAAUGUCAAUGGCGGUGUGUAUAAAAUAGAAUGUAUGAGUUGUCAGGGAGGAAGAAUGGGAUGCACAAGAGCAAUUAAUUACAGCUUUUCAUUUGGCAGCUUAGACUGACAAGGCUCGGCGGCGGCGGGGGCAAGCUGGCAUGACGCCAAGCAGCACCCAUCACCCACACGCCCCCCACCUACCUUACACCCCAUCACUCCCCAUCCCUUCUGCCUGUUCUUUUACAAACUGCCACAACAGCACCCUCCUUCCCCCGCCUCACCCUGCUUUGACUCUGUCUUUUCUUCUUUUUCCGCCUCAGCUCAAACACACACUAUUUUGCACCAGCUAAUUCAUCGAACAUUUUUUUUUUUUUUUUUACUUUCCCAUUCCAGACCUACAACUUCUUAGCACCGUCUUACCUUUUCUCCAUCCCCUCCAUCAGUGAAACGUGUGGCUGGGAGUGUGUUUAGUUAGGGAUGUCUGAUUUGAUAAAAGCAGAGUGUGGGGCCUCUGAUAGACGCGCAGAGAAAAAAAGGCCGGAGAGAAACAGAGAGAAGGAGAGAAGCGCUAAGCGAGGGAGGGAGGGAGGGAGGGUGGGAGGGGGUGGACAGGGGCCAGGUGGGGAAGCGGGUGUUAGUAUUUACGGCUGAUCUUGUUUACAAAGUCAAAUCAGCUCUUUACAGAUUUAAUUUAACACUGACAGCUCGACAUCUCGCUCGCUCUCUUUGCUUUCUCAUCGCUCUCCCUUUCCGCCGUCCCCUCAGGUGGUGUGGAGAUAGACUCUGGAGUGAGCUGCACACACACACACACACACUCACACACGCUGGCUUUUGUGUAUGCCCACACACAAAAAACCCACACACUGUUUGACCAUGAGAGAGAUUGAUAUUUUUACCAUGGAGCGAAUAUAGAUAAAUGGCCAGUUUUAGAGGUGAUAACUCAGCCUUAUAUGUCUGUGCACAAGACCCAUCACUUCCUUACAGAGAGGAUUAUUUGUACUGAGAAGACAGUGUCGUUUAUUGAUAUGCAGGCGGUGGAAAAGUGAGAUCUCACUCCUUAAAUAUCUGUCUGUGCCUGAUCUGCUGUCUUUUUUAUCCCACUCAUUGUCGUCUCAGAGCUUAAUUCAGUUAAUAAAUACAAAAGCACUUUGUCUGCAGCCUUGUCUGUCUGAUUUCUCAAUAUAUUCCCUCUCUAUUUGUGCACGCACGUGCUGUUGCUGAUUUAUGUAUUUAGCUUGUCUUCAGUUUUUGCUGUGUUUGUCAUCAGAUUAGCAUCUGUGCCCAGCUCUGUGUACAAUACAUGUGCAUUCAGAGCGGCUUGCACAACACAUCUGCGUGAAUCACAUCCUCUCCCUUGCUCUCUGUCUGCCUUUGGUUGCCUGCAGCUCUAUCUGAUGAGAUAGACAUCUCAUCAGAUAGCCACUUUUUUGUUCCUUUUCUUCUUACCCAGGCUUGACUGCGUGGAAAGAGAAUCAUCGGUCGUCCUAAUCAUGUGUUUAUGGAAGCAGAUAAGAUUUUAUAUCUUAUAGGGAGAUUGCAUAUCUGUCCUUUUAUCACAGAAAUUGCCUUUUUUUUACCUUGUGAAGGGAAGUGUCAACAGUGGUGUGUCAGUGUGUUUAUCUUUGUCUGACGGUGCCAGCUUUUCUUCGCAGAGACUGACAACAAAGAAUCAAGAGACAACACACCUUUCUCACUUUACCUGUCCAUACCAGCAUGCUGCUCACCCUCCAUUUACAUUGUUUGUUUUGAAGUGAGCAUCCACUUACAUGCACGGUCAUGCUGUCAGUGCUGGCUGUGCCUUUUUCUCACUCAAAUCUUAACUCACCCGCCAAGACAUCCUACUAUUUUUUUUUUUUUUUGAAUCUCAAUCUGAAAAAUCAUAAUAUUGAAGUGUGUUUGUGUGUCUGUGUUGAUUUCAGGUGCCUGUGUCUAUGGCCAUGAUGAGUCCACAGAUGAUCACUCCUCAGCAGAUGCAACAGAUCCUGUCCCCCCCUCAGCUCCAGGCCCUGCUACAGCAACAGCAGGCUCUAAUGCUGCAGCAGGUAAAACACACAUACACGCACGCACAUAUUUACGCACACACUCUUGUUGGAACUGGUCCCAGGCUGGCGUGUUUCGAUGCGUCUGCUUUAAUAGGUGCUGACACACUGGGCGUGAUGUAUCUUAUUCAAUGUUCUGAGAUCUUUGAAGAUAAACACACAUCCACAUAUCCACUUAUACACACAUUGUCAUGUGGAGUGCCUCCUCUUUGGCAUUGUUGCUAAGAGAAUGUGCAUGCUCCUGCCUGCAGGCACACUCAUGCACACCUAUAAACACAUACACACACACAUACACACACACAUACACACACACACUUGUAAGCUAUUUAGCAUCAGGCAGUGAAUCAUAGUGAUUCAGGAGUGUGUGUUAAAGCCUGGCAGGUGCUGGUGGAGUUGCUAUGUCGACACAAACCAAUAAACACUCUUCAUCUGCAACAGAUCUGUCAAAUACUCAGCCGCACCAACCUCUGACCUCCUACCUACACAUUCAGAAAAAAAUAAAAACACACGUGCAACCUUGUAAAGGUGGUAAAGAGUGCUAUUAACAGAGUGGAGAUAGAGUAAUUGUGGCAUACGGGAUCACUAGCAAACACACACAGACACACACAGACACAGAGGCAGGCAAGGCCGGGGCAGAGCGUAGAUUUAAUAAGGAGCGGUAGCUUUAGGCGAGUGUAAAUUGCAGUGGGAAGAUCUGACAACAUGUAUCAUAAUGGAAAUGUGAAAUGUGCUGGCUUUUCUGGAAACAGACAUGCAGAUGGCUAAGAACCUCUUCACCAGCUCUUUUUUCUUUAAUGAGGAAAAAGGAGAUGGGGGAGAGAGAAUGGGGUUUAUAAUGCACACACACACACACACACACACACACACACACACACACACACACACACACACACACACACACGGACACACACACGUUUCACUCCCACUAUUAAAACCACUGAGUUUAACAUUGCUCUCCCACUUAAUUAACCACAGUAUGGACUUGCUCUUAGUGUAUAUCUGCAAAUCAGGCACUUUUGCAGUCAUUCACACACACACACACUCACACACACUCUUACUCUCUCUCACACACACACAUACAGAACAAUCAACCAACAUAUCAUUCACUGAAGCAUUAAAUUUCUUAUCCCCAUGGCAAUACAGCAUUGUGUAAGUAAGGUUUACAGCCUACUGCAGCCCACACAGCAGUUGUGUAAUUGUAAGGGCAAACAUUUGUGGAUUUGCAUACAAAGUUGUGUUCAUAUAUGUGUGUGUGAGUGAGUGUUUAAACCUUUAAGGUUCCUCUAACCUUUCCUAAUGCUACAGCUGCUCUGCCUCUCUUUUCUUGGUCUGUUCACUAAAGUCAAGGUCAUGGUAAUAGGCUGGAGAGGUGAGUGCCUCACUUACACAUACUCUUAAUGCACAGAGCCACUGAAUCAAAUCAUUAAAAAGACCUUAAUUAUCACUUAAUUAUUCCCUCAACUCACCACUCUCCAGCCAAGUGUGUGUGUGCGUGAGUGAGUGUGUGUGUGUGUGUGCUUGCAUAUGCAUUUGUCUGUGUGAUGAGGAGGCGAUCAGGGCUAGUGACGCGGAAAAGAGAGAUUAACUCCGCCUAAGGAGCGAUAAAAGAGAGGAAAGACAGAUGGAAAAGAAAGAGCAGCAAGAAGGAGUGAGUCGUGCAUUUUAAAUAAAUUAAGGACAUGAGGAACGUCAUCGUUCAAAAGAACAGUGAAUAAUGUAAAACUGAAGUUGUGGCUGAAUUAGAUUGAGAGUGGAAAUGCAAAAUAACUUAGUAAGACCCUUUUAGUGGAUGCAGAGUGUGUGUUGAGGAUGGGCAGCGAUGUGUGUGCAUGUGUGUGUGUGUGUGUGUGUGUGGAAUCGGCUCACUGCGGGGUCAGACAGAUGAGAGACUGAAACAACUGCUGCGCUGUGAAGUCAUUCUCCGCUGAAAAGCCUCUUUGAACAUUUGACGCACCAUGAAACAAAGACAAACUGCAGACAGACACAUGUACAAGCUUUUCUUAAGAGGAUAACCCCCCUCAACUUACACACACACACACGCACACACACACACACACACACAUACUGUGGUCAGUGUGAGUUUUCCUAGCAGCCUCGCUCUCCUCUCAGCAAGAUUAUGAUCUUAAUGGAGCUUCCUGAGUAAAUUAGUGAUUAGUAAGUCAAACAAACAGACAAGCUGUGGCUGGUUAGUGGACACUACGUUACCCUGUGUGUGUUUGUACAUAUGAUUAUAAAUUAAUAUGUGCAUGUGUGUUUUCAUAAAUUUGGCAUUCAGUCUGGUCGUCUUUAAUUUUAGCCUGGUGGUUGAAAAUAAAUACACGGUACAUUGCUCUCUGGUUCACUCCUGAGCUUGUCUGCAUUAUUACAGCAGGAAAAAAAAGGCCAGUAGAGGUUAAAAGUGUGCAGGAGUGGCUGUUGAAAACUUCAAUCACUUACCUCCGAGUCCAACAGGCUGUUUCUAUGGCAAUUGAUGGUCAGCCUGAGCCUAUAAAUAACCACAAACAACCUGGGGCCUGAGAUCUUAUCGGAGCAUGCCGUAAAAACAGUCUAUUUUAAGGUUUAAGGGCUUUUAACUUUAAUACACUCACUCACUCUCAGUUCCACUAGUGCUUUACUGCUGCAAGACUGUUGGUGUUGGCUUGAAGUAUGUUGCAGAGUAUAAAUACAUGGGAAUUUAAUUUUUUUCCGUACAGAUCCAUAUGAUCAAACAAUUUCAGCUUCCCUCUUUUAAUGUUUAAUUUGGUGCACAUGCAUGGGUGCAUUUUCCUUCUGUGUUGCACCACAGGUACAGCCCUCCACACAGGGCUUUAACUCUUUGUCAGUUAUCCAACAGAAUUACAGUAGACCAUAUAUCAUACACAUAAACCACAACCAUCACCUUAAGAAGAAAAAUGCUUUCCUUGAGAGUCCAGUUGUUAGAAGACAUUAUCGAGGGUCUUAUAAGCUGUGUUGUCACUCCCUCCUCUCUCCCUUCAUAUUUCCUCACCCUCUCUCAUCCCCUCCUCCUCACCCUUCCUUCUCCCUCCAUGUUAGUGUUCAUUUUUGUGGCUUUGUUAGAUUAGGUCUAAGUCUUAGUCUAUAAACUAAAAAGCCUUUAGUUUUAGUCCGAUUUUAAACAUUAUUUGACCUUUAUAGAUUUAAUCUAGUUAAAGUCACUAAAAAGUCAUUACAUUACAGUCUUUGCUAUUAGUCAAAGCAUUCCCUGUUUUCAAAGUGAUUCAGUGAAUGAAUGAAUGAAUGAAUGAAUUCACUUUUUAUUUCAUUAUAUAAGUGGAAAUUUGUCUUUGGCUUCAGAGUGAUCUUAAACAAUGACCUGACCUACAAACAGGACAAAUAAAAACAAGACAUGAGAAGAGCGCCUGGAGUCCUUUGCAUCGCCACAGUCCACAUAAUCCAUAAACAAAGAGAACAAUAUUCAACAGUUUUGAUUAUACUUUAAGAAAGUAAAAAUAUAAUUAGGGAACAUACUUGUUCCUUAAAUAGAUUUUGUAGGGGUUGGCAUAAGGCAAGAAUAUCUUGAUAGCAUGAUAUGACACUUUCCUUUGUUUUAGUGAUGUUUAUUUCCAAAGUAUUUGAUAGACACCAGUCAGAGAGUUAAAUGAUCCUAAACAUACCUUCUUUUCUUUAAUGUCCCCUCAAUGCAAGAGGCCAACUGGUGCCAUAUCUGAUGCAUAAUUAAAUAGGCUAAAACCUAAGUCUAUUCAUAUGCAGAGAGAAUAAUAAAGGUGGCAAAGUGGUAGAUGUAUUUGAAAAAUCAGUUCUGGCACACUGCCAUUUGAGAGUACUCAGAAAUUGGUAUCAAUGUUCUGCUACUGUUCACAUUUGCAAUUUUUCACUCCCAAAUCUCAUCAAAUCUGUCUGGCUGUGUCUUUGUCUCUAGCAUACAUUAGGAAAAAGUUUAUGAAUGGAAAUGAAUAAGAAGCACAGAGACAGUGGAGACACUUGUUAGAGAUGAGUUGCCAAGUUAAUACUAAGCCCCUUAACUAGCUCAUCAUCACACAACUGCAUCACAGUGACAGAUUAGAUGUGUAGUGAGGAAAAUAUGACCGAUUUUAAAUGUCUGUCAGUCUCCUUAAUGAAAACAAACAAUGCAUUCCUGAGAGAUCGUAUCACCAUUGAUGUACUGUAACUCAUCAUUGUCUUGUCUUCGUCAUGGAAAAAAAGAUUGUUCAUGAAAUUUGUCAUAAUCCACAUUAACUGAAUGAACACUGUUCUGUGUCUGUCUCUAGUUACAGGAGUAUUACAAGAAGCAGCAGGAGCAGUUGCAUCUCCAACUUCUGACUCAGCAGCAGCAGCAGCAGCAGCAGCAACAACAGCAGCAGCAGCAGCAGGCUGGGAAGCAAGCGGCAAAAGAGGUGAACUUCACCAAGUACACACUCACUCAGUUCAAGUACCCUCUGAAGUGCACAAGUGCCCUUAAAAGCAGUAAUAGUGGUUGACAUGGGGACCAGCUGAAGGAGAAAAAUCACCUAAAAGAAGUCAAAUUUAGUCUGCAAGAUAAAUGCGCUGGCUUCCUAUUUUCUCUCUUUUUUUAUUCUACUUCACUCAAGUUUGCAUUUCUGUUUACAGGCUUUUCUUUAGCGGAGAAAAGUAAAGAUUUUUUAUUUAUUUUUUUUUUAGCAGCAUGCCUUGUGGAGGCGGUGAAAGAUUGCUGCGCUAAGCCAUACGCUACCCCGCCAGAGUAUUCAUUUGCAUGCCUUCAGCUCUAAGCCUGAGGUGAAAUCUCUCUGUAGGAGGGGUCUGCCACUCUUUUAAUUGUCAAUUAACCUUGCAGCAGAAGAAUCCUCCCUUGCUCUCUCUUUUUCCAUCUCACACACACAGAAAUAUGCACACACACACACACAUACACGCACACACAGACUGUACCAGGUUUAAGAACAGCUGUGGUACAGUGGAUAAAAGAGGAUCAACUAGGAUCACAUCAUAGCACAACAAAGAGGAUCUCAAUCGAUCAGACGAGAUUACUUUCAUAAUGUGUGGAUAGGAAAGAUUGUGUGUGUAUGUUUACGUCCAUUUGUGCAUGUGUGAGCUGUGUGAGUGUGUGUCUGUAAUAGAGACAUUCUUGGUACAUGAAUGCUCAUUCACAGAAAUAACUGAACUCACAGAGGAGCAAGCAGGAGACGGACUUUAGAAGGAUACCCUCCUGAGACUUUUCUGAUAAACGCAUGAGAAGGCACAUCCUAGAUUUUCUCCCCACUCCCAGCGGGUAGACCCCCACCCCCACCCCACCCCAAUCCCUCCGCCUCAAACCCACAAAACUCCUCGCCAAUAGCGGUCAACCAACUCGACCGUGACCAAAGCAAACCAGUUGUGGUUGACUCGCAUGUUGAGAGGGUGUCUCAAACGCUUUCCCCUCUCUCCCUCCUUCCUCGCUGCUGUCCCAGUUUUCAGGUUUGUUGUCCUGUAACAACGAGACAAGUGCAAACACUGGUCACUUGACUACACACACACACACGCAGAGAGUGAGAGGCUUGAUGUGUGAUGGUUCAUCGCACAAACACAUACACUUUGGGGAAUAUGCCUCACUAUUACAGAGCUUCAUUCAGCUGAUAUGACUAAGGCCAUUUCCAACAGUCAGGGUGUUUUUCUUUUUUAUUCCUUAUCCACAGGCCAUCAGUCAGAGAAAAAACACCUUUAACUCCAGCUCAUAUCUCUGUUGGUCAAGCAGGCGCUUUGAGGGUGUGUUUGGACAAAGUUUAGUUUCCAGCAGGCCUUGAGCACACCCAGAAAACAAGGAAACAGGAAGAGAAAUAGAAAACAGUGGAGGAAGGCGGGAGAAUAAACCAGAAAGAAAAAAAAAUCUCUGCUCUUGCCUGAGUGCCGGUGACUUUUUGACUUCUUCCCUCUUCUCUACAAUUCCUCCUCACUUUCUCGUCUGCGUGGAAGUGAUGCAUUGAAAGAGAGUGUAUGUAUGUGUAUGUCAAGCCACUGUUUGUGUGUGUAUAUGUGUGUAUGUGUUGCAUUUGGGACCGGUCAGGAGUCAGCUUAAUGAAGUGACUCUGACCAUCAAGAGGAGGGGUGUGUGCAUUUUGUGCAUGUGUAUCUGUGUGUGAGCAUCCAUAUACUCGAUGUGUAUGCGCGUGUGUCGGUCUCUGAGUGUCCUUUCUCUUGUGUAUGUGUGCGUGUAUGUGCGUGUGUGUGUGUCUGUGUGACUGGCAGGCUCAGACAGUGUGUGAUGUGCUCAUAAAUCACAUUGACAGCCUGUUACUGCGCUAGCUUUGGCCACUCAGCCACAGCUAAUGUAAACAGAACACAGACACACACUCACACACAUACACAGACACACACUAGAAAUGUGUGUUUUAAAGAACCGUGGCCAUAUCUCAGGAGGGAAUGAGAGACAGCAGGGGGAGUGAAAGAAAUAAAAUGGACAGACAAGUAGAAAAGGAGGGGCAGGGGCGGCUUGAGACGGAAAGAAAAGAGCAGGAGGGGAGGGAAGGUUUCAGUCAGGACUUUGUGAUCAUGAUAAACCAUUUAUUGCAACAAAUGAGAAUUUGGCUCUACACUUCAAAGAACUCAAGUAUGUAAGCAUGACACAGAUUUUGCCCAAAUCAGCCCCCUUUCCUUUGACAAAGCCUAAGAGAUUAAACUUUGUUUCAAUAUUAGUUGUUCUUAACCAACAAAAUGUAGAGUUAGAUUCUAAGAACAGUGGAGGAGUAGACAACGGCGGUGGACGGGGUAAGCAGGAUUAGGCGGUGUCUGGGCUGGUUCUUGGACUGUGGCGGUGUUUGCACAUGAUCGGUGACUCGACGGCCUGACCUAAACUUGAACUACCGAGACGCUUUGUUUGUGUUUGCAGUUUUCAAAGGCGAAGAUAAAAAUUCUGGGAAAUUUAUGGUCCUUGAACUGUUGGUGGUUUUUACCUUUUAUGCCCCUUAUAUUUUAAAAUUUGUUGUGAACGAUUGGAAAUGAGGGUCACAACAUGUUGACCAGUGUUUGCCAUGUCAGGUGAUCUUAUUGGCUGUAAAUUUUACAGUAAAAACCAACACCGUCAUUGUGACUCACUUAGGAGCAUGGAAAUACAUGGGAAAAGUGACACCACUGCAUGAAAAAAGGUGUUUACUGCUUGUUAUCCAGUUUUGAUUUAACUUUUUUUAUGUUAGCUGUUAAAAAAUAGUUUUCUUUUACUUCUCUACACUCCUUAAACACCUCCCUAACCGCCCCCCUCCCACACUCGAGCACGCCGCCAACCCACUUCUCCUCUCCAGGCACCAAGUCUGAAAGGAAGCGACCUCUCUGCCCUUCCUGUGAGAUCCCCUCUGUUCAAAGAGUUCCAGGCUGCCACUCUCUCACACACACCUCUCUCACACACAAUGAGCAGUUCCUCAAGUUGUAUUUAUUUAUUUUUCUUCUCCCCUUAGUUAUCUGUGAUAGAUAAAGUCCGUCUCUCUCCCUCAGGGGUAGGUCAGGGGGGACUUCAAACAGAGCAGCACAGGACAGGUCUGCCCCAGACUGGGGGAGCAGGAAAGAGGACAUUUAUCACUGUAACACAUGCCGACAUUAUCACCAUGUAGUCUUUCCCUCUCUCUCUCUUCAGCCUCCUUCAAUCCCUUUCCUUCUUGCACCCUUGGGGUCUUCUCAGCUCAGCUUCGAGCUCCCCUCUUAACUUUGAAGGAUCAAUCUUCUCCAAUCAGCCCUCAUAGUUUUCGAUUUGAUGAUUAGGGUUUAAUAUCAUUCUUAGUUUUUUAAGCAUUGUGAACUUGCUUUCAUUUUGAGUUGUUUAUAAAUCAGUGCGACUGUGUAAGAUUCAAGUAAAUGUGAUCAUAGGAUUACUGUUAUAAAACUACAUGUUGGUUUUUCCCCAGGCCGUGUCGUUAGGUGAUUUCCCUUCCCCUUGUCUCACAGUUUCAGACUUUAUUUUCUUAGUCAUUUGGAAAUGUCAACACAAACACAGACAGGAUGACUAUGUGAGAAAAGUGGAUAAAGGAUGAUUGUGGAUAACACAGAAUUCAUAAACUUUCCAAAAAACCUUUCUUCUCUCUCUUUCUGUCACUUGUUUCACAGCAGUUGGGCAGUAAGCAGUUGGCUUUCCAGCAGCAGCUAAUCCAGAUGCAGCAGCUCCAGCAGCAGCACAUCCUCAACCUCCAGAGACAAGGCCUGGUGCCCCUGCAGCCCACUGCCACCAUGCAGUCCUUGCAGCAAGGUACACACACUCAUAUAUACCACUCUCACUGUACACCAUUCACAGACACAUUCUACCUAGCACGCAUGCACAAAUAAGCGCACAUACACACACACACACACAUGUGGGCCUGGACCCGGUGCUGCAUGUGAAGCCUGUUAAGUUAAUCAGCCUAUAAAAGAUAAAAGGAAACCUGAUUGGUGGGUUUGUGAAAGGUACUCAUUUGGAUAAUGGGUAAAAUAUGCCACUAAGCCCCUUGCUUGGAGGUUUUGUAUGCUGGUGUGUGUGUGUGUGUAGUGUAUGUGUGUGCUUGAGAUUAGCCAGAUACAACAACAUCAUCGUUGUGCUAUUGCUGUGCCCACUGGAUUUCUUUUGUUCCUAUAUGUAACCCCUCCCACAGCCCCUUCAUUUUGUCAGCAUGGUUUUAACACGAUAAAAGUUGACUCUUUACUGGCCCGCCCUCGGGGAGCAUGUGUGUGCAUGGGUGUGUUUUUCCUCUGUACACUCCAACACACACAUACAUGCCACCUCACACACACACACACACAUACACAGAAUGCUUUAGGGGGUCUAAAGUGGCCGUAACAUUGCUAAAGCGCUGACUGCGUUGACCAAACAGAGCAGUUUCCUUCCCUCCGUCUGUCUGAUCUCUCCCUUUCUCCUAUCUGCAGUCACAUGCCAUCACACACACGACUACCACACACAGUAAUCUGACACAAAAACAAAGAUUAACUCAAUCAAAUCCAUUUAAUUUCUAAAAAAAAGAAUUAUAUACCGUAAGCUUUAUACAUCACUGAAGAAUUGCACAGAAAUUUCAGAGAGACUUGCGCUUGUGUUUGCUCAAGUGCUUCAGGGAAGGGUGUGUGUGUGUGUGUUUGUCCUAAGGAGGGCAAGUGGAAAUACCAGUUUCCAGACUGUGAAUAAAAAGAUACAAACUGUACACAAAUAAAAAGACAGAUGCUACAGGUUUGAAAAGACAACAGAUCAAUAUUUCAGACAGUUGCAAACUUUUUAGCAUCCACUUUUUUUUGUCUUUGUCUCUCCCUCCGUCUGUAUCGGAGUGGAAUUUCCCUGCAGUGUGAAAGAGCCGGUCCAUUGUGAUGGCUCAGCCAGGCGUGAGCAAGAGCAUUCCUCUGACCAGCCAUGCCACACAAACACACAAAUACACAGGCAUAAACACCCGCACCUACACACACAACUGCACACGCUAAUGCCCCGCCUCAAAGGGCAGUUGUGUCCGGUUUGUAGUAGGUCGGUGGGGGCUGUCAUGAAGGGUCAAGCUUUAGCUUUUGGUUUUUUCGACAGCAGUAAAUUGAAAGUUAUUUUAAAAGUAUCUUAAACCUGCAAAACUAAAACUGAUCAAGAUUUUUUUUAAAGUGCUUGACUAGAAUCAGACUCUCUUGUCUUUUGAAGCAAAUAUAAAAAGUUUAAAAUCUAUUAAGUAUCAGGGGUUUUUUCACACUCCUACAAAGAAUUCUAUUAGAUUUAACUUUGUCUUGUUAGACCUCAACCUCAGAUGCUGUGUUUUUCUACACACAGAGAAAUAAACAUGAUCCCAGCAACCAGAUGUGUACUUUAGGAAUGUUUGAACCACUGUUUGUUUGCUGAAACACUCUCAUCCUCUCAAACUAUUUGUAUCAGUCAACACUAGCAGGAGGAAGGAGUGUAGUGUGAGCACACAUUCAGCUGAAAACACAAAAAUCUGGAUUUUCUGUUGACAAAUCUCUUCUGCUUUUGGCUGUUUACAACCUUGGUGUGCUUGUUUUUGUAAUCGCAAGUAAAAACACAGCUUUUACCAGGAUCUAGAAUCUUUUUUUUUUCUUCUUUAAGGCAGAUUGUUUUUCUUGUCUUUUUCGUUUUUUAUGGAUAGAUAUGUUAUGAGCCAAGUGAAAAGUCAAAAGAGGAAACAUUAGAUCUAUCAAUCCCUUAAGUGGCUCACACUUUCACUCCCCGGGCGUUUCCACAGAUUGGUCUGGUAUACUAGGAUAAUACACACACAGGCACAGAAAUCUAUGCUCACACCACCUCAUUCUUCCAGAGUGAGAACUUUUGUUUUGGCGGGACCGCAGAAGAAUGCAGACAAAGCAGACAUAAUAUUUGGAUUGCUGCGAGGUCUGUGUAUGCGUGUGUGUUAAUGUGCAAAUGGAUGUGUGUGUGUGUGUGUGUAUGGCUAGAUAUGUGCGUGCCUGUGUACAUGCAUGGUAAGAGCCAUUGGUAAAAAGGCUGUGGCAUUUUAGGCGUCACUCUUACUGUGAAAUUGGAGCAGGAAAAACAAAGUUGCAAGCAGAAAAAAAACUCAACCCAGUGUGCGCCCACUCUGUUCUGAUAAAAAGUGGUUGUGACAGGAGCGGUGGUGCUGCUGGACAGUAGCAGUUGCCAACAGAGAUUAGCAGUUUGGAAAAAAAUAUGCAAAAAAGUGAAAAGAAAUUAAGCUCCUGUCUGUUUUAGUUUGACAUAUUUUACACUUCAAAUCAUUACCAGGAAACUGUAAGGGUUGCAUUUGUGCUUCCCAUGGCACCUCUCUGUGAUUCAAGGUUAUUCAUGCUUUCUCAGUUCUCUCACCUCAUGUUUUAUUUCUUACAUUUCUUAGCUUUGUAUGAAUUCUCUUAGAGACUUAAUUCUCCUAUUAUCAGAUCUACUCUGAACAUGUGACAGUGAUGACUUCCCUCCCUGAUCUAUCUGGGAGUAACUCUGUUCUUUCUCUCUAGCGAUGUGUCCGUCAGACCUCCAACAGCUGUGGAAGGAGGUGUCGGGUGUCCCGAGCAGUGAGGAGGCCCUAAAACAGGAGGGCCUGGACUUGAGCACCAACAGCUCCAACACUACCUCAGCCUUCCCCAAAGCUGCCAGCGCUCACAUGCCACUGCACAGCCUGGCCAACGGACAGAGCCACACCCCAAAGAGAGACAGGUACAGUGAAGUGCAGUAUGUCAGUCAACUUUAGUAUAGCACACAUUGUGGUGGUGUGUAUGUGUGUGUCCUCUGUGUGACCUGUAGUACCUCUCUUACUCACACACUUUUGCUAUGUCACUUUCAGGCUUUUAACUUUUAGCUGUUCUUCCAUAACUACGCACGUAAACACGGGUACAAAACAUGCACUUGCAGUAUAUCACACAUCACCAGGGUGUAAAUGUCUUGCAGCUCAUUUGAUAGGAGGUGUGUUUGGUCAGUAUGUUCUGUCAGUACGCUGUCAGCCACAUGCCACCAUAGUAUGGAAAAGAGGAGAGGAAAGGAGAGGAGAGGAAAGUAUGGAGGAUGCAGGCUGCAUGGUAGAAGUAGAGAUGUUUUUUGGGGGGGUGGGCUAAAUUUCCUGCAGAGAUACACAUCCUUGUUUGCGUGUUGGUAUAUCAGAGAUGCAUAUGCGAGGGAAACUUUCUCCAGGGCUUUUUUAUUGUCCUAUGGCUGUUGCGUCAUGGCCGCUCAUGGGCUUGUCUCCGUCUCUAAGAGCCCGACUGUUUGAGUGGAUUUCCUCCUUCACCAAGGCAGACAGCGGAGAUGACCAUGUCCCCCUUUACUCCAAAGGCAGCCAACCCCCCAGCCAGUGAGUAGCACAUGCACACUCAAAAAUACACACAUAAGAGGACCGGAGGCAGACAGUGACACACACAAUUUGCGGGUGGUCUGCAGAGUUCACUCGCUAAUGCACUGCUUGAUCCAGCCGCAUUGUUGACCUCUGACCUCAUUUCGGCAGAAGGUUCAGGCAUUCUUAUAAAGAACUGGAUAUCACACACUGUCACGUUGCAGCCACGGUGUGCUGCUGUAUCCCUAAAGGACUGUGUGUAAAGGAGCAUUAAGGAGCUAGCGUUAGCCUGCUAGCUCGCUAAGCUAAUGCAUGGCUGAUGUGGAGGAGAAUGUGGUUGCCAGCAGUUUGUCAUGUCUGCUGUCUGAGCUGCUUCUGAGUUGACUUAACCACAGCCAGCACACACAUAUACACAUGAUAUACACACACAUGCAGACGCACAAUCACACACACACACACACACAAGUUCCAACCUCAGGCAGCACAUAUGAUGAGGAAAAGUCGAAAAAGCAAAGGAGCGAAAACGAGAGAGAGAAAAAGAGGGAGAGAGAUGUUUCCAUCUGUGAGACAAAUGGUUUUUGUUAGACAACCUUCUGAUGUUGAUUUGGGAGAAUCCCCAUCCCAGUCUGUGCACACACACCCAUAGAUACACACACACAUGCACACAUACAAAUACACACACACACAUGCAGUCAUGUAAAUAUAUGUGGAGACAGCAGUCGCAGGCGAUGGUCCAGGUCUGAACCACAUCUGCUACUGGACCUGCCACACACACAUAUGCACACAUGCACGAAUACAGUUAUUUUACCCUGGGCCCAAACCAAACCUGGCCCAGUUUUUCAUCACCGCACACACAUACAAAUACACACUCAUAAAUAUGCACCACUACCCACACAGACAAACACACGUGCACAAACACACAAGCUCACCACAAAAGAACAACCAGCACAUGACGGCAGCCGCCGCCAAUCAGUCAUGGCUGGUUGGUCUUGUGCCGACUCUGUGUCAACUCCUGUAACAUAAGAACACACACCAACUCAGACACACACUCACACACAUGCAUGCCCAACAUGUACGCCAAGGACAGAGAGACAGGUCAUGGACUCGAAGACUGAGCCUCUGAGGUUGCUGGAACGACUCCCUCAUUUGCCUGGCUUCUGUAACUGACCCCACUCUGCUCUAUCCUCCUCUCUUUGCACUUGGCUUCCUGAACUGUACAAACUAAUGACUGCUAACCAGACUCAGAUGGCUGCAGUGAUGCCUCCGCUGCUACAGUUAGCUCUGCAUGUGUGUGUUUGAGUGUGACAGCAUGGCUUAUUGAAGCUUUACGUCUUAGUCUGAGAAAAGAAAAGCAUUGAUUUGCUUUUUUUUUCUUUCAUUAUGUCAUAGUGUAUGGAAAAUUGAUCAUCUCUCUCAUUGUCUUUAUUUUUGCAUGUCUCCCUCCCACAGUCAUGAAGAGCACGCUGGCUCCCAUCCUCUCUACGGCCAUGGAGAGUGUAAAUGGCCUGGCUGUGAAGCCCUGUGUGAGGACAUGGGACAGUUCAUCAAGUAAGUUAAUAACCAGCCAAAUGUAUAACUUAUGAUGUGUGUGUGUGUGAGUGAAAGUUGGGUCUUCAGAUUGAAAACAAGACACAGAAAAAACAUACACUUGUAAUGAAUGCUUACGACGGCAAGUGCCUACAUACUGUUAAUUUUUUUUACCUCAGACUGGUUAUGUUUGGACUGAGACCAGUGUGUGUUUUCAUCAACUCAGCUGUGAAUGAUGGUUCAAUAGGUCCAUUAGUGACCUUGGAGAAGGAGACUUUUACUCACACACACAGAGGAUUGGUAAAAUCUUCUUCUGCUUUUGGAAAUGUAAUUAGCGUAAACUUGAAUGUCAUCAGGUAAUUUGCUUAUUUUCAGUCACUAACCUCAACCCGUUUUUCAUUUAAACUCUGAUUCGGGAUGUUGUUUUUGUUGUUACUGAUUUGAUGAAGCCCAGCAGAGUGAAGCAACAGUCUGGUCUGUGCUGAAUGUGGAGCAUCAGUCACGUAUUGUCACCGCUGCUUCACAUUACCUCACUAAUUUAUUUGUUGCUGUCACAUUUGGUCUGGGACACUUGCGCGUGCACAAACGCACAAACACACAUUGUGUGUGUUUGAGGAAUCGUGUGAACUCCCAGUUUCCUCUUUUUUUAACAAACAUUUUUUCAUCUGCACAUGUCAGCAAAAUGUAUUCAUUUAUUUGUCCCCUGAAUGCUGACUAGCAUAAGAGGUUGUUCCCGAGUUCCUCCUUCAUUUAGUUUGUGGGUUUUUUUGUUUUGUUUUGUUAGUGUUUAUUUUUUCUCUUAAGACUCAAACCAGACAGAAUUGCUGUUUAAAAAGCAAAUUAUUCCUGAUCGGUCCAUUCUCAUGCACUUUUUUAAUGUCCAGAGGCAAAAGAUGUGCAAAAAAACGUAGCUCUCUCAACUCAACUCAACUCAACUUUAUUUGUUAAGCACCUUAAAACAACCACAGCUGGACAAAGUGCUGUACAUAACUAGACAAAACAACGACAUAAAAAACAAUCAAAUAACAUUCCUCACUCUGCGUCCUCAACAAUGUUUGACAGUUUGUCAUUUCACUUGGACAUGCUGAUGCAGUUUCUUGGCCUUGACAUUCAGCCACCUCCUCCUCCUCUGUCUCACGCACACAUUUGCGCGCACGUAUAUAUAUAUAUAUAUAUAUAUAUGCACACACACACACACACACACACAGAAUACAGUGGACUUCCCCUUUGGCACUAUGGCUGCUAACGAAGGCUUCACAAGCCUCUAAUGAAGCCCUAAACAAACUCACACUCUCAUUAUCUAUGUGGAACUCUUAGCUGUUUGAACAGUGGGGAUAUUAAUAAGCCAGGGUGAUGAAAUAAGUCCUCACACACACGCACGCACACACUCACUCAUAAUAACAAAAGUGUGUAGUGAUCGUGAUGGCAUCGGACAGUCAGAUCAAAGUGUGCAGGCAGGCUGGGAAAGUUUGGAGAGGAAAGCUGUUGUUUGGUGUCUCAUUUCACGUAGCCCCGGGGCAGAUGGAAGGAGAGAGAGAGAGAGAGAGAGAGAGAGAGAGAGAGUGAAGGAGUGUUUGUGUGUUAGAGAGGGAGGGAGGUGAAGAAAAAAUAAAAGCAGUGACAGAUAAUGCCGUCAGUCCGACAUUGCAUUAGCUUCCAGCUAGCCUUAGUCAUCGCCCCAGGAGGGGAAAAGGGUAGCGCAAAAGAACAUAAGAGGGAGACACUCCACUAUUUCAGGCCUUUCUUCUUCUCCUCUCUGCCCACCUCCCCUCCCCUUCCUCUCUUUCUCGUCCUCUGGUAUAAUACUCUGGCUGUGGUCGGAGGAGCUGGGUGUAAUGUGGGUUAAAGCCUUGUCUGCCAGCACUCUGAGGAGUAAACAGAGCCUCAUUGUCGGGACACAUCCAGAAAAAAACCCCGCUACUGUUUAUGGCCCAGCUAUAGAGAGCGAAGGGGGGGCCGAUUUGGUUGGAAUGAGUGUGAAUCAUUGGCAUUUUGGGAGUUGUUGCGGGGGAAGAUGAGAGUGGACAGAAGUGCGAGUGAGGGAGAGGGAGAGCAAGGUUAACAGAGAGUUGAGGGGAGAGAGAGAGGAGAGAGAGAGAGAGAGAGAGGGAGAGGGUGAGAUCAUGUUUUUGUUAUUAUUAUCGUGCACUUGUGUUGAGCCGUCUAUCUGCCUGGAUUAGCCACGCCAUGACAUCAUUGUUUUCUUUUCAUUUCUAGUCUUGGCCUGAUGUUUCCCAACUUUCUGCUUUUCUGAAAAGACACACAUACACACACAUAAAUAGUCACACACACACACACACUGCAGUCAAAGACAGAUCGUCUUGUGUAAAAUACAUACAAGUGGCUUUCUGGAGAUUACUCAGAUUAUAAGUUAACGCCACAGGAUAACGGAAAACUCUCUCUGAUCUGCAGGCACACACUCACACCGGGACAUGCAUCAGCACACACUCACACACAGACUCAUAAACACACCAGGCAGGCGGGCAGCAGCAACCUGUGAAUAACCUUGGCGAUGACAGAGCCGAGAGAGAAAGGGAUGGAGGAAGGGAGACUGGGAGGGGUGGGCUGGGAAAGAUCAGAAGGUCUUGGGUCCUCCCACAUUGGAGGAAACAAACACACACACUCUCACACACACACUCUCACACACGCGCACAAGUGCUAAUAAGAUGAGUGGAGUUUAGCUUACAGAAAGUCUUCAUAAGAUAAGGCUUUGUGCGAUAACACAUGAGCUCAUAUCCAGGUGGUUGUCUUGGAUCACGGCUCAGCAAGCACCAGUGAAGUAUACACACACAAAACACAGCUGCUGCGUCCUUCACCAGACAAAAUAAACUCCCAGGAUUAGGAUUUAUUUUUACAGUGCUGGAGGAGCUCAUAACUCAGCUUAAAUAAGAGUGAAAGAGCAGAGUUUUUGUUGCUUCAUUGUGCACUUUCUGUGAAUUGAUUAAGCGAUGAUUGUGUUGACUCUGUGUUACCUGGAAACCAUCUCUGAAAAUGUCUUUUUUUUCCUUUAACUGAUUUCCCAAAACCGACUGAAUGUUGAUGCUCAUGCACUUCUCAUCACCUCCAGGCACUUGAACAAUGAGCACGCCCUAGAUGACCGCAGCACUGCGCAGUGCCGAGUACAGAUGCAGGUGGUUCAGCAGCUGGAGAUACAGGUGAGUCACUAUCACACAUGCCCGUACACACACUGAGUUUUUGUCUGCUUGCAAACAAAGUAGCGACGACUGUUUUAGCCAGUCAAUGGCAGUAACUUGUCUGAAACGGGGCAGAGUUUAUGGAGAGCAGUGGAGCUUGUAAUUUAAAAGGAGCAGUCGGCAGGGAAGCUGCCAUCUCUGCUCCAAUUAUAAAGCUGCUUUGGUCACCAGCAAAGGGAGAGCGAGUGCUGAGAGGGGAGGAGAAAGAGAGAAGAGAAAAGAGAGAAAGAGACAAGAGCUAGAAAACAGAGGAGCAGGCUGCCUCUCUUGUUCUCAAAAGUGGUUCAUGCACGCAAUGCUCUUGAAACAUCUCAAUGCUCCAGCGAAAGCAGGAUGCCAACACUAGAGAAGAAGAGAAACACUGCACUCAAACAGCGCAUAAGGAAAGUUACUAACAAAGUGAAAACACGAAGGCUGCCUCUUCAUACACACACACAUCUCGACAUUGUUUCCAAAUCUGAAUGCCCUGUUUGCAUCACUGCUUGUCAAUGUAUUUGUGUGUGUGUGAAUGUGUGUGUGUGUCCAGCAUCAGGGUUAGCAUUGUGUUUGGUUGUAGUAAACAGCGUUUAGCUGAGCCCCUGAAGCCACUACCAGAGAACACAAAGUGACAGAGAGGCAGCUGGUGUCACAUCACAUCAGGAUGGCCGUCUUUCUCACCCUGACAUGUCACUUCAUCCCUCGGCAGCCCACCACUUCAGCCUCCUGUGCGCGCACACACACACACACACACACACACACAGAUACACACCAAAAGUAGCACAGUCACCGUGCUUAAAUGUAUCAUAUUUGCACAUGGCUGCUGUGUUUGAGUAUGUUAAUGGUGUUAUCAGUCUCAGUGUAGAUCAGGUCUUUCUGGAGGCUACACGUUUGCGCGCUUACACUUCAGCACAAACACACAGGAAGGAUGCAGUGUUUCAACGGGCUGUAACAGCACACAUUAAACAUCAAUUAACAAUGUCAAACGGGGACGAGUGUGUCUGCAGGCUAGUGUGAGUUUGUUUGUGUGUGUGUGUGUGUGUGUGUUUGUGUAAGUGUGUGUAUGUGAGAGUGCUCCUGGUGCUGAGGCGGCCGGCUCUCAUAUUCGUCUCUCUACCCAAAGUGUAAUUGUGAUUGUAAUUCAGUGUCAAUACCACAUUAUAUCAAUCCGAGGGUUGAAACAAGGCAAAGUGUUUUUAUUUUUCAUGCUGAUUUCCAUUCUUGUGUGUGUUUCACAGCUGGCAAAAGAGAGUGAGCGACUUCAAGCCAUGAUGGCCCACCUGCACAUGCGCCCCUCAGAGCCAAAGCCUUUUAACCAACCUGUGAGUACACACCUGCACAGGAGCCCAGUGUCAUGUGACCCACUUUUGUCCUCUGACCUUUAACCUUUGCUUAAUACCUCUUAUUCAUCUACAUCUACAAACUCCUCAUAAUGUAUCACUGUCUCUUUUCCCAAAGCAUCUUGGGAUUUCUCACUCUUUUCCUCCUGUGUAGCAUGGUAUUUACGCCCCCUAUUGACCAUUUAGGAUUAAUGUGCUACACUUACAUCGAGAGGACUUUUUUCUGUUUUCUUCUUCUUAUCAUAAUCUUUUAUCAGAUUUCUCAUGAUCUACCCCAUUUCAUAAUCAAUAGAUCUAUACCUCUGACAUGUAUUUAAAUCUGAGUUAAGUUCAGUGCUUAAUAUUCAGAGGUCUUUACUUUCCAGAGAGAGGAAACAGCCAAAAAAAAGUUGCUCGCUGAAUUCUUAUAGUGUGUGCUGACAAAGGGGAGAGAAAUUUGAUGUGUUGUGUGUGUGUGUGUGUGUGUGUGUGUCCACAUUGACUGGUGCGGCUGUUAUUAGGUAUCUAAUGAAUAUUUCAUUAUUCAGAUUGACGAGGAGUCUUAUUAAAAUAUGAAGAUGUUGAAAUUAAUUGUCAAUUAGACGCAGAGUGUCUUAAUUUGAGGGGAUAUAAAUGGGUGCAGCGGAGUGGCAAUAUGUGUGCUCGUGUGUGUGUCUUUGUCCAUGUUUGUGUGUCUGGAUGAUGUGUUGAUCGCAGGGGGAUCAGCUGCUAUUAACAUCUAAUGGGAAAUCAGGAAGAGGCGUGUUCUGUCACCACUGGAGACGAGCCUCGGGGUCAGGGAUUGGAGGAGGAGGGGCAGGGGAGGGGCAUCAGGAAUGGAAACAAAGCUUGGCCUCAAUUAACAGGGUUCGACUGUUGCCGUGGUGAUGUGGCAGGGUUGCAGCGUUAAUGAAGUACCUGUUAAACAGCUCCGCCCCCUCCAGUCAGCUUUAAAUGGUACAGAGAGGGCUAAGUGGAGAGAAGGCGAUUCCCACAUUUUAUAUACAUAUGGACAACACACACAGACACACACACAAACACACUCGGAGGUUUUAAUUAGUCCUAAACUAGCAGCCCUAAAACGGCUGUCCCAAAGAGACUGCGAGGACCAGUUCUGUGUGUUUGCGUGUGUGUGUUUGUGUUUUUGGUGUGAGUGUGUCUGUGUUUCCGAGGCUCUGCCUAAUUGGGCUGUAUUGGUCUGUGAAGAGUUUGCCACCGCAGAGCGCAUGUGUGUGCUCCCUCCUGACAAACAUGUUGUCGUGUGGUUUUGUAUUUGUACGCGCAGGGUUAAUUGCAGCCAGCUCUGUGUGUUCAAAUAUAUGUUAAAUAUGUGCAACUUUUUGUGGUUCUACACAAGGAGGCAGCCUCUAUUCUGCAAAGAGGAAGAAGACAAAUUCACAGGUUGUUCAGGGGCCUCUGUUGGGCAUGAGAUCUGAUCCAGUAUCAUUAGACGAUCAAUAAGAGUUGGAGGAAGCGUUUUUUCUAACAUCAGCUCAGUAAUAGAGUGAAGGAACAAAUUCAAACAAUAAUAAAAAGAAUAUAUCAAUGUUAACUUUUUAAAUAAUGAUUAGAGAAAUUUGUACCCGUGACCACAGUAAGCUAACAGCGCUAACUCUUGCAACAAUCAGAAAAGUAGUUUGUGUGUUUCCUUUCUGUGCUCAGUGUAGAGCAAAACAGGAGUUCACUUCUGACUUCCAAACUUAACUUUGCUCAUAUUUUUAUGCAACUAGAUGACAAAGCUGCAAAGACACACUCUCCAGGCUGAGAUCUGUAUUCAACAAAACACAACAGCAUAGUCUCAUGCGUUGAUUUCACCUGACCCUGAUCCUGUUGUGUGUAGAUGAUGCUUCUCUGUAAACAGCAGCAGCACUCGGCAGAUGGUGGAGCUUCAAAGUAAACAUGAGAGGAACAUUAGUUAUAUAAGAGCUCCUCUUUAUUCCUCUGCACUAAAAACUAUCUCCAGCCCUUUCAGUUUGAAAGUUUCUCACCCUUGUAGGCUGGCGUCAGUCCCCCGUUAAUUAAGUAAAGGGCACAGUUUUUCAGCUGAUUUACCAAGUAGCAAAACUAUGAAACUGCUCUCAUAAAAGCAUCAUUAAUCACUCUAAUUCCUCUGUGUCUCUCUUUAGCUCAACCUGGCUUCCAGUGGCUCUCUGUUAAAGCGGGAAACUGAGCCCUACCCAGAGGGUCUUCCUCAUCCCCCCACCUCGGCUGCGGCCCCCAUCACCCCUCUGCGUCAGGGACCCUCAGUCAUCAGCUCCUCCAGUCUGCACACACACUCCCACACCCACACGCAUGGCGUUGGUCCCAUACGUAGGCGCAACUCCGACAAGUACUGCACCCCUAUCGCCUCAGGUAACACACAUUCACUCUGCCUGUAAACGGUUGUAGGAUAGAUGGCGUAUGACUAGAUAGAUUUAUUUUGAAUGGUCUAAACAUCAUUUUCAAUCAUGUUCAACAUUUUCUAAGACUGCUUCAGUUUUUUUUAGUAAACUUAAUUUCUGUUUUUACAUUCUUCUUCUCCACAUAAAAAUACCUCCUUGAGGAAAACAAAGUAUUUCACAUUAGAAAUGGCUUCCGCAUACACACACAUUUUUUAAAGAUGAUGAAGUUGCCGCCACCUCUUGCCUUUCUUGUGAAAGAAAAUUACUUUGGCCUCUGGAAAAUGUGCCUUUGUCAUUAUCAUGCAAUGUUUAUUGACCGUUUCACACAUUUAUUUAGUAAAAGCCGUAAAAUGCUUUGAAUAGUUGUUAGGAUUAGAACUGAGAAGCUGUAGUCUUUAUAAACUUUCCUUUCAAAUAUAUGAUACACUAAUAUUAUCAACUGUGAAAAUACUCACAGUAUAUUAAACCAAACAGCCAUUUGUAACCUUUUUUUUUUAACCUUUUCUUCUACAGAUCCAAAAGAUACCACUAAGACAUUUUUCUAUUUCCUUUAAACGUCAAUAUUUCUGUGUAAUAGGAUAAGAGUUUUGGAGAAUACUCAGCUUGUGUAAAAGUUAAUUCUCAAAUUUACAUGCAGUUUUGAUGAUCUUUAAUUCCUUUGUUUUUCCUUUUUUUCAGAGCUGGCUCAGAACUGUGAGUUCUACAAGAACGCUGAUGUCAGGCCACCCUUUACCUACGCCUCUCUUAUACGUCAUGUAAGUCUCUAAAAAGACGUUUCAUCUUCUCCUUUUUCCAUCCCUUUUCUCGCCUAAAUCCGGUUGUGUCUCUUUGUCCUCAGGCCAUUCUGGAGUCCCCGGACAGACAGCUGACCCUAAAUGAGAUCUACAACUGGUUUACACGAAAGUUUGCGUAUUUCAGGAGAAACACAGCCACAUGGAAGGUAAGGAGCUCACUAAUACUUAUACUUCACCCUCAAGGGCGUCAGUGUGUUUUGAAAAGUGGGGGAGGCGGCAACUAGCAAAAGUGACUUUUGGAUGAUGACUAUAAUUGGUUUUACUUUUGGUAUGGCUACGAUAAAACGCAUAGACUUAUUUCAUGUAACCAACUAACGCCCCCUUUUAUAUAUUUAUUUCAUGGGAUAAUCAUAGGGUUAAACAAGUUUUCUCAGGUAUUAUCAGAAGAAAAAGCACACUCUGGGUCGCAGCUGCAACUUGGCUCAGAUGCAAAUUUACGACAGCUGCUUGUUUUUGUUAUCCUCACGAAAGUCCGUUGUGCCUCUCAGCAACUCUCAGACAAAUAUGGAUGGUGCGUUCAGGAGCAUCGGAAUUAUCUUGACUACUGAAAAUAACUGGGGUCACAACGGCUUAUACAUGAAGCCUAUGUUCACCCUACAUCAAACAUUCGAUUGAUCAGAUGUAGUCAUGGAAAUUCCAGCUGUAAAGACUAAAUAUGAACUCUUUUAUAACACUGUUAUACGCUGUAAUAUAGCAAUAUUUUAACCAUGACUGCGCCUUAAGAGCCAGAUUAAUGUCAACUUUCCAUGCUCAGUAUAUGCCACAACAAUUUAUUUACAUAAAAUGAAAAUCAACUGAUGGAAGAUGGUGAGCAGAUUUAUUUGCAGACUACUUCAGAGUUGUUUACAUGAUGGCAAAAUGAGCAGCAGAAAAUGAAAGGUUUGGCUGCGGCUUUAAUUCAAUCAGAGCACAAAAUUAAGACCAAAAACUAAACUGUGGCUGUGGCUGGAUAGCAGCUGAUCCCAGUGACUGUAAAGUAAUUAUGGUUUAUGCUGUACUACGAAGCCCCUUACUCCAGCAGAUGCCAGCUGAAGGAGAGAGGCGGAAUAUGAAAGUAGGUUUUGUUAGCGUAUUUCAAGCAGUUGCAUCGGGCAAAAUGACUUCAUGAUGCAAAAAAAUGAUUCACUUUUAAUGCAGAAACUUAACAUCUAAGCUAAGAGUGACACAUACUCAAUAACAACAACAACACACAGUUUUAAAAGCUGACUUCCUCUGCUCCAUCAGAUGUAAGUGAUUUGCCGGUAUUGUCUCUUUAUGAGACACUUUCCUGCUGCUCUCUUUCUGUCCUUCUUCCCCUUAAGCCCAAACAAUUCUGGCACGUGAAGAGUCGGCCCCACUUAGCCUGGAAGAGCCACAUCUAACUGUUACAGAGCCUCAUUACAGAGACGCUUAUACACACAACCCAUGAUCACACACUCAAUUCUCGCACUCACAGACACACACACACACCUGGCCUGAUCCCACCAUUGUAGGUGAUGACCCACUUCUGCAGAAAACCUCGCACUAAUUUGAGUGUCAGUUCCUCCAGAGAGAGGAAAGUGAGAGAAGGAGUGAAAAAGAGAGAGGAGUGACAGAGGGGGGCGAGCAGAGAACCUGGCCUUCCUCUAAUAACCCCAAACCAAGCAGGGAAGGAAGGAGGUGAUGAUGAUGAUGAUGAUGAUGAUGGUGGUGGAGGAACAGAGGGAGGGGUGUGGAGAAGGUUAAAAGAGGUGGCAACCAGGAAUAUCUUUACCCCCUCAUCUGACUUUUAUGAAUUUUAACUAUUAAUGUCUGCUGUCUGCUUCCUGUGCCUGUUGGCCUCACAGACCUUUAAAUAUAGCCCAGCCUGGCCUUAUGUAUUUAUAUAGCAGCUCCCAGAGUCAAAUAGGGCCGUAGAGAUGUACGUCCUUUAAUAAGCUGUUAUAUUUCAUGAGGACAGCAGCGGUGGCAGGGAGGGGAAGUCAUUGAUCAUAGAAAGGAAGAGACAGAGAGUGAGGAAGAGACGAGACAGAAAAAGAAAGGGAUGAUUGAGAGAGGAGGAGGACGAGGAGGAGGAGGAAUGAGAGUCGAGUAUUAUUUCAAGGUGUCGGGUGAUGGGUUAGGGGCCUUACAGAAGACCUUACUUACAGUUUUCGUUGCCAGAAAAGGUGUAUACUAUUUAUUUAAAUGCAGAUUAUAAGGGUUUUAGCCUAAAGUAAGUAGAAAUGAAAUUAAAAUAAAUAUUGCAGUUAAAAGUCACUUCAUAUUGUGAGUAAAUAAGUUCCUAAGGUUUCAGUUUUACUGCAUUCUUCUCCCCUGAGAGUAACUCUUGUUAUUCCACAGCAGCUAUUUACUCACUUCACUUAAAAGCUUUUUACAAGGUAAAAUUUUACAUCCAAAGGAUUUAAUGAGUGAAGAAAAAAAGACUCUUUGUGGAGUAAAAGUCAACGGUCAAUGGUUUCUACAUUUAUAAAGACCACUGAGUGAGUAAGAUAAAACAUUGCUGCGUUAGUAAUAAAACUAAAAUGGUAAACACAUUUUACUUACUAAGGAGCUUCUUUUUUAGUAUUUCACUGUUGUAGUUCAAGCUUAAAUACUUGAGUGUAUUUUUGCUAAUAGCUAGACUUGUACUUUUAUUUGAUAAUGAACCUUUUGGUAACACUUUACUUGAUGCCUAUCUCUCUCUUUAUAAUGCAUUAUAAAUAUAUGUAUAACGUGUUAUAAUCACAUUAUAGUACUGUAUAACUAUAGUUAUUAACACUCAAAUGAUCAUAAUGCUUUAUAGCAAUAAUCAGAACACAUUAUAAAGCAUUUAUCAUUACAUACAAGGUCAGGUAUUAUAAUGUGUUAUAACUGUUAACAACUCACUGACAAUGCUUACAUAGAUAAUGCAUUAUACAUAUAUCUAUGAUGUGCUAUAAUUUGCUUAUAAUCUUAUAUAACUAUCAUUAUAAACACUCAUUAAUUAUCAUAAGGCUUUAUAACAAUAAGCAUAAUGCAUUAUGAUACCUGACCUUGUUAGUCAUGAUAAAAAGCUUUAUAAUAUGUUAUUAUUAUUUCUAUAAAGCAUUAUGAUCAUAUAUGAGUGUUAAUAACUAUAGUUAUACAGUACUAUAACAUGGUUAUAACACAUUAUAAAUAUAUUUAUAAUGUGUUAUAGAGAUAAGCGUCAAGGAAAGUGUUACCUGAGUUUUUUCUCAUUCAAAUCAAUAUUCAAAUGCUUGAUUCAUUCUCUUAUUGUCAUCCUGCCUGCUCUCAUGUUGAUAUUUAGGAUCAUACAAUCAGUGGCCCUGGCAUGAAUCAGGCAGCACAUAAGACACACGAACAGUCUGAUCACAGUAUUCAAGUAUUUAAUAUUUCAUGCUCCGAGGGCCAACUAUGAACUUGGGUGAAUUAAGUCUUGUGAUUAUUUUUGUCUAUUUUUCUGAUACACAAUUCGGCUCUUCUCCCCCAAAUUUUGCCUCCAGUCACCCCACCCCACCCCACCCCCCCAGCCACAAGAGGAAGGGAGAUGAGUGGCACAUGUGCUGUGACCCACUGUAAAUGACUGCUAAUGUUUUAACUGGGAAAAUUAGGCUUUCAUCACGGAGACGAAUGCAAAUAGCACUGCAAUAGCACUGGUGUCUGGAGUAUGUGUCUGUGUGUGUUUGUGUGUGUGUGUAUGUGUGUGUGUGUGUGUGUGUGUGUGUGUUUGCACUGUCAGGGUGGCGGGCGCAGAUUGGGGUCAGACUCAUUUACAAAACUUAGCAUCACGGCUCGGGGGGUUGAGGGGAUGCGGGGGAGAAAGGGUUCCUCCGCUGAUUAUGGCUUGUGUAAUUACGUGUGUGUGUUUGCAUGCGUCUUUGUAUGUGUGUGUGAGCGUGUGUGUAGCUCUGUGUGUAAUUACGGUGAGGAGUGAUGCAUGCCUGGCCUGUCCCUCCCUCUCGGCUUAGAACAGCGUGUCAGAGAGAAUAUGCAGGAUUUAAUUAUAGACGAAUUAAAAUUGGUAAUGAAAUUGGGCAUGAACAAACUACAAAUAGCAGAUGAAAAGGGAGGCCGGUCCCUGGGGGGGUGAGACGGAGAUAGCGGUGUGCCUGCCUGUCUGAGUGCCAGUGGUUGUGUGUGUUUCCGUGUGUGUGUGUGCUGAUGAUGACAGAUAAGAAAAACUAAGAGGUAAAAUACAGCUACUAGAAAAACUGUUCCUUCUAUAACAACAGUACAUCCAGCUACAGUUUGUGUGCGCUCAUAGAUGAUGGCUUUAAAAGAAGGACUUUAAUCCUCAGGUCACAUGACUUUAAAGGUAACUUAACGCCUUGCUGGAAAGGAUUGUUUGUAUUGAACACAUGCUGAGUGAGUGUUGUUAACCUUCAGCUCUGUCUUUGCAUUAAAAAAAAAAACUAUGUGGGAUUGACCAAACAAUAAAAUAUUCACAUUACUAAAUGAAAUCUACGAUCCAAAUAUACAUCGGGUGUUAAAAACUUACGUCAACAUUGUGUUCAAGUUCUUCCUCUCCUCUUUGUCUUUUCCCAGAAUGCUGUGCGUCACAACCUGAGUCUGCACAAAUGUUUUGUCCGCGUCGAGAACGUGAAGGGGGCUGUGUGGACUGUGGAUGAAGUUGAAUACCAAAAGAGGAGACCACCAAAGAUGACCGGGUAGGCGAACGCACAAACGCACACACACACAUCACACAGGUUUUGUUUUCCUGGUGUACAGUUGAGGUUGAUGUGAGUGUGAGUUUAUGGGUGCUGGCACUAUGAUUGCCUAAAUGGACCCUCCUUUAUUACCAAGAGGCCAACUCAGCAAUCAUAAGAUGAAAAAAAAAAAAAACAGCUGCUGGCUUAUUGUGUACAUAUGUACAGUUUAUAUGUGUGCGUGUGUGUGUGUGUUUGUGUGUGUUUUUUCCCUGUUUGUCGACACCAUUAGUAAGCAGCUGUGUGAAAUGCAGGAGAGGAAAAAACCUUGUUAGCGUGUGUAAACAGAUGUUCUCUCCAACCGCCAGAGAAACCAAGGAUAAUUACACACAUACACACACAAACACACACACCUGCACCCCAGAUAUUAGACGCUGCUUUCAUUCUCGUGUGUGCGUGUGUGUGUAUGCUUGUGUGUUUUAGCAUCUGUUUACAGUCUGUGUAUGUUCCUACUUGUAACAAACAUAUUAGUGAGAUUUGUACUCUGGCUGAGGUGACAUCGUUUCACAUAUGCACUCAAGCUGUGAUUCUCACCUCCCUCUCUCUCUCUAUCUCUCUCUCUCUCUCUCUCUCACUCUUAUCUGUGUGUGUGUGUGUGUUUGCAGAAGUCCCACUCUGGUGAAAAACAUGAUUUCAGGCCUGGGCUUUGGAUCCCUAAAUGCCAGCUACCAGGUGAGCAGUACUUCUUUUUUUUCCCCUGUAUCUCUAUCUUUCCUCCCUUUUACACACACACACACACACACACACACACACAGAGGCUAACUCACGUACAUACACACAUCUAGCAGCCAAUCACAAUCAAGGGCACUAAUAUCAAUUCCCUCUUAUAAUUAGCAGAUUCCCUAACGACGUUCACACCCUCCUCCUCCUCCUCCUCCCACACUCACACACCCUCACCUCCCACCUCACUUUCUCACACAUGCACCACCCCCUUACUCUGUACACAUAAACACACAUUAGACCUUUCCCUCAUCUCCCACACAUAUACACACUUGCGCAUGAAUGCAAUUUUGCCACCGAGAUGAUUUAUAGCGUCAAGUAGUUGUCAAUUAAGGUUACUGCAUGAAAUUAUCGCCUAACCCAGAAAAUCCAUCUCUGAGCCGGAGAGACUUCUCCUUUUGUGUGUUUUUUUUUUCCCUCCUGUGUGCGAGGGGAGGUCAGAUGAGUGUGUCACUCUCUGCUGCCCGGCCUGUCUCAUGUAUUAACCGCUGGAUGUCUGGAUGUGAGCAUUCAGAGGAGUCACAAAAGCUGCUCUCAGUGGGUUCACUUGUUUUCUCCUCUGCAGACAGUGACGUGUCAUCAUAGUGUUUUUGUGUGUUUAACUUGAGGUUGUGGCUCAGCCUUGUUGAUGAGACUUUCACUUGAGCACACACACACACACACACACACACACACUUGAAAUGAGGUCUUAAAUGUUCAAGUGUAAGCCACAAUAAGGAAAAGCAUUGUGUAUAAGUGCCCCCUAGUGGUUUCUCAAGUUCACUUGCAAGUUAGUGGGUAUAAAUGUACUCCUUAUAAUAGAAGAACUUUGAUGAGGACAUAAGGAACACCAUGUAUUUGUUACAAGUCCUUAUGUGAAACAGAGCUGUGUGUGAAUUCACAUUAUAAAGUCAUUCUGAGCGGUAAAUUGUAAAUAUAUCAAAUGAUUGAUGAGAUUUUUGUGGACACCUUUUUAAAAUCAAAACCCCACUGCAGAAAAAAACUCACCAAAAAUGCACGAGCGCCUUUCUCUAAGUGACUGAACGACUCUGUGUGCGUUUGUGUGUGAAUCUAGGCGGCUCUGGCAGAGAGCAGUCUGUCCCUGCUUAACAGCCCUUCACUGAUGACCCCUCCGUCUGCUGCCAGCCUAAACAUGCUGCACGUGGGCCACGAUGAUGUCAGCUCCACUGUGGAGCAGGUCAACAGCAACGGGAGCUGCAGCCCGACACUCAGCCCUCAACAGUACAGGUACGCUCGGUCACAAACACACACACACAUGCACAGGUAUGAAGCUGCAAAACAACUUUCAAAUUCAUCACCUUCAUCUAAUAUUUUUCAGUGUUUCACAUCUUCCGUGGAUUUAUAAAUGUGGCCCACUUUUGGUUUAUCAGACCUAAUAUGUCAAUAUGGAUAUUAUAAUGCUACCAGAAAUUAUAUUUGUUUUCUGUUUUCUAGAAAACACAGUCUGUGGAUCACUUUGCUUUAUUCCAUGUUUGCCAGGAGUAUCUGUAAUCGCAGCAACAUCCAAGCAUCCAUGUUUACAUAGUCCAGUUCAUAUGAUGAAGACACACAAUGCUUUGCUCUCUGCAACUAAAAGGCUCCAUUAAAGUUAUAUCAGGUUGAUAUCAAUUGUAGAUUAAUCAUUACAAAAAAAAAAAACAGUAAACAGGUGACAGCACAGCAUGUUGCGGGUCAUAUUGUUGAUGUCCUGCAUGGUCAGUGGAAAGUGCCUUUUGUUGAGGCACUUUCACUUGAAGGAGUGAUAUAAUGUUUUUUUAAAUCCAAAAAUAAAAUGAAAAAAAACAAAACAAUUUUUAACUAUGUCUUUAAUUUUGAAAAACAUACAUUUGAUAAACAAAAUGACUUUCACUGUAGCGACUGCUUUCCUACAACAAAAAAGGGCCGCUGGGGUUUAGGUUCACUUGCAUCUGUGACACGUUUUAAUGAUCAGUCCAGUUUUAGUGUAAAAAAAGUAAUUUAUUGUUCAAAGAGGGAAAUAAAACACACUGAUCCAGCUCUAAAACCUUUGCCUUCAAAUGAAAAAGGUGAUAUGCUGAAAUGAGGUAAAAGCAGGAUGAGUGAAACGCUGAAAAAGAUGAAAAACGAUGAGAAACAAUAACGGAAAAUUAUCAGAGCUCGCCAAACCCAUUGUCAGACUACACCUGUGAGAUUUAAAUAAACGUCCCUAAAACCACACCCCUCAGUGACGAUCCCCAGAAGUGACCUACCUAUAAAAAUCAUACUUUCAACAAAUAUAUUUUGGCUCUUACAUUCACCAACAAAAUACUAGGUUGCUUAAGCAGUUGCUGACAUGAGUACACACACCAACGUUGGGCAGCCAGAUACUUUUCAGUGUACCUUGUGUUUUUUUUUUCAAACUCUGUUGAAACUUUCCUGUUCUAAGUUGACAACAGAGAUAGAUUCAACAAAUAAAAACUGCUUUUUUUGUGAGCAUGUCAGCCUUAGUCAGCCUGCUCACAGCUGUUUACUCUCUCUCUUUUACAGCCACCCGGUGCAUGUGAAGGAGGAGCCCACUGAGAUAGAGGAGGACAGUCGGCCCGUGUCCCUCCUGGCUGGUGUCACACACAGCCUGCCUGACGAGCGUGACCUGGAGGAGGAUCUCCCCACUGAGGAGCUGGAGUAAGACCCAUCCGUGACGUACCAGAGGGAGGGGAAAAAGACCGCGAUCGAUCACCUGAGCCCUCUCAUCAGUGUGAAGAGGAAGAGAAAGCUACAGUACACUUAUGAGAAAAGAGAGAAAAAAAAGAGAAUGUUUUUUUUUGUUUUGUUUUGCUUUUUGAGAAAAUGCAAGAAACCAAGGACAACAUAAAGAAACUCCAAACAGGGUUAGAAAAACCUUUGUUACUUACAGACGCAAAAACAAAACUGUGGAGUACUGCUUUACCUCCAUGUGUUUCUUUUACAAUACAUGGUUUAGAGGUGUAACACCACUCGAUGCAUACACACACACAUACACACACACACACACACUUACACUGUCAUCCCUUGUCAAACUAUGUUCCAUCUUCCCUCAGUCAAUUCGGCCUGGAUAUUUGAACAUACACUCUCCUCUUCGGCCCACCACUCUGCAUACACCCUCCUCCUCACUGUCGUCUCGGGCUGCCUGGCUAGCCGUUUUAUCUCUUUGUCAGACAGGAGUGUGUGAGAGCGAGAAAGACACACACACAGGAUCAUGUGUAUAUAGAUAUGGAGCAGUCAACAGGGACUGUGCAGUAUACCUCUCCUUCUCCCGCCCCUCUCUGAGUCAAUCACUUACUUUUUCAUUUUUCUUUGAUUUGGUUGAAUUUAAACUUUUUGGGCUUGAAGGUGGGAAGAAGAGUGCUAUCAAAGAUUACCUCCAACAGUGCUCCAACACUUCUGCAGAGCAGGCUUCUGUCUCUAAGUCAUAGAUGAGGCCGACGGGACAGAGGUGGCCCUGUUUCCUGCCCAAACUUCCCGGAGAGACACUUAGUGACGGACAUCUUUUAAACUCUUUGCUUCUAGACGAGAUUAAAAAAAAAGAGGACAUCUACCUACCCCUCCUCCAUCCCUUCCCACCCAUCCCCCAAAAACUGCAGGAAUAGGACCAUUUGGUGCUGUCCUUCUCCUCUCCUUUGUCCUUUGGAUGGAGCGUCAACUUGGAACACUUUGAAAUCGAGAGGAAGCAAAGAGAAUAGAGGGAGGAUGUGUCUACAGAAAUAUUGUGACUUUAAAAAAAAAGAAAACUGUUCAUGAGUAUGGAAUAUAACAAGAAAAAAAGUGUGGUAGCUUUUGUCAUUUCCUUUUUUUUUUAUUUGUUAUUAUCAUUGUUUUAUUUUGAGGAUCAAUAUUUCCACGGUGGCGUUCUGUUUUGACGUACCUUUUUCUAAAGAUGCUGUUGUUUCGGUUUUGUUUUUUUUUGCAUUGUGAUUUGUUUGAUUAACUCUGGCUGUUCACACCAUUCCAAAUGAGUAUUGGCAAAAAAAGGAAGAAAGUGCAGUAUUGUCCCGACUUGUUAUACCCGACCCCUAAUUCUACCCUUUUCCCUUUCUCUCCCAAUUGUAGCAGGCAAGAAAAUUUGGAGAAUAGCACUUAAAGCUGCCAUUAUCCAGACAAAUUAUUUAACAGCUGAAUCUUUCUUUAAUUCUCGCUCAUUCACCUUUUUUUUUUGGUUGUGUAUUAAGUUGAGAAAUAUUAAGUAAUGCUUUAAAAAUAUAUAUUAUUACUGCAGUCAGAGAAUACCUCAGCCCACAAAGGUUUCACCUGGAACUGUGUCCAAAUUGAAAAACAAAAUAAAGGGGGAAGUCUUUCUGUGGGACACCAAAUGUGGCGACUCUGCUCAGCUUCGAUUCAAAGCUCUAUGGUUGUAAUAGUUACUGUGUAGAAGCUUUCUGCAAUUCACUGUGUGAGUUUGUGUUAAAAAAUAGCACGUGAGAUUUUAUUUUUUUGUUUGUUCUGUUUUCUGUGAAGCAUUACUUUUUCUCUACAGUGCCAUACCAAAUUUAACAUUUAUUUUAAUCUAUUAUCUGCUUAUUCCCAUUUUAUUUUUGUUACAGGUAACCAAAGAAAUAUGUAGAAAACCAAAAACCCUGUAUUUUAUUUUGCCCUUUAUGAGGUUCCUUUAUGUUUAUGUUUUCUUUGAGAAUUGGCCAAAAGACAACAAACCAGGAGUUUGAAUUCUUAUUGUUGUAUUCAUAUAACUAUUGUGUUGAACUUAUACAUGACUUACAGUGCUGACCAUUCCAAAAACCAAAGUGUGUAAAGCAAACUAGAAUUUGGAGACAUCAAAGCUUUUACAAGAUAAGCCGUUACAUGAGACUCACGUUAGAUAAGAGGCCAAAAACUAGUAUUAACAAACCUCGCACAGUUCCUCUUAGACAUAACAAUAAAGAAAAAGACAAAAAGCACUUAGAGGUGAAGCCCUGUCUCUCUUACUCAGGCUAAACUGUGUUCCAAACACAAACCAAGGACUGGCCCUAACACUGUGGGAGUAUGCUCAAAAAUGAAGCACUCCUGAGGCAUUAAAACACAACAUGUAGGUACCUUUACAACCUGAGGUAUAAAAUUCACAACAAGUUUAAUAAAGUGUGACAAUAUUUGGCUCAGUCAGAUCGGUUUGCUUUUAAAUCUGUUAACAUACUCCUCUCCAUUUACAUGGAGGAAGAGGAAGAGUAGUUUAAAGUCACAUCUUUCGACAGGGACUUAUUCCAAAAACAUGUAUUACAACAAAGAGGGAACUACAAAAAAUAAAACAUUAAACAAUGUAAGAGAAUAACAACCAAGGGACGUCAUGUAGUCAAAAAGUUUGGUUCAUAUUUUCAUACUUUCUCUCAAACUAUCUCUUGCACUUCAAAUGAUUUUUCUUCCUUAAAAAAAGAACCUUUUCUCAAGACUUUGUGUUCACACAGGACUGUUUCCUGUCACAUUAGAGACUGAUUUCUAACCAAGUACAAAGUGGCAGACAGGCAUCUUGAAACAAGAUAAAAACCAAAAAAAAAAAAAAAGAAAGAAAAAAACACUACCUCCUUUUCAAAAACGGUUCAACAUAUAGCCAAUGGGAGACUGAACGCUCUUUAAUUUUUUUUUGUUUCGCUUUGUUCUCCAUUUUUCCUGGAUGAUAAUAAUGAAUGCCAAAAUUGUUGUUUCACUUACUGUAUGACUGACGUUAUAUAUAUAAAAAAAAAAAUCUGGACUCCCUGAUACAUCUGCUCGAGCCCAAAAAACACAGAGACGUUUCACUUUUCAUGGAUUUAAAAAUGACUACCUCUCCUUUAACCACAUUUUAAGCACUCUCUAGGUCUCAGAGUGUGUGGUGAAGUGCUGGCUGUAUAUGAAACGUUUUCUAUCAGCUGUGUAAAAAAACUCACCCAGUUAGCGCUGAGCUGAGUGAAAAGUGUCUCCACUUUUUGUGUCUAUAUUCAUGAUCGCAUGAAUAUGCACGCAGUAACAGCCCACAAGAAACUGGUGGUUCAUGGCUGUUGGUCAGGUUUAUGAGGAGCGGUGAAAUAACACUUUCAUAAAGCAGUGUAACAGAAGCAUAGAAGCAGGGCUAUGGGUUAGUGCAACUAGAGGCUCUGACCAUCCAGAUAUCCAAAGACCCACAGCACAGCAGCACCCGCAUCACCACAACACUCGCAGAGAUGCUGAGAGGACUAACAGGCAUAAUAAAACUCAUCACUACUACGAGUUGUAUCCAAACCAAGAGGAACUGCUGCAUACAGAACAUAGAAGAUCUCUGACUCGUGCUUUAAGGUACACCUGUAAACAAAGCUGUUUUAUAAAGAUGUAGAUUGUUCACAGGUCACCAUUUAACACUUCUGUUCUUUCACAGCUUGGCAUAACAUGAUGUAUUCUUGUAUAUUAAUGCUUGACUUCUCUCUCCAGGGCAUUCUUUCCCAUUUUGUCCUUUAAGUUCUCUUCACUUUUGGGGUUUUUAAUUUUUCUGCACCUGUUUAGCUAUUGUAAAGCUUUCAGCUCUGAUUCCUAUACUGUACUGCUAAUGCUGAAGUAUAUGUAUUUAUCAUAUUAAGUGCUGCAGGUAUCUUGGUUUAUUAGUUCUGUUUUUGUUUUGUUUGUUUCCACUUUUUUUCAGUUCUUCAUAAAACGUCUGGGACGCUGAUUUUUUAAGUGUAUUAUCUCUCAAAAAAAUGAAAAGAAUAAAAGUUAGAUCAGUGGUUUAGGUAACACCUGUUUGUAUAUUUAUCUUAGCUAGGUCUAUUUUGAUACUUUUUUGUCUCUGUACUGCAUUUAUGCAUUUUUAAGGAAAGAAAAAAAAACAAAUGGAAAACAAACUAAAAAGUUACUUCAUUAUGUAUUGAUACCUCAGAAGGACUUUUUCUCAAAGACAGGACCAAAACCUCCGACAAAAGAAAAAGAGAAAGAGGAAAAAAAAUGUCAGAAUAUGUAGCCCCUCUCUUGCUUUAAAAACAUGGAGCUCUUGAAAGGUGUUGCUGUUGGUCCUCUCAGGUGCCAAUAUGUGUCCCAGCUCCCUGUGACCCCUCCCUCUGACCCCUGAUCCCUGUCAUUCCUGUGCUGAACUCUGACCCCCAGAGCCGUCAAUCAUCCACAGGCAUCAUGGGGCUUUGGCUGGUGGUGACUAGUCACACACCUCAUCUCCCAGUCCCACAGAGGCAGAUCAAAGACUGACAGUGAUGCAUUUUUGAUACCCGCCUUCUUCUGUAGUUCCAAUACCAAAAUGUGGAAUGGCUCUCAGAGAUGCAGCUCAUCCUCUGACUACCAAAGGCAUUGCAAGCAACUGUUUGCUUAGUCCAAACUCCUGAACUGUAACCAAACUGUAACCAAACCAAUGCCACAACCUGAACCAAACAAAAACCAAGCUACUUCCAAAACUCUCCAUUGACGUCACUGAUCACCUUUACCGAUAGCUGUUAUCUCUCAACGUUAACCACGUUAUGGUGUUAAAGGACCAGCUACUCAAGGGCACAGGGAUCCGAAACUCUGAUGUGUGAUUGAACAGUUCUGGGGCGUCACGUGAGGGGGAAGGGACUCUCAAAGUGGAGCAUUGCCUGACGGUAUUAUUGCGUAGACAGCCAGAAUAAGAUGGAACUACCACUUCAGCUCUCCUCUGGUUAAACCUUAGGAAUGUGUGUACAUUUUCAGCAGUGACUCUCUGAAUUGUUUCUUAGUUUCAGUUUACCUGUUUACCUCUCUUUAUCUUUUGGUUUUUGUUCUGUUUUCUUGUUAUUUGAAAGUGUGACCCGAGGAAGAGGCAGGGACGGGGACUGGGCGGUGGCUUUUAGAUGGACAGCGGAGCCCAGCUCUCUGACCCUCCACCCGGGUAGCCAUGUAAUGCCAGUCACUGCCCUUUCCUUCAUGCUGUAUAAAAACACACACAUAUAUCUGUGUAUUUGUAACCUGAAUCUUCUUGUGUCUGUCCAUGCAGACAAUAAAAAAACUGUACAGUAGGUCUAGUUGCAUGUAAUCUGUACUAAUUAUUGACAAUGGCAUUAUAAAAUGCAAUAAAAAUACUUAUUACACUGUCCUA